GGCUCAACGAUUUACACAGCAGCAAAUUGAAUAUUAUUAGAUCUGUCAAUUGGGGUAAUAUUAACUCAACACACCUAUAUGACAAGAUUUCUAUACCACUGGAAUGAGGUUAAAAACGUGCAUAACCUAGUCUGAUACACCAAUGCAUAAAUAAUAGUCAACAAUAACACUAGAACGAAUAAGAAACGUCUCUGGGAUAUUUGUAGGACGGCAUCAGCAAGCGCCAGAGCAGGUCACGUGAUACGCGCUAGCUAAUGAACCACGGCUUGCCUGUGUUCUAGACGCGACUUCUACCUUGACAACUGUUGCUGGGGAUCGAACCCGGAAACUUUCCAUGUGUUCUAUGGAAGUUUGUCACAAGUAAUGGGAGGUAGGCGGCAAUAUUAUUAAUCAAUUAAAUAAAUAAAUUAAAAAAAAAAAAAACCUCACUUGUCGGUUUGCUGCGUUAAUCAAGUUGUACAUGCAGGUUCAGGCGUAGGCUGUUCAUAAUUUAGACGUUUGGAUUUGGCAAUUAUAUCAGGGUCUGAUCUGUCAUUUCUACCAGUUUAUGCAAAUUCAUUUUAUUUAUUUACAUACAUGAUACAUGUUGUAAUUUUUUAAUUUUUUUUUUUAGUUCUGUGCUGGUACAUAGUUUAGGUUCUUCAUUAUAGGUAACUUUAUACUGCGCAGCCAUUAGGUGUGAUGGUGAGCAUUAUUCCUCUGCGUUUUGGAAAUGUGUCUGAAAUCUUUUAUAGGUGUACCUGAGAUGCAAUUCAACACAUUUGAAUAUCUUUACUCCUAAAAAGAAACAAGACCAUAGAAGCCACGUGAUUGGAACUAUUUAUAGCUAUUGAACACACUUUCUUGCACUGAAACAUGCUGCUAUAAGCACUUAGAUGAAGACAGUAACCUACUAUUUAUAGAACAUCGAUAAUUGUGUUGCUUGUAGAGUUCGCUGUAGUGGUUAUGGUGCCAGGAGUACCUUGGUGGCCCCCAAUAAGGAGUCAAACCAUUUUUUUGGGGGGGGGUUUGACUUCUUACCUGGGCAGCAAUCCCCGCCUCCAUACCAUCAAGCGAGAACUGGAAGUUCUUCAUGAGGAACUUCUGUUUGUUCUCCUGAGCUAAACGCUGCAAUGCUUAGCUUGUUGCCGGAAAGCAGUCAGCUGAAGUAGUGCCCGGUGGAUCCCAGAUAAGAAGUCAAACCUAUCAAAAUGGACGCUGCUGAUUGUUGGCUGACUCUCUAAGCUAAUCAGUAGCUCGCCAUUUACAAAACGACUUGAGAAAUAUAUGUAUAUUUUCCAAGCUGUUUUGUCAAUUGGGUGCUACUGCUUGGUUGACGCUAGUCUGACAUGGGUCUGGCUUGCCCAUUUUGGGUGUCACCUGUAAAGCAAGUUACAUCACUGGAGCCCAUCCACUUCCUAAACCCAUGCCUCUCAAUGUUGGGAAGGAUGUAGCCUACAGAUAUUCAAAUGCUGAUAACCAGCAUAUGUUAUAGGGAGGUAUAGAGGGCUGACUAUUGGGGACUAACAUUUUAUCAGUAUAGCCUUUGUAUAAACUCUUCCACAGAACCCCAGGGCAGCUCACCAAGGUGCUCCAAAAUGUUAAGUAAGCUAAGGUGCUUAUGUGUGAAGCGCAUUCCAUUAAAACUAUUGCUCCAUGGUUACCAUAUUGUAAUUUUUUUUUUUUUUUGAGGAAUGUUGAACUUUACCACGUGGCUUUGUCUUUGAGUUCCUACAUGGAAGAUGAAUACUGUUUUGCCCUCAGUGGCAGAAGAACUCAUUCGGGAAAUAAAACGGAACUUCCAGGAAACUUCACAAAGUAUGUUUUGGUGUAAUACUUGAUAUAUUUUAGUGCUUCACUGCUACUGACUUAAACCAGGGUAGGCAACCUUUUAGUAAUACGGUGCCAAAACAAGAUUUUAAAGUCCCAUGGCAUACUGUAGCAUGCAUGUGUUAUUUAUGAGUGCUGCAGAUUUAUAUUUGUGUUGUUCUAUUGUACAGUAUACGUUCAUGGGUAGUUUGUGGUAUUUUGUAUGUUACCUAUGAAUGUAGGCUGUAUAUGUGGGCUGCUUGUGUAAUUGUGUCUGUAUGAUAUGUUACAUUAUGUGCUUGGUGGUUUGUAUGUGUGGUGCUGCAUGGGUUAUGGGUUAUUGCAUGUGAGAGGCUGUUUGUGCGGUUGUUUGCGUGGAUGUGGAUUGUAUGUGGUGUCGUGGUUGUGUGUUUUUGUGUGGGCUGUUUUUAUUAUUUGUAUGAAGGGAGGCUUUUUCUGCCUCUCUGUUUAUAUCUAGUAGUGUGGGUGGCUUCCCUGGGGUCCAGUGGGUACAGGUCAAGGCCAAGAGCUGCGAUAGCUACUACAAGUUGCUUUACUCCAGUCCGGAUUCCUGUUCACAAGCACUGGGAUGAAGUGAUCUGAGAUCACUUCUUCUAAGUGCUGAAAUGCGUAAAUGGAGGAUUGUCCCUCAUCACCUCCAAUCACCACUCAGUUUUCACUAGCAGAAAUCUGAAGUCCCACUGGGACUCCUGAUAGGCCAGAGUUUGUUUGUCUCUGGCAACCUUGAGUGCUGUGCAAAGGCACCUUGAGUGCCAUAGAUUGCUUACCCCUGGACUAAACCAUGUUACUGCUGAUUAAAAACACCUACUCUAUAGGAAAAGAACUCCCACUCCCUGAUCUACACCCCAUGCUUAUUAAUAAGUGCCUUAAAAUAUUUCUAAUUUCAUAUAAACAAAUAAAAAUAAUAAUAAUAAUAAUAAAAAUAUAUAUAUAUAUAUAUAUAUAUAUAUAUAUAUAUAUAUAUAUAUAUAUAUAGCUAACACCAUACAUCCUUUUGCUACCAAAUAAACCCCCCUCCAAAAACAAGUUUAUCAAAAUUCUAUCAAUCAAUAAAAAUGUUUAUAAGGCAUGAUUAGUUACCAAACAUAAAUAUAUUGAAAGCAAAUCAAAUACACUAUGUGAGAUUACCUUCAUUGCAGCCAUUGUGAUAAUAUUAUGAAAUUCCAAUAUGCUCCAAUGGUGUCAUACAUUCAUUUGUAAAUUAAUGUCAUAUUAUGGGAUGGACUGCAUUUUUAAAGAGCUUUAUAUGAGUUGCUAGAGUUUUUGUAUAAAUGAGAUUUAAUGCUAUUUUCAACUGAGCUUAAUUUGCAUGUACUUAAAGGAGCACUAUAGGAUCAGGAACACAAACAUGUAUUCCUGACCAUAUAGGGUUCUAACCACCCUAGUCACCUCAUGCCUCGCCAAAUAUUGUGAAAUCUUACUUGUAUUCAAGUCUGCAGCUGCUUACUUAGUCCCUGUUUCCUUUAGACCUGCCCACUGCCUGCUGACAUCAGCAGAAGUGGUUGCCUGAUCCAAUCACAAUGCUUCCCCAUAGGAUUGUCUGAGACAAACAAAGAGGCAGAUCAGCGCCAGCACAAUUCAAACACAGCCCUGGCCAAUCAGCAUCUCCUCAUAGAGAUGAAUUGAGUCAAUGAAUAUCUAUUAUUAUUAUUAUUAUUAUUAUUAUUAUUAUUAUUAUUAUUAUUAUGUUAUUUAUAUAGCACCAUCAAAUUCCGCAGCGCUUUACAAUGGGUGGACGAACAGACAUGUAGUUGUAACCAGACAAGUUGGACACACAGGAACAGAGGGGUUGACGGCCCUGCUCAAUGAGCGUACAUGCUAGAGGGAGUGGGGUAAAAUGACACAAAAAGAAGAGGAAUCAGACAGGAGCUAUUAACAGUUUAAUUGAAACGCUUUUAUGAAGAAGUGGGUUUUUAAUGAUUUUUUGAAGGAGUGGAGACUGGGUGAGCAUCUAACGGAGGAGGGAAGCGAGUUCCACAGGAACGGUGCAGCCCUCGAGAAAUCUUGAAGGCAAGCAUCAGAGGUGGGAGUACAGACAGAAGAUAGACGUAAGUCUUCAGCAGAUCGUAAGGGCCUAGACGGGACAUACUUGUGUAUAAGGGAGGAUAGAUAGGGGGGAGCAGCAUUAUGUAGCGAUUUGAAAGCAAGAACCAGAAUUUUUAAUUGAGCUCUAUAUUUUAUAGGAAGCCAAUGUAGGGACUGACAGAAGGGUGAGGCAUGGGAGGUGCGGGCGGACAGGAAGAUGAGCCUCGCUGCCGCAUUCAUUAUGGACUGUAACGGCGCAAGUUGGGAGCACGUAAGACCACUGAGAAGCGGAUUACAGUAGUCAAGGCGAGAAAGGACAGUAGAAUGGACCAACACCUUAGUUGCAUCUGGUGUUAUGUAGAGGCGGAUACGUGCAAGGUUUUUGAGAUGGAAAUGACAGGAUUUGGCGAUAGAUUGAACAUGAGGCUUGAAGGAGAGGUCGGAGUCAAAGAGAACACCUAGGCAGCGAACCUGUGUGGUGGAGCUAAUGGUAGCACUCUAUGAGGAGAGUUCAGCGUCUGCAUGCAGAGGGUGGAGACACUGAAUGUUUGGAUGCAUUUUAGGCAGCCAUGACCCAGGAAGGAUCUCUAACAGCCAUCUGAGGAGUGGCCAUUGAAGUUAUCACUAGGCUGUAAUGUAAACACUUCAUUUUCUCUGAAAAGACAGUGUUUACAGCAAAAAGCCUGCAGGUAAUGAUUCUACUAACCAGAACAAUUCAAUUAGCUGUAGUUGUUCUGGUGACUAUAGUGUCCCUUUAAAUAUAAUAUGAAUGUUAUUAAUACAUACAUACAUAAAUAUGUGUAAAAGCAUAUUGCUACAAAUCACAUGGAUUAAGUUAAUUUUUUUUUAUUGAAGUCUUUUUUUAUGUUUAAGGACACACACACUCAUUAAAUUACGCGCACUCAAUCUCUCACACUAAAAACACACUCUCAUUGACACACAUCACACUGGCAACAGAUGUAAUCAGCGGCUCACGUUCACACAGUCCAAAUCACUUGUAGCAUGUUUUAAAUUCUCCCCCGACCAUUGCAGCUCGUCAGUACCCUUCUCCUCCCCACCUCCAUUCAAUAUUUUUUGCUGUCCAACCUCCCUGUGUACAUGCACAUAUUUGGUGUAGCAGUUACUAUUUAUGAUGAAUCAUUGCUUUUUUAUCAAAAUGAUCUGAUUGCGACGUCUAAGUGCUUGCCACACAUGCACCCUAGGUCCAAUAAUUCUUGUCUCUGAGAAGUAUUUGAUUGUUCCUCGGAUCAGAAAAAAAAAGGGUGACACGGAUGUAAACAGGUAAUUUAAAAAAAUAAAUGAAAUAAAAGAAAAUGAGCAACAGUAAGCUUUAGUGGGUAACCAGUGGUGUAUUUUGAAUUUGUUCUGCCCUACGCAUGACUAAAUUCAGACACCACCCUAAUCUAAAUUUGUCCCACCACUUUGUGUCAAGUCCACUUUUUUGACUGAUACCCUCAUUGACACAUGCACUGACAUGCACUCACUGACAGAUAUACAGUCAUUGUGACACACAUACAGUCAUUAGCACACACUAUUUAAACAACCCACACGUUCACUGACAGACACACACUCUCAGAUACAUAUACACUGACUUACACUCACACAAACAUCCUCACUGAUUUGACACACUCUGACAGAAACACACAUUCACUCACUCAAACACACACACACACACACACACACCCCAACAGACACACACUGACACAAACACACAUCUCAUACACUGACCAAUUAUUAUAAUUUUUUUUUUAAUUUAAAUCCACCCAGCCUCCCGAGCUUUGGGAGAGCUGUAGAGGAUCCUGUUCCUGGCUGCUCUGUGCUGGGGCUGCUAGCUGGGCAGGCAGGCAGGCACCUUGCUGGAUCUGCUGGGGCUGCUGGUGUCUGCUCCCUCAGCUGGCUGGGCGGGCACUCAGUGAAGGCGGAGAGGGAACUGAGCUCUUCCUGCCCUACUCCCUCAUGCAUCGCUGGGGCCGGAGUGACGUAAUUUUCCGGCUCCCAGCAUCAUAGAUGUGUGUGCGAGGGAGCAGAACAUGAAGAGAUCAAAGGACUGCACACCCUCACCGCUCGCCUACACUUUGAGCAGCUGAAUGGUUUGGGGGGGGGUCCUUAAGGUUGCCAGCUGGCCACCUUUUGGGGGCCCCCCCAGGACACAAGGCAAACAAGGCAUUUGCCUGGGCACUUAGGCCGGUGAUUCCGGCUGCCACCCUAGACAAAUGCCUUGUUUACCUAGCAGCAAAUACAGCCCUGUGGGUAACCCCUUAACACAUUGCUAGGGAGACAAGAGCAGCCCACCUGGAAAUCUCCCAUUUCCGCAGCGGGCUAGUUCAGCCUGUUUUUGUCCAAAGAGGACUUGUUCGGGGAACUAAACAUCCAUACAAAUCUCAGUAUCAUUGUAUCAUUGUUGGAAAUAGUAACAUUUUUACACUGGUGAAUUCUGAAGGAUAUUUUGAUGCACUCCUUCCUGCUGGAAAAAUGAAAACUAACCCAGAAUUGAAGGUAAAUGCCUUGACUAUCUGUAUAAUCAACCAAUCAUAGUGCAGCACUAACAAGAUCUCACUGUAACCUUGUGUUUUUCCAAAGAUUUUGAUGCAUGAAAUGGGACUAAGGCUAAAAUAGAGGGAGAAAUUAAACUAAACUGGAGACGCAGGCUCUUAGUGUACAUUGCCCCAGUUCUAAUCAGAAAAAAAGUAGCAUUGCUAGAAUGAUAAUAGUUCUGUGACUUGAAAUGAAUUGAAUAUAGAACUACCCAUAAAGUAGUAAAAGAGAUGUAAUUGACUACAAUCAAACUAAAUUUACUGUCCUAUUCAUAAUCUACAGGAAACCAUAUACUACAAAAUAAUCCUUUUGUGUGUUCUGUUUUUUUCAUCCAUAAUCUUUUUUUUUUAUAUUGUUGCAAUCAUCUCAUGUUUCCAACUAUUGUUUGUACCAGUUCUUCAUACACCAGAAACUAAAGUAACUCAUUUGACAAUGACAAUACUGCUAUCUUUUUUUUUUUUUUAGUUAAAUGAUAUUCAUUGUUGAUCAUAUAAAAUGUUUGUGUGCAAUUAGGGAUAUAGCACACGCUUCAAUUUUCACAGGUUAAAAGAAUACUCUAAGGCAAAAAAAACUAAACAACUUUAGCUUAAUGGAACCGUUUUGGUGUAUAUAUUAUGUAUAUAUUAUGCUCCUGCAAUGUCACUGCUCAUUUCUCUGCCAUUUAAGAGUUUAAUCCAUUUUGUUUCAGUUUAUGCAGACCUCGCCACACCUCCCCUGGCUCUGACUCACUCGAGCAACAUGAAAAAAUUUUUCAUUUUCAAUCAGAUCUGACAGCACAGUGUAUUUACUUUAUAGAUUUCUAUCUCCUGCUCUGUUAAUCGAAUAUUAAUCACACACAAAAGGGCUCCUUCAGGCUUUUAACAGAGCAGGAGAUAAGAGAUUUGAAAUUAAACAGACUGUGUGGUAAAAUAAGUUUAAACAUUAGAUCUGUCUUUACAGUAAGUGUGUAGGGAUACUGCGUAGGUCACAUGCAGGGGAUGUGUGGCUAGGGAUGCAUAAACAAAGUGAUUUAACUAAAUGACUAAGAAUUGAGCAGCGAGACUACAGGGGAAUAAUCUAUACACCAAAACCACUCCAUUACGUUAACGUUGCUUUGGUGCUUAGAAUAUCCCUUUAAGCUGUAUUCAGCACUGCCAUGCAUUCAGCAUUGUUCAAAAUCUUGUAGGGUUAUUUGCUUAAGUAAAAAUUCUCAGGAAUUAAAAAUGAAUUCAGUGCAACGUUUUAAAUUCAAGCCAAAUUAGUGAUAAAAGAGCUGAUACAAAUAGUAACUGCAACAAACUGGUAUACUAUUUUCCAAGUCAGUUUGUGUCAAACAAUUUUAAAGCCUUUUAAAAAUCAUUCCCCCUUGUGACUUCAUAAUGAAGUAUGUUCAUGCUUUUGCCUUAGAGCUAUGGGAUAUUUUGGAUGGAUAAUGAGAAAGUUAAAGGGUCACUACAGUCACCAAAAUAACUUUAGCUUCGUGAAGCAGUUUUGGUGUAUAGAUCAUGCCCCUGCAGUCUCAUGGCUCAAUUCUCCGCCGUAUAGGCAUUAAAUCACUUUGUUUAUGCAGCCCUUGUCACAUCUCCCUGCAUAUAACUUGUAUCUUAAAGGAAAAAGUCACCAAAACAGGUGCAGACACAUUUUUGGAUGCAGUAUUUUCUUUUAUUUUCCUCAACUAAUUACAGACCACAAAACGGUCAUGUCCAUGUAGACAUUUUAUUGCAUACAUGUGUAUGGAAUGUAUUAAAAUGUAUUUUUACUUUUAAUUGCCAAACAUGCAAAUAUUGAAAUUUCUUGCCUAAAAUAGAGGUACAUGUAAGCAGGAUAUAAAACAAAAGUAAAUCAGGCAUAAACGUGAAGAGGAAUUGAAAGCUAUAGUCAAUUUCCAUAUACUCUGUGGUCUAUUCAGUGCAGGGUAAAUUGGCCUAAAUGCAGCCCCCUAGAGUGUAACUGAGAGCAUAAAUGUCUAACCUUGACCUUCAUCUUUUGUAUUAUAUAUACUAAUACUUUUGAGAAAACCUGAGUCUAUCAGAAAAUGAUGAGAUGUCUAGUCCAGCCCCAGGUUAGUAAACCCUGUUCUAGUGCAACAGCAAAUUGUGCACGGUUCCUUCAAAGAGGUUGUAGGCAGAGUAGAUAGACCAGUUGUGUUUUUUGUUUAAACUAAAUCUAUCUUUGUUAUGGUACACUGUAGGCACCCAGACCACUUCAGCUAAUUGGUGGUCUUAGUUCUGCAAUGUAAAUCUUUGCAGUUUUAGAGAAACUACAGUGCUUUCUAGAUGACUUUUGGUCGCCUAAUUGACGCUGGAUGUCUUCAGUAAAAUCCCCCAGUAAAAUCCUUAUAGGGAAGCAUUGCCGCAAUGCUUUCCUGCAGGGAGGGCCUAAUGCGCUUGCAGUGCUCACCGUGCAUGCGCAUUAGCCCCCCCCAGUCGGAUAACGUCAGAGGAGUCGGAAUGCCGACCCAGCGCUGAUUUAGAUCACCACUGGAAUCGUGUGAGUAUAGUAAGAGCUUAUUAACUCGUACAGUAGGAGGCCACAAGGGAGUGGGGAGGCAGAGGGAAGUAGAAUGUAAGGAAUAUAACUUUGAAUUACUUACGCUAUAGAAUCCCUUUCAAAUUGAACACAUAGACUAUACCCUCCUCAGCUGCAUUGAUAUUGCUGAAUUUGCAGUUAGAUAUCAUUUCCGUGUCAUUUCCAUCCAACCUUCUAGUCACUGCAACCACUACGCUGAGCUGUCCUUUAACAGUGAAGCUUGAUCAUAUCAUUUUUUUACUUUUUGCGUAGUUCAAACACGUAGAUCAAAUCAAGAAAACAAAGUACGUUCUCUUUCAGAUUUAGCACUUGUUUGCAUGUCAGCAUUUCUAAAUGAUUUUUAAGGCCGCAUUAAAUAAGAUUGACUAAUUGAAGCAACAUCCACUUAUACAAUUCCCUGACAUUGUGCCCUAAUGGAAAAUUAUUCCAUUUCUGAUUCCACAGCAUAUAUUUAACUUCUCAUUUUACAAGUAUCUAAUCAGUACGGGCACAGAAAGGGCACUGGAGUAUUUCAAGCACAUUAAGGAAAACAAGAGUAAAAGCUGUACUACAUCAAUGUUUCUUUUGUUCUUAGAAAUUGUAUGUUCAGACCUUGUCCUAUAGGAUUUUCUCUACAUGUGUCAACUUCGUAUACGGGUGGUAUAUAUAUUUCUUAUUUUCUUUUCCCUCGAACAGCUGUCGCUUUUUCCCUGAAAGCACAACUAAAGAAUGAUGUCAGGAAGCUCCCAGCCUUGUUCAUCUUCAAUAGGAUAUUAUGUCUAAAUACAAUGUAACACAGCAUGGUAACAUAAUGACAGGGAAUGUACCUGUGGGUGUAUAUUGUGUUUUCAAAUAGGCUCCAGGUUACAAAGGAAACGGCAACCAAAAUAAAGUACUGUAAAAGAAAGUUACAACGGAAACAAACUACAAAUAUUGCAGAAUGGUUAAAAUGUAUUUAUAGCAAGUAAAUUUCCUGUCUUCCCCCCAUGAAAAAUGUGCUACAGAAUUGGUAUCUGAUUUUCUGUAAUAAAACAUUUUAAACUAAUUUCAUUACUCCUAAACCAAGAUUGUUUGAUUUGUGUUAUAUCAAGUCCAAAUUGGAAAAUUCCUUUGUUAAUGUGAUCAGAUUUAUUUGUUAUAUAACAAAGGGACAGUUUUCUUUAUACCAAUUUCCACACUAAUAUUUUACAGAACACCACCAAAUUUUCCAUGGGUGGGAAAAAGAGAAGUAAAUAGAAAAUGCUUGUAUCUGAAAAAGUGCAGAAAAAUUCAUAUAUCCAUCACUGAAAAAAUCGCAUAUAUUAAGAAAUGACUUUUAGGGCACAAUCAAAAAGCUUUAUGUAUAGGGAGUUACUAAUUGGCUAAGGUGAGCCAGCACCAGAAACCUCCAGGCAGGCAACAUACCAACUUAAUUUUGAUGAAGUUGUUAUAGUGCCCAAACUGGUCCUUUAAAGGUGUUUCAAUGAAUGGGGGAUCGAGGUAUCACUCAUAACUCGGUCUGUUUCAUUGUAAGCUUUGUAAAUUGAAAAGGCGAAGGAAGAAAAUCUAUAACUGCUCACUUCCUCACUGACAGAGGAAAUCAUAAAAAGUUUAAUUAGCUUUGCAGAAACAUAUUAUCCCUUCAUAUGUUCUGAUAGAAGAUUUACAGUGUAUUCCAUGUUCUUUGUAUAUGCUAAAUGAAUUACCCCACAUACAGCUGCUAAUCAGUAGAAAUUGCUACUCCAAAGCCAUAAUUCUUUCUAGAACCAUUUACCCUUUUGACGAGAUUUCAAUGUAAUGCCUGCUCAUUAGAUGAGGAUAGGAGGAGAAUACAUGAUAAUUACCUACACUCAAGUGCUUGUUGAUUUUUGGGUUUCAUCCAGCAGUACCUAAACGCAAAGUACUGGACAGAAAAAAAAAAUGUAAUCUGUCUUCAAGAGAGAAACACCAAAUUAGCAACCCUACAUCUGCAAUAUUUCGGGAAUCUACAUCCUGACUAAUAUUCUGAGCAUCAAAGCUUUGCAUAUCAACACAGUAUGGCUGCUUGGCAACAAGUGAACUAGCAAAUGGAGACUAGUUUUCUAGUUGUUUUAGGGAAAUAUAUUAUUGUAUGAUUUGAAGUGGAAAAAUCAAUUAAAGUAUUGAUUAUUUCUUUGUGUAUCUGCCCCUGGCCAAAUCAAUGAAACAAUGCGUGCACGCUCCCUGAAGUAAUUCACACCAGACACAGGUUCUAGGUUGUUGAAUAACUUGAGGAAAAGUUUUAUUCAGAGGGGACGGCAAGUCCCUUUUAAAGCAAAAUUACAUCAUAAGCAUUGUCAUUGAUAACAUGGAAUAAUACAUCAAUUAUUGGUUAGGUGUUAAGUGGUUGCUUCAAUGCUCUGCCUACUGUAGGUGAUGUCACCGGGGCCAUGAGGGUCUCCCACGGUUUACCGGCGCCAUCUUGGUGCACGAGGUAGUUAGUCGAUGUUAGGAAGGAGAAAGGGAGGGGAGGGGGAAGGAGCUAGAAGCUUCCAGCAGCCAUCUUAAUUAUAACGUGUGUGCUUAGCUAUGUGUAUAUAUAUAUCGUGAAAUGAGUAAAUAGACAUUUUUCACUAACUAGGAAAUAUGUGCAGACCUUAUUUCCACAACAGUCCCCCCUAAAAUGGCUAUUUACCAUAACAACUGCUACUGUCCCUAAUAUGUCCCUAGUUGCCUGCAACCUAUCUGCCUUAACUAGCAUCGAACACUUCACUCCGCGGGUAACCCGCAGUGGCUAGUCCACUACAUCUCCACACGUGAGACUUGCCAGUUAAGACAGACGCUUUCCCUAUACUGUCCCUACAGGAAAGCAGUUGUUUGUUUGAACUGAUGUGAUUGAAGGGGUGUAUGUGGAGUAUCAUCUUCGAAGUCUGUGAUGUCUUGGUGUAUGAAAGUAGGGGUCACGUCAUCUAUAGUCUUGUCUACCGCUUUCUGUAGAUACUUCUGUAUGCAGGGGAAUAUGCAACAGGUCAGAAAUAAGAAAAUGACGAUCAUUAUGAGAACAACUGUCCCCACCUGGAAGAGGGUCCUUUGCCAACCAUUCAUCCAUCCAAACCAUCUGUCCCAAGUGUCAAUGACUCCUGAAUUUUUCUUUAGCUCGUCUGCAAGACUAUCUAGCUUCUCUAUGGCCAUAGUCACCUUACCAUUGGGCCCCGUAUUGUCUGGAAUGUAUGUGCAGCAUGUCAUGGUCUCAGGGAGGAUUUUACAUACACCCCCUUUCUCAGCUAAAAUCAUAUCUAGGGCCAUUCUGUUCUGAAAUGUCAUUUGGGUAGUGGCUUGUAAUUGCUCUGCCAGGCCCUGUAGGGCAUCCCUAGUGUAGUUGACAAAACGCUGUUGAUUAUAGUAAAUGUAGUUAAUCCAAUUGACAUUUUUGUUAGCAGUUAUCAUUGGAAUUAGGGACUCAAAUCCUGCAGCCACUUCAUCUCUUGCUUUGAAUUAGUUAGGCACCCCCCUUGGCACACCUAUGGCAUCAAUAUACACAUGGGGGUCGAAACUCCCUCGAAUAGGAGUCUCUCGUUUGGUUCUAGAGUGUACAUGUGUGAGGUUUAACGUGUUAUGGUCACCAUCUGGAAUGAUAUGGAUAGGCAUUAUGACUUUAGUUAGGGCACACUCCCCCCACCAUUGCCCAGUUAAUUGGGACCUCAAUUGUUUAUCCCCACAUAACCAAUAGAUAUCACCGAUUGUCUUUGUGUGGUUCAUUAGCAGUGAUACGGGUGGAUUAUGGUAAGUUGAGCAAUAUCCUGAUGGGAAUUUGCCCAGAUACAAACCGGUGUUUUUAGAUAUUGUAUAACAUGUGUAAUUACCUGGGUAGAUGGUGACUCCAUCAGGUGGUUUUACAUGUCCGUGAGUGAUCGGGUAAAUUCUCUUCCACGAUUCACAUGUCGAGGAGUUGGUGACGGACUGUGUGUAAAGGCUCAGAACACAUGAUUCUACUUCAGGAGGCAAAUUCAGAGGAACUGUGCCCAGAUGGGGCCUGGCUCCUCCACACAUGUAACAAUUGGUCUUAUUGUGUGAGUUGGCAUUAUACCUCAUCCAUUCUAGCCACAAAUUAGUGUCUGAAAAACCAGUUUCCACUGCCAUAGUGUCUUCAAAGGUGGGGUUGGCUAUAGCUACCAUGUCAUGUAGGGUCUUAAUAUGUGGUUUUAAUGGGUUAACGAUCAUGUGAGUGGUCCCUACCCAGUCUGGGGAGGUGAGCAUGUCUUGUAGGUAGAAUGUCCCCAGUGCAUUGUGUGAGCCACCUCCCUUCCAGUACAUCCCCAUCACAUAUUCCCCCGCGUCCCUUGGACUAGGGUGUUCUAUAUUCAGGGUAAGUUUAAUGGGAGUUGACCCUGUGGGUUUACUCAGUCAUUCUAGAAAGUAGGGGCUUCCCGUCUUUAUCAAGUCUGUCUAGUGCAACCUGAGGUCUGUAGCCCCAUGGUCUACCUGUAUUCCACCCGGCAGCUUUCCAUGAACUACAGUGGUGUCCCCAAGCUCCUCCAGUCACACAAAUGUAUGGGUCCUUUUUGUUAGGUAUGUCUUUGUAUAUGGCUGCAUGUUGUGUCUGUGGGAAUGUACAGGUAACUAUGUCACAGUAAUCAAAGGUGUAUGUAGCUACAUCAGUAUCAGAAGAAUUGUACCAGAAAGUGUAAACAUGAUUAUCUUUGGUUAUGGCCACUUGUUGGGCCCAGGCAAAAUGCAACAAUAUAAGAAAACACAAGACACAUAAUAAAUUCAUGUUUCAACAAGAUCAGCUUCUUCUGGAGCAGGCACUUUUUCAGUCUUUAUGACCUUUCCAGGGUUGCACUUAGCACAUAUAGUACAAGAUUUGCAGUAAUUCUGUGUUAAGGUAGUGAUGCCUGGUGCUUCAAAAUACUUGUCAAUCAGUGAGUUCAUCAGGAGCUUUGACAGGUGUGCUGGCCCAUGGGCCCAUUGGACCACCGCUGGGUACAUACUUCUAGGUAAGCAGAACUUGAGAUUAAUGGUGUAAACUUCAUCACGGAGUAUUGCUCCUUUGUUCUUCCAACUUUGUUUCUCCUGAGGAGUGGCGGCAGCUUGUUGUUCCUUCAGCAGCCUGAGAUCUGUAGGCAAUGUUUGCAUAGUGUAAAUGGGUAAUGUAUCUGUGGCCACUCUUCUGUCCACUUCCCAUCCUUGUCGUGCUGCCUCUUUGGCUGCCUGAUCAGCUAGGUUGUUGCCACGUGCUUCUUCUGUGUCUAAUUUCCCAUGAGCUUUUACUUUCAAUACUGCCACUUCUGCUGGGAGUUCCAAUGCGUCCAUCAGUUCUGCAAUGGCUGCCCCAUGUUUUACUGGGGUACCGGUGGCUGUAAGAAAUCCUCUGGUCUUCCAGAUUAAGCCAAAAUCGUGUGCCACUCCCAGGGCAUAUCUUGAAUCCGUAUAAAUGUUGACACGUAGGCCUUCGGACAGUUUGCAGGCCACAGUCAAGGCUGUUAACUCGGCCUCUUGGGCAGACUUAGUUGGUUGUAGGGCAGCUGCUUGUAAUAUUUGACAUCCUGUGGUGACUGCAUAUCCAGUGUGGUAUUGUCCUUGUUCAUCAGCAAACCUUGAGCCAUCCACAAAUAGUGUUUGAUCCGGGUUGAGUAAUGCAGCUUCAUAAACAGUUGGUAGGUGUGUAGUUUCCAUUUUCAUUUGUUCAAAACAGUCAUGGGGAAUAUCGAUGAGGUUGCAGUCUAUGGUGGGUGGGUCCUCACAGGCCUCUGUGUGGUACCUGGAGUAUCCUGUUGUGCAGUAGUUAAUGGUCUUUUUAUUUAUUCCCGUAGAAGUCAGUUGUUCUUGAGUCAUUUGGUUCCAAGUUUUGGCCAUCGGGCCUAGGUUCUCCCAUAAGGUGUUGUGGGAUCUGGUGAGAGAUAUGUGUGGGAUAGCUGUUUCCCAAUGGUGGUAGAAGUGUGCUACAUUAUCUGGAAGGUGAACCAAAAUGAGCAUGGUACCUGUAGAGUCCCAAAAUAAGUCAGUCAGGGUAAUUUGAAUUUCUUUGAGCUGAAAUAGUUCUUCCUCAUAGUCCACAUCAGGACUUGGUUCGUCCCUAAACCACAAGACACAGUGGAGUGGGGCCUCUGAUUGUUCAUCAGGGGGAGGUGUGAACACAGGCAACUGUAAAUCUGCUCGAACAUCUGGGUUGAUAUCCAGGCUGCACCAGUGAUGCACAAUUCCCCCCUUGGGAAGUGGCAGAAGAGUGGCUGGGUUCAGGGAAAGGCAUCUCUGGAGUUUCACAUUAUCAGGUAGGAGUAAGGAUGUCUGUAGGCGAAGGUGACGUUGGGAAGAAAGGUGUUUAGGUCAAACUUGCUGUAGGAUUGCAGUAAUGUCGUGAGGGGCCAGCACUGUGAGGUGAUGGCCAAGAACAAAGUCAUUGGUCUUGUCCAGGAGAGCGCUGGCGGCAAACACCGCUCGGAGGCAAGAGGGGCUUCCCCUUGCAACAGGGUCAAGCAUGCAGGACAAAUAGCCAAUAGGGCGUUGUCUAGAUCCAUGUUUUUGGGUGAGGACUCCGGAAGCAUGUCCUGAUUUUUCAGAGACAAACAGGUGGAAGGGAAGUUGGUAGUUGGGCAGGCCCAAGGCAGGUGCAGAAGCAAUAGCUCUUUUCAGAGUAUGGAAACAGGUGAUAGUUUCUUCUGUGAGAUGAAAGGGCUCACUCCUGAGGGCAUCAUAGAGUGGCUGCAUGAGCUUUGAUGCUUCAGGUAUCCAGGACCUGCAAUACGUGAUAAGGCCCAGAAAAGCAUGGAGAGCCUGGUGAUUAGCAGGUAGUGGAAGAUGCAGAAUGGCUUGUACACGUUGGGAGGUUAGAUGUUUGGUGCCAUGGGAAAGGCAGUGUCCCAAGAAGACCACAGAGGGCCGGCACCAUUGUAACUUGGAUUUUGAGGCUUUGCAACCAGCUGCAGCAAGGAAACAUAGGAGAUCUUCUGAAUCACGCUCUGCAAUGAGCAAAUCAGGAGCACAGAGAAGGAGAUCAUCAACAUAUUGAAGCAGGUCGACAUCCAAAUGAGACUUCUGCCAGGGAUCCAGCACCAGUGACAUGGCGUGAGCAAACUGUGUGGGGGAAUUCUGAGCCCCCUGAGGCAUGACAGUCCAGGUGUAUUGCUGUCCUUCAUGGGUGAAGGCAAAGAGAAACGACAGGAAGGGUCAAGGGGGACACUGAAGAAGGCAUUAGCUAGAUCCACCACGGUGAAUAUUGUUGAAGUUGAUGGGACUUGGGAUAAGAGGGUGUGGGGGUUAGGAACAAUUGCAGUGUCUUUGAUGGUCACAUCAUUCACAGCACGGAGAUCUUGCACCAUGCGGUACUAGUCAGGCUGACCUUUAACAGUUCUCUUUUUAACAGGAAACAGUGGAGUAUUACAUGGAGAUGAACACUUGAUGAGGGCACCUUUGGCUAGGAGACUUUCAACUUGUCUGGUAAUGGCUUCAGCUUGUGCAGGCUUCAGAGGGUACUGUGGCCUGCGAGGAGGCAGUGCCCCAGGCAGGAGUUGAACUAAGACCGGGGGCACAUGUAAGCGCCCAAUAUCAUCCGGGCCAGUGGACCAAAGUUCUUGAGGGAUACGAUCCAGAGCACUGGGGGUUUGUGGGACCCGUGCAUCCCCUGUAUUGUCAGUUAGGUUUAACAAAAUAGGUAGUGAACAGAGGACAGAGGUAUCCUUUUGUGAUAAGGGAGUUGUCAAUUCAAUCUGCCCAUCUGCAGUGAAGGUAAUGGAGGCCUGGAGCCGAGAGAGAACAUCGGCACCUAGGAGGUUAAUGGGGCAGGUAGAGGAAACAACAAAGCGUGAGAGGAUGUGGGAACCUACGUGUAGAAGCUUAGUAAGGGAGUUGCUGCGUGGGGUACCAUCCACCCCAACACAGGAAACAUCAGUGUCAGAUAAGAAAGAAGGGUCAGGCAGGUCUUGUUCCCUAAGGACACUACGGGCUGCACCUGUGUCAACUAAGAAAGUGGUGGGGUGGCCCUCCACAGGGAGAACUACAGUAGCUAGAGGGCCUCCCCCAUCCCCCGCAGACACUGCCAUGGCAGGGGUUGCUGACACAGGCUUGCCGGUUACCUAUUGUAAUAAAUCUAAAUGGGCCUGGUCUGGUCCCUGGUACCGGCGGGAAGUAGAAGGGGGGUUAGCAGAAUGCAUGGGGGGACGAGAUGGGCGGAGGGUAUGACGGGGCUGGCCGUCUUGGAAAUCAUCAUUAUCAAACCCUUCUGCAGAGGGUGAAGGAUAUGCACGAGCUUCUGAUACAGGGAGCCGAGCUUGAGUGUAUUCAGGAGGAGGAGGAGGGGGAGGAGGAGGUGGCGGGGGAAGCUGAGGCAAUUGUGGAUGAGGAAGGGCGGGGAGGUAACCAGGGGAAGGGUAGUUGUAGCCAGUGACAUGGGGACCUUGGUACCGGGGAGUUGGCUGGGGGAACACUCUAGGCUGUGGGCAAUCUCUUCUAAAGUGGCCUGGCUGAUUACAAUUAAAACAGGUCCGGAUUGUCAUAAUGGUCCGGUCCCGGGGGAAAGGGAUUGGUGCAGGCAGUGUCUGGGGUGAUUGGGUGUACUGUUGGGGGAACACCUGAGGAACUUGAUUAGAACUAGCAAUAGGUGUGGAGGUGGUGUACAUCAGUGGGCUAGCCCUGCGCUGUGUGGGUUGUAAAACAGAUUCUAAGCCCUUGGCUACCAACAAAAGGGUAUCUAGUGGAAUAAUUCUAUACUCAGGGCGAGCUAAAAUCAACCCCUUACGAAUAUGUUCUCUCAACCCUGCCACAAAAGCUGCAGAGAGCAUCUGGGUGUGUGCCUUGUUGUAAGUGCUGAACCCUAAGUCCGAGAAUGUCUGAGUCAACCUAGAGUGGUACUUCUCAACGGUCUCAAGUUUGUCCUGUAUUAUGUCAUUAAUGCAAGUAGCCUGGUCAGCUAGUUUAUCCUGCGCCCAGGCGCGAAGUUGUUCACAGAAAGUUUCACCAGAACGGAAAUCAGUAUCAGAAGUAAGUGGAGCAUCACUAAAGCUCCGUUCCAUGAUUGGCCAGUAUGCAUCUCCAGCCUUAAUUUCACAUAAACUAAUAAGAUCCCGCCAUGCAGCGGAAUAUGUCUUGCGGAUCUGAGCCAUCCUGCGGAAAAAGGGCAUGGGGUGUUUCUCAGGAUCAGGGAGUGAGGUUACAAGGGUAGCGGCUUGGGAAGGGUUAAAAGUAACGUACAUAGGUGGUGCACCAUCCGCACCAUGACUGAUCUGAGUAUACCCCUGGGGAAUCGAGUGCCGUUGGGGAAGCCUUUCCCCCCCCAGAUGGGGUGGGCUCUGGUCCACCACAACGACCUCCUCGGGCACUAUUGGACCACGGUGAAGAGUAGCCUCAGGGGUAGCUGUAGCGGGGGCAACUGGGAAGGGGGUGAUAGGAGAGGUAAUUGGGUGGAAACCCGAGGCUUGGGGGGAGGCACCCAUCGCAUAGGGCUGGUCCGAAGUCGCAGACACCUCAGACCCAACCACCAUGAUUGGGUUUCUGGUGCUGGCGGAAGGGGCACGGGGAACUAAAGCCGUGGAAGGGGCCAUCAUGGGGGACGGCGGGGCUGGCCGUGAGAGGUGGGUGUUUAGGACAUGUGCAAGAGCAGAGAUUGGAUCGGAAGGCUCGAGGAGAUUAACGGGAGACAAGGGAGGGGUCGAAGGCUCGGGGGGAGGAGGAGGAGGAAGAGGAGGUAUAUCAAUGGGAGGCAAUGCAGGGAUCGCGGAGUUAACCAGGGAAGUGACUGCAGUGAAAAGGGCGGAUAUUGAAGUAGAUAGGUCAUUGGACAUAGGUGCGUCAAGGGUUGCCGGGGAAGGGGUUGGAGGGAUAGGAACAAGGGGCUGUGGCAGAGCAACUUGGGCGGAGGGUUGGGACGGCAAAUCGGCCGUGGGAGGGAGGGAUAACGAGGUAGAGGGGGCUGGGACUUCGGGAGGAGGAGGUAACACUGGAGGAGAGGUGGUAACAGGGGGCUGGGUCAGGGCGGUGAGGGCAGAGAUUAGGGACGGCAAAUCGGCCGUGGGAGGGAGGGAUAACGAGGUAGAGGGGGCUGGGACUUCGGGAGGAGGAGGUAACACUGGAGGAGAGGUGGUAACAGGGGGCUGGGUCAGGGCGGUGAGGGCAGAGAUUAGGGACGGCAAAUCGGCCGUGGGAGGGAGGGAUAACGAGGUAGAGGGGGCUGGGACUUCGGGAGGAGGAGGUAACACUGGAGGAGAGGUGGUAACAGGGGGCUGGGUCAGGGCGGUGAGGGCAGAGAUUAGGGACGGGAAAUCGGCCGUGGGAGGGAGGGAGGGGUCCUGGGUCAGUGGGGAGACAGAGAUCCGGAGGAAUAGGGCCGGUGGAAAGGGUAUGGGGUAGGGGAGUUGGAUGUGUGAUAGACGGAGAGGGUGAGGGAACAGAAGCUACUAAGGAAGGGGCACUCGGGGUUGAGAGGGAAGCGGAGGAGGAAGGUGGGACUUCAAUGGGUGAGGUGGGGGAAGCCAUGGUAAGGUCCGGAGUGGGGACGGUCACCGGGAGAGGUAGCGAAGGACAUGAAGGCGGAGGGGCUUCGGCAGGCAUGACAGAAGGAUGGCUAACGGAGGGGGUUGGGUCAUAGGAAGGUUGAGGCAUGGGAGUAGGAGGGAACGAGUGAAGUGGCACUGGAUAAUAGUAAGCACCAUCCAUACCGAGUACGGGGCACAGGGGAGUGGGAGCUGAAGACACACCCCCAGAGGGUGGGGUCUGUGUCGUGACGGGAGAAGCAGGGCGGGAAUUAAGUGUUGCGCUCCGGGCGCCAUCAUAGGGCGGUGGUCGUGGAACAAUAGAAACAACAUCAUCAUUAUGAACACUCCUGUGAUAAACAUACACAAGUUGCCCCUCAAACUCCAAUUCUUCCUCGACCCAUCCUUCCCGUUUCAAACCUCUAGCCACCCGGUACCAAGCCUCUGCAACUUUCGUAAGUCCAUUAUCCAACAACAACCCUUCCUUGUCUAUGAGUAGCUUUCUCCAAAACUCAGGUUGUAAUCUCCCACUGGGCAACAUCUGGAAACCACACACCUUAGCAAUCUUUUUAAGUUUCAACAUUGCAUCUUCCCCUGCCCUUUCUUUCACAAUGUCACAAGCUAGCAAGCCCUUAGCAGGUCUAGCGUGUUCCUGUCCCAUUUUUGAGUAACCAAAGCGUGCCACACGUGGAAGACAAAGAAGUAUAGUAAGUACAAGGGGAAAAGAAUGUCUACAGUGCUCGACUGCCACGAGAACUUGAGCCCCGUGCGUCUUCCCCAAACGUAGACCAGUCACGGAGAUCCGCCCACCCGGGGUGGUGGUCACGGACGGGAGCGAAUGAGCGUGGGUGACUAACACAGCUCUGGGCAACAGGCACAGGAGAGAUAAAGAACAAAGGAGAAAAUGAACGUGGCUGCGCUAAUGAGAAGACAUUUGCAAAAAUCACAAACAUACAAAUGAGCGUAAACUCCGGAAUCCAGAACUAACCACACAACACACACACACACACCAAGGGUACCCACACUGUAACAACAAUUAAUCAGAAACCACAGAAUGAUAGAGAGCAAAAUAGCCAUGUACAUGUUAACACCACCGGUGUCGGAUAUUCAGGGUAUAACAAUCCCCAGCCUUCACCCACCAGGCUGGUCCCGGCAAAACACUGGUACCAAAGGAAAUACUGCAAUAAUCAAACAAAAAUCCCAGCCCCACCGGCUGCAAUGCGUUCCCUGCCCGCUAGGCAGUCAAGCUAACAUAAAAACCCAGCCCCACCGGCUGAAAUGCGUUCCCUGCCCGCUAGGCAGUCAAGCAAACAUAAAAACCCAGCCCCACCGGCUGAAAUGCGUUCCCUGCCCGCUAGGCAGUCAAGCAAACAUAAAAACCCAGCCCCACCGGCUGAAAUGCGUUCCCUGCCCGCUAGGCAGUCAAGCAAACAUAUAAAAUGCGUUCCCUGCCCGCUAGGCAGUCAAGCAAACAUAUAAAAUGCGUUCCCUGCUCGCUAGGCAGUCAAGCAAACAUAUAAAAUGCGUUCCCUGCCCGCUAGGCAGUCAAGCCAAUAUAUAAAAUGCGUUCCCUGCCCGCUAGGCAGUCAAGCAAACCUAUAAAAUGCGUUCCCUGCCCGCUAGGCAGUCAAGCAAACAUAUAAAAUGCGUUCCCUGCCCGCUAGGCAGUCAAGCAAACAUAUUUUAAAGGUAUAAUAAACACACACACAUAAAUGAAUACAGGAGGCAGAUAGACAAUCGACAGGUUCACUUAAAAAGGCGCACCGGAUGAGUUAAUUACCUGUCUCUAGUAGCCUUCUGGAAGCCGGAAGUGGACUCGGAGACAGACCGGCACAAAACAGGAGAAUAACACAGGCAACGGCUGUAUUAUGGAGGUGAUCAGGCUCCGCUUGUCCCACUUUCCGGAGGUCCGCUCCGGUCCGUUGGUUCCGGCCCUCCGAACCGGCUCUCCGGUGGGCCCCACGUUGGGCGCCAAUUGAAGUGGAAAAAUCAAUUAAAGUAUUGAUUAUUUCUUUGUGUAUCUGCCCCUGGCCAAAUCAAUGAAACAAUGCGUGCACGCUCCCUGAAGUAAUUCACACCAGACACAGGUUCUAGGUUGUUGAAUAACUUGAGGAAAGUUUAUUCAGAGGGGACGGCAGGUCCCUUUUAAAGCAAAAUUACAUCAUAAGCAUUGUCAGAGAUAACAUGGAAUAAUACAUCAAUUAUUGGUUAGGUGUUAAGUGGUUGCUUCAAUGCUCUGCCUACUGUAGGUGAUGUCACCGGGGCCAUGAGGGUCUCCCACGGUUUACCGGCGCCAUCUUGGUGCACGAGGUAGUUAGUCGAUGUUAGGAAGGAGAAAGGGAGGGGAGGGGGAAGGAGCUAGAAGCUUCCAGCAGCCAUCUUAAUUAUAACGUGUGUGCUUAGCUAUGUGUAUAUAUAUAUCGUGAAAUGAGUAAAUAGACAUUUUUCACUAACUAGGAAAUAUGUGCAGACCUUAUUUCCACAACAUGAUUCAACAUGAAUUUAGCAAAGUGCUCUUUGAUAAAUAGGAGGAUUUGGCGUGUGAGGUUUCACUAACCUAGGCAUUAGAAAUAAAUCAUGUGGCAAAUUCACAAUGGACCAAAUUUAGCAUUUUAAUCAUUAUAAUUUAAAUGUAGGCUAAGGUUCAUGCAAGAAAAAUUGACAGAAAUUUACUGCUUCAGGGUGAGGGCAGUUGUGUUUUUUUCCACUCUUUUUUUUUUUUUAUCCUGCCUGAUCCCACUGGGUAAACUUUAUUUAAAGCAUGGAAUAAUUGAACAAUCAUUUUUUUUUUUUUUUUUUUAUUCUCCGUGGUGUAUUUUUUUUAAUUUUAAAACCAUGUGCAAGAUUUUAAAUUUUGAACCAAACUAUCCUUUCACAUUUAAAGGAACACUCCAGGAGCCAUAACAACUUCAUCAGAAUUAAGUUGUUAUGGUGUGAAGAGGUGCCGGCUUACCUCAACAAGUUAAACCGGUAACUAACAGUUGAAGCCGGUGCUUCGAUCGUUCUGCUUAUGAACAUCAACCACAGUCCAAGGCUUGAAACGGCUAAAGCUCUCACCCUGUCUAUAGCACUCCAUUCACAAAAUGACUUUACUCAAAUAUGUUUCUCAAGCUGUGUCAUGAAUGGGAAGAUACUGAGAGUGUCAGCUGACACAGGGAUUAGCUUUCCCUGGUGGUCUAGCGGGGGUUAGAGCUCCUUGGUUGUCCAGCAAGGGUUACAUCUCAAACGUGGAGGAGUGGUUUUUAUUCUCCCUGGUGGAGCAGUGGGGGGUUUAAUUUCUUUGGUGGUCCAGCGAGGGUUAAAUCUCCCUGGUGGUCAGGAGAGGUUUAAGUCUGUAUGUUGGUGCAGCAGGGGAGCGUGCAGUCUGCACCUCCGGCAGCUGCAGAUUACAGUAAUUGAUUCUCAUGUUCUUGGAACUCACUAAGGUCAGAGUGCUUGCUGUAAAUGUUGUGCUGAACGCUCCUGGAGGAAGUUUCGCACCCAGUCAGACUUUCUCCAUUAUAGAUUCAUAUUGUGUUCAUACAGUGCAGCCCUUGCCCUUGCCAAACAAUCCUAUUUUUCCUCUCUCAUUAGUUCAUGUUCCCGCAACCCCAGGCGUCUCUCUGACACCUUUAAUUCUCUUCUUCGCCCCGCUGUGGCCACCCCCCAAACCAACCUUACUGCUGAUAACUUUGCAUGUUACUUCACUGACAAAAUUAAACAGCUAAGGAAAGAAUUCUCCCCUCCUUGCCUUUCUGUUUCUCUGUCACACAUAGAUCAUGCCUUUCCUACCCUUCAGACAUUCUCCCCAACCACUGACCAAGAGGUGGCUGCUCUUCUUUGCUCCUCUCGCCCCACCACUUGCCCGCUCGAUCCUGUCCCAUCUUACCUUAUCAGAUCUCUCUCCACUUGUCUCGUGCCUUCUCUAACACACAUCUUCAACUGCUCGCUCUCUUCUGGCAUCGUCCCUGCUGACCUUAAACAUGCCACUGUAGUACCUAUACUAAAAAAACCCAUCCCUCGACCCGUCCACCCCCUCUAACUACCGUCCCAAAUCCCUGCUCCCUUUUUCCUCAAAGCUUCUGGAAAGACUUGUCUUUACCCGUGUGUCUCAUUUCCUCAAUUCCAACUCUCUCCUUGACCCCCUUCAAUCUGGCUUCCGCCCUCUCCACUCUACAGAGACUGCUCUUAUCAAAGUUACUAACAACCUAAUCGCAGCUAAAUCCAAAGGCCACUACUCCAUACUAAUUCUUCUUGACCUCUCAGCGGCUUUUGACACCGUUGAUCAUGCUCUCCUUCUUCAAACUCUGCAAGCGCUUGGUCUCUGUGACUCUGUCCUCUCAUGGUUUUCCUCUUAUCUCUUCCAACGCUCAUUCAGUGUCUCUUUUUCUAAUGAUACCUCCUCCCCUCGCCCUGUCUCGGUUGGAGUCCCCCAAGGCUCCGUCCUUGGUCCCCUUCUAUUUUCUCUUUAUACUGCCUCUCUUGGUAAACUUAUUACCUCAUUUGGAUUCCACUACCACCUGUACGUUGAUGACACCCAGCUAUAUCUCUCCUCCCCAGACCUCUCCCCUGCUGUCCUGCAACGUGUCACUGCUUGCCUUUCUUCCAUCUCUGACUGGAUGUCCUCCCGCUUUCUGAAACUCAAUCUCUCAAAAACUGAGCUCCUUGUCUUUCCUCCUCCUAAUACUGAUCCUCCUCUUUCGCUCUCCCUUCAAGUCUGUGGUACCAACAUCAGCCCAUCCUUGCAAGCGCGCUGUCUUGGCAUCAUACUUGACUCUGGUCUCACCUUUGAGCCUCACAUCCAGCAUGUUGCCAAAUCCUGUAGAUUCCAUCUUAAAAACAUAGCCCGCAUCCGCCCCUUUCUUGCACCAGAUACUACCAAGGAGCUUGUCCAUGCUCUAGUAAUUUCCCGCAUGCAUUAUUGUAACCCUCUCCUGCUUGGUCUUCCCAAAAGCCGUACUGCACCCCUACAGUCUGUAAUGAACGCUGCUGCUAGACUGAUUUUCCGCUCUAGUCGGUUCUCUCACACCUCACCCCUCUGCCAGUUCUUACAUUGGCUUCCUGUGUGCUAUAGGAGUCAAUUCAAGGCACUAACUCACACCUAUAAAGCACUGAAUAACUCUAUCCCCUCUUAUAUCUCCUCACAGAUCCAUAGGUAUGUCCCUUCUCGGUCUCUCCGCUCUGUCCGUGACCACCUCCUGUCCGUUUUCCGCACCCGUACGGCCAACUCGCGCUUGCAGGACUUCUCGUGGGCGGCUCCCUUCCUAUGGAAUAGCCUGCCUCCCGCCAUCAGGCUCUCCCCUAGUCUUGCAUCUAUUAAGAAGUGCCUUAAAACCCAUCUCUUUAGGAAAGCUUAUGGCCUCCAAGACUAACCCCUACCUCACAUACCUGUCUCUUGCCCUCUCCUAAAGGGCAGCCCACCUUAUUUGAUUGCAAAUUCCUGUCCUAAUGUGUUUUACACCCCACCUCCUAUAGAAUGUAAGCUCGAUUGAGCAGGGUCCUCUUCAACCUAUUGUUUCUGUAAGUUUAUUUGUAAUUGUCCUAUUUAUAGUUAAAUCCCCUCUCAUAAUAUUGUAAAGCGCUACGGAAUCUGUUGGCGCUAUAUAAAUGGCAAUAAUAAUAAUAAUUAUAAAUCUCGAGAAAACAAUUACUGUGGUUAUUUUGGAUAAAAUGUGUAAUGCUCUAGUCCAAGAGUAGGCAACCUUCUGCAUUCCAAAUGUUGUGGACUUGUAUUUCCUUGAUGCUUUGGCAACAAUAUGGCUUUAAGAGCAUUAUAGGAUAUGUAGUCCACAACAUCUGGAGUACUGCUCUAGUCCGUUCAUAGUUUAUUCACUAACCUUAAAGUAUUUAUUAUGAGAUUGACUUUUGUGAGGAUAGAGCCACUUUAAAUAUUAACCUCAAACAGCAAUUUUCCCAUUUCGCAAAGUAUUGUUUGGAAUUAGUUAUGUUGUGUUUUGAUAAAACAGAAAGUUAAACCUUGUCCUUCAGCUAUUUUAGCAAUCUCGUUUUGGUGUGCCUCCCUCGACUAUCAGAUCAACAUGUGUGGGUGAGAUUGAUGGAAAAUAAACCAGAAUAAAACUCAUUAACACCCAUACCUAAUGUUGUGCAGUUUGUUUGAUGUUCUCUCUUGCUUGGUAUCAGUGCUAUAAGGGCACAUCUCUAAUCAUUGCUUUGCAAUAAGAACCGUAAAUGAAUAAUCAUUGGUUUGCUUUUCUUGAAGACAAAUGGGGUUGUAAAUUUCACGUGAAGCACAUUUAAUUGCCUUUGCUAUUUGCUGGGUAUCUUUUAUAGAAACAUAAAGUGUUCUGAUGAGCUUUAUUUAAUGUUUAGUUGCCAGAAUCCAGGGUUAAAAGAUGGUCCGCACUGUCUGUUCUUAUGAAGAUACAAACCUGCCUCCAGUUUAGGAACAGGGAGAGAUAAUCUGUAAUUUUAGCACAAUUCUGUUGUUUAGAGAGUAUGGAGCCAUACCUCCCUAAACUGGGUGGUAUGAAGUCAAUAAAGGGAGUGGAAUGACCUAUAGAGGGGCAUGCAGAGAGGUUGCUCACCUAAGAAAUUAGGGAAUGUCAGCCUGUUAUGAAAGCAUGCCAGGCUGAGUGAUGUCUUCAGUGGGAAUCCCCACUAAGAGCCAUACAUGCUCAGAAUGCUUGUAAAGAGCUGAGUAUUCCUGAACAGACUAUGAAAGUUUUUAAAAAAAAUAAUCGGAUCAACGGAUCAAAAUCUUGUUCUGGUGGACUGAUUUUUGGUCAUGCCCCAUGGCGACUAGGAAUUUUGUCUUGCGCCUAGAUGUUAGUCAGUUCAGCACUGGCCUCCUAGGGCCCCCUAAGAAGGGCUUUGGCAAGCGAGCUGUAAUGUUCCUGUUCUUUCUCUGCUUCAUUGCAUGCCGUGCUGUGAUACCAAGAGCUGGGAUGUGAUGUCAUUGCGACCCCAUCAUUACUAAAGGGGAGCAGACCAAGAAGAGCAGGAAGAUUACAGACCCCAGGCAAAGUAUCCACCCCAGCUCUCCCGAAGGUAGGGAGGCUGGGUGGAUGUAAAUUAAAAUAAAGCAAAUAAUAAUAAUAAUGUGUGAGAGAAUGUGUGUGUGUGUCUGUAAGUGUGUGUCAAAUCAGUGUGUUUCUGUCAGUGAGGAUGUGUGAGUAUUGUUACUUUAAUUCUAAAAAUACAAGUCAUAUUCAUGGUCACAAAAAAAUCAAGUGAAAAAACUGAUACAAUGCAUAAAACACCUGGUGUAUUCAUAUUCAUUAUCUGCAUAAAUGAAAUGCCCAUUAUGUUUGGUUCAAGUCUUGUUUAUGUGUAAAUUUAAAGGAACACUAUAGUGUCAGGAAUACAUGUUUGUUAAACUAUGUUUGUUAACUAGUGUUAAACUAACUGUUGCAUGGGAAGGGUGUUUUUACUCACCUUUUUCCCCACGCCGUGCCAGUCUUGCUGUGGCUGGCCCCUCCUCCUAGGCUAAGAUCAUUAAUCACGAUGAUCUCAGACAUUCCAAUGUUUUUCCAUAGGAAAGAAUUGGGAGGUUAUUGGACAUGCGUGGCAAAACGAAGUGCAACGCCAAUCAGCAUCUCCUCAUAGAGAUGCAUUCAAUGCAUGCAUCUCUAUGGGGAAUGUUCAGCGCCGCCAUGCAGACACCGAACGUAGGUUCUGCGUACUGUGCAUCACUGGACUGGGAAAGCGCUCUAGGCAGCAAUGUUAACACUGACUGAAAAGGCAGUUAUUACAUUGAAAAGCCUGCAGUUACAGGCUAUAGACAUCAGGACCAGUACAUUGAGCUGUAGUGGUUCUGGUGACUGUUGAGUUUUUUUUUUGUUUUUUUUGUCUCCUGCUCUGUUGAUAGCCUUCUCUACCCUGCGGGAUCCCUUCUGUGUGUGAUUAAAGUUCAAUUUACAGAGCAGGAGAUAUAAAUCUCUAAAGUAAACACACUGUGCUGAUUGAAAAUUAAACCAUUUUAUUUCAUGUUGACUGUGUGAGUCACAGGCAGGGGAGGUUUAGAUAGGGCUGAAUAAAUUAAAUCACAAGUGCCUUCCCUCCUAAACGUUAGAGAACUGACCAGUGACGCUGCAGGGGAGUGAUCAACAAUACUGCUUCAUUAAGCUUAAGUUGUUUUGGUGCUUAGAAUAUUUCUUUAAUGCAAACCUGGCCCCGAGACCAGAUGGUAUUCACUCAUGACUACUUGGGCAAUAGUGUAUGAUGAUAGCAUAACCAUUGAUUUCAAUCUUUACAUGAUCUUUUUGUUCAGGAAUUGUACCAAAGAAUUGACAUAAAGCAGAUGUGGUAACCAUAUUCACAGCCUGGAAAUUAUAUGACAGUUUUAAAGUAAUAAUAUUUAGGAAUUCAUUUUAGGAAUCAACAUAGGUUUUUAAAUUACAGAUAAUGUCAAACACGAUUGCAUUCUAUGAAGAGAGACCACUCACCCAUUGUGUUGCAUGAGGAGUUGAACUCUAUCUCUCCUGACCCAUUGUGGGGAUAAUGGGUUCAAAAACUAGCAGAUAUGAAACUUCUAAUUGUUGGUAAAUCCAGCAGUCUUAUUAUCACUCCAUCUGCUCCAUCUAUGUAUCAAAGGGAUACCGCCUAAACAGUGUAAACCAAUCUCCAUGUGUUAUAGAUUAUCAGACCAUAUACCUUUCUCGGAAUCCAAACCAGCCAAAAACACGGGGAGAGCGACCUGGGGUGCUCUAUUACUCCCAAACGGUGGUAUUCCAUAGUCAAUGUCUCAAAUGGAUUAUAUAAAUCAUCCACGCUCUUAGAACAACAAAGAAAGGUGCUGUACAGGUGGUACUUAGUGCCGACCAAGCUACAUACUAUUUUCCCCAACAUGUCCGCCUCUUGUUAAAGAUACCAACGUGCAGAGGGAACCAUGCUACAUAUCUGGUGUCAAUGCCCCUUGCUAGCACCCUUCUGGGAAGAGCUUCAAAAAUUAAUAAAGAAUAUCAUGGGCUGCACCAUAAACCACACAGCCUUAACAUAUCUCCUACUGGAGCUCUCUAGGUCAAUUGCCAAGAAAACACAAAAGCUGAUUACACAUAUUAUCCUCACAGCUCAAAAACUUAUAGCGAGGAAAUGGAAAACUACCUCGAUACCAUCCCUGCAUCUGCUUAAGCCUGACAUCGAUGUACAGAAAAACUAUGAAAAGAGAAUCACAUCCAUAUUCCCCCCCCCAAUAAACUAACCAGGGAAACAUGGCGUAUCUGGGACACAUGAAGAUUGAGUAACCCAAACCACCUGUAAAUGAUUCUUAAAUGGCAAUACCAUAUGGAGGGAAACAGUUAUGCACUGUGACAUGGUAAAACGUAGGCCCCAAAAUAAGUUAAGGCCGACCUUGACCAGACGAAUAGAUAGUCUUUAUUACUGUCUAGUUAUUAAUAUGGACCAUAUGCUGUCGAUGUUACCCCUGUUUCCCCCGCCCCUUUCCCUUCUUCCUUUUUGUACCCCGACUCACUCUACUUUGGAGAAACAAUAAAAAUCUUCAAAUGGAAAAAAACUACCAUCUAGCCCUUCUGUCCCCCCCACCCUUCCCCUUUAAAUAUAGCAAAAUCUUACUUUUAUGCCAGUCUGAGGCUGCCUCUGCUCCUGAUCUGCCUGUUUGGCUGACAUCUUCAGAAGUCAUGUUCUGAGCCGAAUCAAAAUGCUUUCACAUUUGAAAGCAUUGGAUUGGCUGAGCUUGUCAAGGAGGCAGAUCAGGGGCAGAGCCAGCACAAGUCAAACACAUCCCUGACCAAUCAGCAUCUCCUCAUAGAAAUGCAUUCAAUCAAUGCAUCUCUACAAGGAAAGUUCAGUGUCUCCAUGCAGAGGGUGGAGACACUGAAUGGCAGUACUGCCCCCUUCGUAGCACUGCCCCAGGAAGCACCUCUAGCAGCCAUCUGAGGAGUGGCCAGUGGAAGUAUCACUAGGCUGUAAUGUAAACACUGCAUUUACUUUUCAAAACAUUGUUUACAGCAAAAAGCCUGAAGGGAAUAUUUAUACUCACUUGAACAAAUACAGAAAGCUGUAGUUGUUUUGGUGACAAUAGUGUCCCUUUAACUGAACCUUUUAUCCUACAGAGGUUGAUAAGAUAAUUACUAUUUUAUGAAUUCAUAUCAUAUAGACCCCAGAGCAUACCCAAUUAAAUUUUUCAUAUUGUUACUUAAAAAUUAAAAUUUUGGAUGUUUGUAAUGCUUUUGUAUUUGUUUGUAUUUACAGUUUCCGAUGAACAUCUAUUAGCGUAAGUAUUUGACAUUCGUUUCCUGCACGUUACAUGUUUUCUUCAAAGUGAGAAUGGCCUGCAUUGACUUUGAUACAGAAGCAUUCCCUUAAUGUGCUCUGCAACAGAAAUAACCUGUCAUCCGAAUAUGUCUGUCAGGAAUCUCUGUCAAUGCUCAGUCAUGCAGCACAGGUCAUAUUAAUGAAGGCUGCAGGGAUGUAUGUCUCAUAUCAAGAGUGUAGGAGCUUCCAUUUGUAAUAUUCUUAUAAUAUAUGUUCUGCAUAGGUAGGACCAUCCAGACCAAAAUCUGUGAGUUUUAAGGCCAUUCAUUUGUAUGUACCCCCCAGGUCAAUAGUUGCCAGCCCUCCCCUGACUAGCAUAAGGCAUAAAUAUAUAUGCAUUACUUAUAAAUGUAUCACAAUGCCAGAUUUGUGCAUGCUUUUGUUUUUUUUCUAUCUUUUUUAAUAAGUAAAGGAUAUUAAAAAAAAAAACUAUAUAUUUUUGAGGACCAGUAGAGUGCGUUAUGAGAACAUUAUCCUUAAGCUUAAAAUCUAAAAGUGAUAUACAGAUAUAGCUCACUUUACUGCCUGUUACAAUUCAGCUCCUUGUACCUUAAUGACUAUACCCCCCUGCCCUUGCCUUUCUUUCUUGUUGCUUGAGCCGGAAUUCUAUGUUGCCAUUGUGUUCUCCCCUGUCCAUGAUGCUUGACGUCUGUACUGUAUGGGAUUGUUGUGACUGGUGGAUUGUGGUUCCAGAGAUUGCUAUACUCAUGUAUGUAGAACCUGCCAUACCACUCACCUAGUGUGUUUAAUGAGGGGUAGGAUGCUUCUGGGGGUAAUUGGUUAAAAAAACAGCAGUUAGGGACCAUUUCAUUGUUGGAUUAAUCCGGCAAUCUUAUUGAUCAUUUACCAUUAGCUUCUAGAGGGAAAUAAAAGCUCAUGGUUCCAUGCAGUAAUUAGCAGGUGAAAUGUAAUUAGCAGGUGAAAUGUGGAGCGCUGUGUGUGUGUGUGGGAGGCUAUGUGUGUGUGUGUGGGGUGCUGCAGGUAGCAAAUGUGUUUUGUUUAUUUUAUUUUUUUAAAGUUAUCCUACCUAUACAUUAUUAAAAUAUUUAUCCCCUCGCCUCCCUUAUUCUUACCUUUGGUGAAGGAGGGGGGCACAGCCAACCCUGGUGGUCCGGUGGUGGUAAGAGGGAGAUCUUUAAUGAGAGGGUUUACAGCAAGGCUGUCUCUACAUGGGCCGGCAGGGGAGAUGAAAGGAUCUCCCCUGCCAGCCUUGGCCCAUGGCUAUCGAGGCCCACCGGCUGGACUGUGUGCAUGUAUUCAGCGGUCUGUGUGUAUUCAGCAGUCUGUCUGUGUGUAUUCAGGUUUAAUUGCCGUAUUGGCACUUUGAGGAAAAAAAAGUUGGCAUGUAAUGCAGUUUUGACACUCGGGCUCAAAACUUUUUUUUGAAUAUUUAUUAAGUUCUCUGUAGGUUCUGGCUGCAGCUCUCCUGUCCUCCCGCGCUCCACACAGCCUGCUCGCGGGAGGAAGGAGAGUUGCUUCCCAGAUCCCACUCCCCCCUCUGGGUCCUCCCGAUACGAAAGCAGAGUAGGCGCCUGCCGUUUUGGGCAGGAAAGUGUCUACUUCUGCAUUGCUGCCGACCGGCGCCAGCGUCCUCCCCACCCCACCCCCCUGGUGACCUAUGGCCGCGUGCCCACAGAGAGUGCUCACUGACUUAAUAUUUUUGGAAAAGCUCUUCCAAUGAUCUAAAUUAUUUUGGAUAACCUUUUCAAAUUAUUUUUCAAAAUAUUAAAAUAUCAAAACUAUAUCAUAUUCAAAAAAUAUAUCCAUAUAUUAAAAUAUUAACAUAUUUUUCCAAAAUAUCGAAUCAUUAGAAAAGCUUAUCCAAAAAAUAUUAGAAUCAAGACCGUAAUUGUUCAUUAAUUUGUUGCUAUUUGGUUGCUAGUUGCUUGUACAGCCUGUGAGCUAUUGUAGAACGGAAUAAUUUCAUAGGUGUGGGCUUUUGCGAAGCCAUUUUAAGCAUUUUUUACUUACAAAAUAUAUUUAGACUUGAUUUGCAUCAGACCUAUCGACCCAUUAAAUUUUUGGAUGUUUAUUGUUGCUUUUUUAGUAUACAAAGUGCCAGUCACUGGCUAUUUGGCACCAUUUGUUUUUAUUAUUUUUAUUAAGAGGUGUAUGUAUAGGAACAUAGUGGAACAAAACAUUAUCAUAUGCAGAAAAGCUUUUUUUAUGCCAUAGAAUAGCAAAACAUAUUAAAUGUUAUCAUUUCGGAUUUUUAAUUACACAUGUAGUGGAACAGACUUGAGCCAUACUUUUUUUCUGGUUUUUUUUUUAUAUUCAAAAAAACUUUGCCCUUACCACAUCCAAGUCUUAAACAAAUAUCCUCUUUUAUGACUUCUAAUAAAAAUAUUGGAUCUGAUAUUGCAGUGAAUCUCAAUAUUUUUACAUUCUGCAAUUAAUUAAAAGGAUAUUGGUGCUAAAUGUUCCAAACGUUGGUAUUUUUAGCUAUGUUACAUCGAUGGCAGUGAAAUGUAAUGGUCAUCGGUGGUUUUAUUUUGAAUAAUUGUUUAGUUUUUUUAAACCCAUAAUUUUGAAGAUAUUAUUUUAUUUUAAGGCAGUUUAGUGUUUCUUUGUUAGUGUAGACCAGGGGUCGUCAACCUGGCCCCUACUGCUUACUAUUGGGCGAUUCGGGAUUUCAGGUGGACAGUGGUGGGUUCUGCGAAAAAUGCCAGAUGGGACUCGAUAGCCAUGGGCCAAGGCUGACAGGGGAGAUCAUUUCAUCUCCCCUGCCGGCCGAUGCAGAGAGAGCCUUGCUGUAAACCCUCUCAUCCCACUUAGUUCAAGCAGAGGGAGGGAAGGGCCUAGGAGGCUUUGUGUUUGUCCUGCAAGCAGGCUGGUCUGAAUGAUGCCACAUGUUACCAUGGCAACGCUCUGAUACAGUGCUGUGCUCGCCGGAGGACAGGAGAGUCAGCCUGCACCCGGAGGAGCUACAUGCUAAAGUGAACAUGAUAUCACUGGACCACCGGGACUUGCAGCAUUAUGUGCCCCCUUCCUGACAAAGGUAAGAAGGUAGGGGGAGACAUUAAGAUUGAUUUUCACAUCUUACUCACCUACACACAACAUAGACCCUAUGCACCCUUCACACACACACUCAAAUGCUACACAUCCCAUACACACCACACCCCUCAAACAAACAAACACACACACACACAAUCUGCCCCCUCGCACACUCUGCACCCCUUACACACACACUGCCCUCCCUGACACACACACACACAGACUGCCCCUCACACACAUUACACCCCUCACACUCGGCAACACUCACAAACACAUACACAGACUGCCCCAAACAGACACUACCUUACACUGCCCCCCUGACACACACUGCCCCCCUCAUGCACACACUGCCCCCCUCAUGCACACACUGCCCCCCUCACGCACACACUGCCCCCCUCGCACACACUGCCCCCUCACGCACACACUGCCCCCCUCCGCGCACACACGCCCCCCUCAGCACACACGCCCCCUCACGCACACACUGUCCCCCCACGCACACACUGUCCCCCUCACGCACACCUGCCCCCUCACGCACACACUGCCCCCUCACACACUGUCCCCUCACACCGUCCCCUUGCCACACUGUCCCCCACGCACCUGUCCCCCUCAACACACACUGUCCCCCCCGCACACCCUGUCCCCCCUCACGCACACACUGUCCCCUUUACGCACACACUGUCCCCCUCACACACACUAUGCACCCCGCUCACACACACUGCACCCUUCACACACAAAUACACACACACUGGGUUGGUUUUAUGUGCUAUGGAUUUAUAUAUAUAUAUAUAUAUAUAUAUAUAUAUAUACACACAGUAUAUAUUUGUGUGUUAAUAUCCCAAUCAGUAAUUAUUGCACAUUUUGCACACACACCCAGCCCCCUCACACACAAACACUGCACCUUUCACACACACAGCACCCCUCACACACACACCCACUUCCCCCUUCACACACACACACUGCACCCCUCACACACUGCCCUCUCACACACACACAAUGCACGCCUCACACACACACACUGCACCUUUCACACACACACACACACACACACACACACACAAAAGAAUUAGAAUAGAAAAUCGAAAAAAAUAGGUAAAUUUAAAUACAUACAUUUUUUAAUUUUCUUUUUUUAAACCGUUCAUUCUAAAAAAACAAAAUUGCCCUUGCUAAAAAGUUAGUUACUGCGGCACUGGUGGGCAGUAUUGAAAUAUACCAUCAAUAAAGAUACAAAAGUGGGCGGUAGGUAUUAAAAAGUUGACUACCCCUGGUGUAGACGAUUAAAUUGUGGCACAAUUAUUACUAGAAUUCUUUAUACCAUGUUGUUUUCAGGCUGAAGUUUAUAUUUGGACCCACUGCUUUGCAAGCCUUAGACUUGGUUGACCAGCGAUCAGUCACACGUGUGACAAGUCCCAGCGGAAGGACCACCUUCCAGGUGAGUUAUGGAGGAUGAAAUGUGAACUCCAAUGCUUGUAGGUUGGAGGAAAUCGACUGUUAUCAGUGCAACUUUGUUAAAUUUCACAGCUUUUGUCAUACAUUUGGUAUUUUGUAUUAUUAUGUCAUGACAUGUGAUAAAUGUGGAUUGAUAUCUAAUUUAUACAAACAAUUAUACAUUAGAAAUAAAAAUGGUUAUUAAUGACUUAAUACACACAUUUUCUUUUUAUAAGACACAGAGAGACUGGUUGAUUUAUGUAUUUUAAUACACUGCUCAAAAAAAUAAAGGGAACACAAAAAUAACACAUCCUAGAUCUGAAUGAAUUAAAUAUUCUUCUUCUGAAAUACUGUGUUCUUUACAUAGUUGAGUGUGCUGACAACAAAAUCACACAAACAUAAAAAAAUGGAAAUCAAAUUUUUCAACCCAUGUAGGUCUGGAUUUGGAGUCACACUCAAAAUUAAAGUGUAAAAACACACUACAAGCUGAUCCAACUUUGAUGUAAUAUCCUUAAAACAAGUCAAAAUGAGGCUCGAUAGUGUGUGUGGCCUCCACGUGCCUGUAUGACCUCCCUAUAAUGCCUGUGCAUUCUCCUGAUGAAGUGGCAGAUGGUCUCCUGAGGGAUCUCUUCCCAGACCUGGACUAAAUCAUCUGCCAACUCCUGGACAGUCUGUGGUGCAACGUGACGUUGGUGGAUGGAGCGAGACAUGAUGUCCCAGAAGUGCUCAAUUGGAUUCAGGUCUGGCCUGGGCGGGCCAGUCCAUAGCAUCAAAGCCUCCAUCUUGCAGGAACUGCUGACACACACCAGCCACAUGAGGUCUAACAUUGUCUUGCAUUAGGAGGAACCCAGGGCCAACCGCACCAGCAUAUGGUCUCACAAGGGGUCUGAGGAUCUCAUCUCGGUACCUAAUGGCAGUCAGGUUACCUCUGGUGAGCACAUGGAGGGCUGUGCGGCCCACCCAAAGAAAUGCCACUCCACACCAUUAUCGACCCACUGCCAAAUGUUGGAGGAUGUUGCAGGCAGCAGAACGUUCUUCACGGUGUCUCCAGACUCUGUCACGUCUGUCACGUGCUCAGUGUGAACCUGCUUUCAUCUGUGAUGAGCACAGGGCGCCAGUGGCGAAUUUGCCAAACGUCCUGCACAGUGUUGGGCUGUAAGCACAACCCCCACCUGUGGAUGUCGGGCCCUCAUACCACCCUCAUAGAGUCUGUUUCUGACCGUUUGAGCAAACACAUGCACAUUUGUGGUCUGCUGGAGGUCAUUUUGCAGGGCUCUGGCAGUGAUCCUCCUGUUCCUCCUUGCACAAAGGCGGAGAUAGCGGUCCUGCUGCUGGGUUGUUGCCCUCCUACGGCCUCCUCCACGUCUCCUGAUGUACUGGCCUGUCUCCUGGUAGCGCCUCCAUGCUCUGGACACUACGCUGACAGACACAGCAAACCUUCUGGCCACAGCUCGCAUUGAUGUGCCAUCCUGGAUGAGCUGCACUACCUGAGCCACUUGUGUGGGUUGUAGAUUCAGUCUCAUGCUACCACUAGAGUGAAAACACCGCCAGCAUUCAAAAGUGACCAAAACAUCAGCCAGGAAGCAUAGAAACUGAGAAGUGGUCUGUGGUCACCACGUGCAGAACCACUCCUUUAUUGGGCAUGUCUUGCUAAUUGCCUAUAAUUUCCACCUGUUGUCUAUCCCAUUUGCACAACAGCAUGUGAAAUUGAUUGUCACUCAGUGUUGCUUCCUAAGUGGACAGUUUGAUUGGACAGUUUGAUUUCACAGAAGUGUGAUUGACUUGGAGUUACAUUGUGUUGUUUAACCCCUUAACGCCGUUACGGCGUUCUAUGCCGUCUCGCAUUAAAAGGGCUUUAAAGCCGUUGCGGCAUUACCGCUGGACGUCUGGUGGACUUACCUCCGCUGCGAUCCUCUUCUGGAGGGCUGCCUGACAGCCCAGGCAGCCCUCCCACGGCAAAUGAGGCCCCCGGUGGCCAUGUGAUCGCUCUCAAAGAGCAAUCACAUGGCCUGCUGUGGAUCUGCCAGCAGGGGGACUGUCUGAAAUGUCAGACAGUCCCCCUGCUGGUGGGAAAGUAAAAAAAAAAAGAAUUAAACAUGUGUAAAAUUAAAAUAAAUGUAUUUAUAAUAUAUAUGUAUAUGUAACAUCAUACAAAGUGUAUUUUAAUAUCAAUAUAAGUACAUAUAUUAGUAUUAAAAUACACUUAGAAUGACGUUACAUAUAUUAUAUAUAUAACAGAUAUAUAUACACACACAUAUAUAUAUAUAUAUAUAUAUAUCUAUAUAUGUAUAAUUACAAUAAUAAAUAAAUAAUGUAAUUUCAUUCUAACUGUAUCUUGUUAUUAAUAUAUAUUGGUAACAAAAUACACUUAGAAUGACAUUCUAUAUAUAUCUAUCUAUAUAUAAAAUACAAAUAACCGCAAAUAUAUAAAUACAUAUAAUUACAUAAAAGAUUACAUUAGUAUACAUGUAGAAUUUAAAUACCUAUAAAUGCAUAUAUAUUAAAAUUCUACGUGUAUAUUUAAGUAAUCUUUUAACAUAAUUAUGUGAUUUGAUUAAUUAAAAUUUGAUUGACAUGUCUGACAACACAGGGAGAAAGUGCAGAGAAUUUAAUUCGCAAGCACUAUAUUUGACCCUUUAACUCUCCAAGACACCAUAAAACCUGUACAUAGAAGGUACUGUUUUACUCGGGAGACUUCGCUGAACUCAAAUAUUAGUGUUUCAAACUGAUAAAUUGUAUUACAACGAUGAUAUUUUAAGUAAAAGUGACGUUUGUUGCAUUUUUUGCAAAUGAAUAGCAUUUUUAUGGACUAUAUUAUUGUUGUUAUAUGUUUUACUGUUUUAAAACACUAAUAUUUGUGUUUAGUGAAGUCUCCCGAGAAUAACGGUACCCCCCCAUGUACAGGUUUUAUGGUGUUUUGGAAAGUUAGAGAGUCACAUAUAAGGCUUGCAUUUCAUUUUUUGACAUUGAGAGCAUAUUGUAGCCCAGGAAUGAGAAUUACCCCCAUGAUGGCAUACCAUUUGCAAAAGUAGACAACCCAAGGUAUUGCAAGUGGGGUAUGUCCAGUCUUUCAUAGUAGCCACUUAGUCACAAACACUGGCUAAGUAUUAGUUUUUUGCUUUUUUCACACAAAAACAAAUAUGAACGCUAACUUUGUCCAGUGUUUGUGACUAAGUGGCUACUAAAAAAGACUAAACAUACCCCACUUUCAAUACCUUGGGUUGUCUACUUUUUCAAAUGGUAUGCCAUUAUGGGGGUAAUUCUCAUUCCUGGGCUACCACACCGUCUCAAAGGUAACAUUACUAAUCUGGCAAAUUUCAAUUUGAAAAUGUAAUGUGCUAUAUUAGACCCUGUAACUUUCCAAAACACCAUAAAAACCUGUUAAUGGGGGGUACUGUUUUACUCGUGAGACAUCGCUGAUUACAAAUAUCUUUCCUUUUUUUUGCAGUAAAACCUAACAUUAUUAUGACCUUAACAGCUAAAAUGUCAGACGGAAAUACAAAUUUUAAAAACAAAAUCUUAUUUUCUCACAUUUUUUUUAAAUUUUAUUCAUAAUAAAUAAUGUUCCAUAUAUGAAUAGUUAAUGAUAAAUUAAAGCCCUGUUUCUCCUGAACAAAAUGAAAUAUAAUAAGUGUGGGUGCACUUAAUGUGACAGCGGUGAAUUACGGUUGAACAGACAUAUAGCGCAAAUUCCAGUUUUUGUUUAGGUUUUGUUUUGAUCAGAACGUGUACUAUUGACUCCGUCCUGAAGGGGUUAAGUGUUCCCUUUAUUUUUUGGAGCAUGUAUUAUUGACUAGCGCUUUGGGUGUAGUCCUAUUUGUUUCAAGCUUUUCCCAUCAGCUUAUUUAAAUAAAUAAAGACAUAAGGGGUAUCCCAGGCAACCAAAGCUUACCAAUUAGCUUAAAAGAUUUCUAAAUCAACACUUUCUGACUACGGGUCACUGAAAGACUCCGUGGCAAUUCAGAGAGAAAUGUCUGCAGCGAUUAGGAAGUCAUCCUAAUCCCUAUUGAUCACAGACAAGAUGUCCACUAUGAGUGUAUAGCACAAGCUCAUGCUGUCGAAACACUUGGACAGAUAAUGAGCAAGUGAGAUUUCCCCACUAUGUAGUCAUUUGUUAAAGGGGUGGGUUUUGUGUGCCAGGGAUUUUUAUAUAUAUAUAUAUAUAUAUAUAUAUAUAUAUAUAUAUAUAUAUAUAUAUAUAUGUGUUAAUAGAAUUGCAUACCCGAUUAGUAAUUAUGAUAAUUGUACAUUUUCCAACAAUUUGAUUAAAUUUUUUUUUUUUUUUUUUUAAAUGGCUCUACCUUUUGUAAACUUGUUAUUUUAGACUUUGACCUUCAGACAAAGAAGUCCCUAAUUUGUGUUAUAAUAUAUUUAGAUUGCAACAGAUUCAAUAUGACUAUUUUAUAAAGAUGUAAUCUUUUAGAAAUACACAAAAGUGACAGAUUGAGGACAGAGACAAUUUAAACUGAAACUCAAAUGAAAGUUUUUUUUUUUUUUUUUGUUUUUUUUUAAGGCAUAAAUUAUAUAUAGCAUGAAGCCAAAAUGGGUGGUAAACUCAACUUGGAACAUUGUUUAAACGUGAUUGCAUGUGUGAAAUGGUCUGCUGCUAUGAUUGUAAUUCACACCUCUUACGUGUUCUGGUCAGAAAUUCCUAGUAACAGUUCACACAUUGGCAAUGGUUCAUAACACUUCUAGAACCCAAAAUGAUUGAAACAUGACCACUUUUUUGAUUUGAAGUGGUCAUAGUACCUGGGCUCUGAACUCUGCACAUACAGAGAUUAAUCCCUUUGCUUCCAGACAUGUAACUCCCCAAAAAAUGUUAGUGCAUCUCUAUGUAUUGGUUUGCUUAAUAUUUCCCUGAGGGAAGUCUUUUUUUUAAUUUUUUUUAUUAUUUUUGGUGCGCAGUGAGUUAUACAUAAGCUUGCCUUGCCACGACAGUAAGGACGGGUGCAAUCAUGAUAAUACAGUGUGACAAGGAACAAACAGUGAGCGAAAAUUAUAAGGAACUAUGAGAUCACUUUUGAUAUUAUGCACAUUUUUAAAGUAUAUCAGGAUUUUAGCCCUGGCUGAGGAGUAGAGGUGAAACAUUCUAACGUGGUUGUUUCAUGUGGCAUCAAUCCCCUACCAGGUUAGUUUCAGGCAGUAUACAUGGUCAGGCGAGAGUGAAUGGGGGUGUUGGCAUACUGGGUGUCUAUAAGUAACAAACUAAUUACGUGGAGGUAGUAGUAGAGUAUAGGUAUAGCUUCGUUGUUCAUGAGGGUUUGAUGUGAGAAGAGCGUACGGGUACCCAAAGUAGUAGAUUGUGUUAUGAGGAGGACUUCUUGGUUCCCCAAAGUUGUAAGGACCCCUUAUGGGUGUGCCUAGUGUGUAUGUGUGUGCGAGACAGGACUUGAACUGCUCCCAGCAGGACCUGGCAAUAGAAGGUAUGAGCAACAAAAGGGUAACAUAGUAGUAUUUUGGUAACAGAAAAAAACUAAAGCAAAAAAUACAAAAAUAGAAUAUUGAUGAUCUGUUAUAGGUUGCUUCCAAACGUGGAGCAGCAUCUCCUUCCUUCAGGUGGUUGGCGUGAUCCUCAGUGUGCCUCUUGGCACGAAUGGUACAGCUGACUCUGGGUUCCGGACUUGGGUGAGAGGUGGUGCAGAGGUUGUAGGCGUGGCGUCAGCAAGGCCCAGAGCCAGGAGCAGCGCAGGUGCUUCAGAUUCCGUAGAGAGCUUUUGUGGGAAUUGUGGGAAAGUGAGUCAAAGCUAGUCAAGCGUAGGAAAAAUACAUAAGACAAAGUAAUCCCUACUUUGUUUAUGCUUUAAAGAAGCUAGAGCAGAUAGGAAGAAAAGAAGAACAGAUCCUGAAAGAGGGAGAGAAGAGAAAGCGAUUAGGGAAAGGUAAGUUUGGCAUGACAGUGCUGCUUUAAGCUCGUGUGUAUAUCCAUCUAUUUAUGAUCUUUUCCCAUGUGUUCCUGUUCGACUCUGCUGGGAAUAGACCGGCAUUAAUUGCAGCACUUACAUAGAAACAUAGAAUGUGAUGGUAGAUAAGAACCAUUCGGCCCAUCUAGUCUGCCCAAUUUUCUAAAUACUUUCAUUAGUCCUUGGCCUUAUCUUAUAGUUAGGAUAGCCCUGUGCCUAUCCCACGCAUGCUUAAACUCCUUUACUGUGUUAACCUCUACCACUUCAGCUGGAAGGCUAUUCCAUGCAUCCACUACCCUCUCAGUAAAGUAAUACUUCCUGAUAUUAUUUUUAAACCUUUGUCCCUCUAAUUUAAGACUAUGUCCUCUUGUUGUGGUAGUUUUUCUUCUUUUAAAUAUAGUCUCCUCCUUUACUGUGUUGAUUCCCUUUAUGUAUUUAAAUGUUUCUAUCAUAUCCCCCCUGUCUCGUCUUUCCUCCAAGCUAUACAUGUUAAGAUCCUUUAACCUUUCCUGGUAAGUUUUAUCCCGCAAUCCAUGAACCAGUUUAGUAGCCCUUCUCUGAACCCUCUCUAAGGUAUCAAUAUCCUUCUGAAGAUACGGUCUCCAGUACUGUGUACAAUACUCCAAGUGAGGUCUCACCAGUGUUCUGUACAAUGGCAUGAGCACUUCCCUCUUUCUACUGCUAAUACCUCUCCCUAUACAACCAAGCAUUCUGCUAGCAUUUCCUGCUGCUCUAUUACAUUGUCUGCCUACCUUUAAGUCAUCAGAAAUAAUCACCCCUAAAUCCCUUUCCUCAGAUGUUGAGGUUAGGACUCUAUCAAAUAUUCUGUACUCUGCCCUUGGGUUUUUACGUCCAAGAUGCAUUAUCUUGCACUUAUCCACAUUAAAUGUCAGUUGCCACAACUCUGAUCAUUUUUCUAGUUUACCUAAAUCAUUUGCCAUUUGGCUUAUCCCUCCUGGAACAUCAACCCUGUUACAUAUCUUAGUAUCAUCAGCAAAAAGACAUACCUUACCAUCAAGACCUUCUGCAAUAUCACUAAUAAAAAUAUUAAAGAGAAUGGGUCCAAGUACAGAUCCCUAAGGUACCCCACUGGUGACAAGCCCAAGCUUCGAAUAUACUACAUUGACUACAACCCUCUAUUGCCUGUCACUCAGCCACUGCCUUACCCAUUCAACAAUAUUGAAAUUCAAACUUAUAGAUUGCAGUUUAUUGAUAAGUCUUCUAUGUGCAACAGUGUCAAAAGCCUUACUGAAAUCUAGGUUAGCAAUGUCUACUGCACCACCCUGAUCUAUAAUUUUAGUUACCGAAUCAAAAAAAUCAAUAAGAUUAGUUUGGCAUGAUCUGCCUGAAGUAAACCCAUGUUGUCUCUGAUCUUGAAAUCCAUGUGUUUUUAGAUGUUCAACAAUCCUAUCCUUAAACAUAGUUUCCAUCACUUUCCCCACUACUGAAGUAAGGCUUACUGGCCUAUAGUUGCCCGACUCCUCCCUAUUACCUUUCUUGUGAAUCGGCACAACAUUCGCUAACUUCCAAUCUUCUGGGACUACUCCUGUUAACAAUGAUUGGUUAAAUAAAUCUGUUAAUGGUUUUGCUAGUACACCACUAAGCUCUUUUAAUAGCUUUGGGUGUAUUCCAUCAGGUCCCAUUGACUUAUUUGUCUUUACUUUUGAAAGUUGAAAUAGAACCUCUUCCUCUGUAAACUCAUGUAUAAUAAAUGACUCAUUUAUUCUUUUUCUUAACUGAGGUCCCUUUCCUUCAUUUUCAUCUGUAAAUACCGAGCAAAAAUAUUAAUUGAGGCAGUCAGCUAGACCUUUAUCCUCUUCUACAUACAUUCCUUCUUUUUAAUCUAACUAAUCCUUGUUUUACUUUUCUUUUCUCAUUUAUGUAUCUAAAAAAAGUUUUGUCCCUCUUUUUUACUGACUGUGCUAUUUUCUCUUGUGUGUGUGUGAUUUGCUUAGCCUCUUUCUGACUAAUCUUAUAGAUCAUUCUGUCUUCCUCACUCUGGAUUUUUUUAUAAUUACUAAAUGCUAACUUUUUUACUAUUUUGGCCACAUCUGCGGAGUAUCACAGUGGUUUCUUGAAUUUUUUGCUUUUACUGACAAGCCUAAUGCAGUUUUCUGUUGCCUUCAGUAGUGCAACUUUUAAAUAAUCCCAUUUCUCUUGGACUCCAUUUAAAUUGCUCCAGUCUGAUAAUGACUCCUUCACACAUAUUCUAAUUUUAGAAAAGUCUGUUUUUCUAAAGUCUAAAACUUUUGUUUUUGUGUGGUGUGACUCAGUCACUGUUCUUAUAUUAAACCACACUGACUGAUGAUCACUGGAUCCUAAACUUUCACCUACAGUAAUAUCUGAUACCAAAUCUCAAUUUUAUUUAGUUUAAAUACAUCCUAGCAAAACCUCUGAACUGCUCACUUUAUAAUCCAGCUGUUCUCUUCCUACAGCUGAUUAUUAUGUAGCUAAAAACUGUUUCUUAGAUUAGCUAUUUUCUACUUAGAUCACUUUUAGUUUUUCUCGGAAAUAAAAUAAUAAGGGAAUUAUGUGAUAAACAAACCAGCUGUGCUGAAAUAGACUGUAUAGUUAUUUUGUCAUGAUCAUUUCACGGUAAUGUCAACACGAGGCUUAAAUCCUGCGGUCUGGAAUGUAAAAUAUCUGGGAUUUUCCUGAAGGAGAUCAUAUUAUUGCUUCUAAUUAUAUUACAUUUUAUAUGCCAGAAAUUAAUCCUUAAAAUUCUAAUAGAGGCAUUCCAUGUUCAAAAAUGACAUCAGAGCAGAUGAUGUAAAGUAAACUUUAUACACAGAUUGUGUUACUGCGACACAGAACAGACCAUGGAGCUAAAUAAUCCAUUUUGUAUUUUAAGACCGCUUAGUCAUAGACCCAGCUUUAGCCAUGUACGUAAUCGAGUGAGAAAUGAGUGCAACAUCUACAUGAGAAAAAGGAAUCGCUCCUAGAUACAAAAUCCAUCUUUGUAGAAGAGGUCGUUAAAACAUUUUCUAAGGUUCCAAACAUGCUAUCAGGCAGUAUGAACCCAAUGUAAUUAUUUUAACCCCUUAAGGACCAAACUUCUGGAAUAAAAGGGGUUAAAGAAGCUUUUCGAAUGUUGACAAUUUGUUCGAAAAAUGUUUCAAAUGAUUUAUUAACAGAAAUCACAAUUAAAGUUUAUAGAAAUUUCAUGUAAAUUAAUUAAUAAUUCAAUAAUUUGAAAACAUUUGCCAAAAUAUUUUGAUAAUAUGAAAAGCUUAUCCAAAAUAAUUACAUUGAGGCCUAUAACACAGACCUGAGUGAUAAUUAGGGAUUAUUCUAGCGUCAGUGACCAACUAAUCUAAAUUUUAUUAAAGACAGGAGGCGAAUAUUUGCUUAACUUCCUUUACUGAAUCCUACCAGCAGCAAAGAAAUAGUUAAACAGUUUGAACAAAAAAACAACCAAUCAGAACAACAUCUAGUCAGUAAUAUAUGGCCGUGAGACUCCUCCCAACUCUUCUUUCUUGAUGCAGCCGGAAUGUGAUGUCAACCGUGUAAACUAGAAACAAAUAAUCUUCAAAGAACCAUAGUCAACCAUGUAAACGAAAGGUAGUCGAACCAGUAGAUCCACAAAUCAAUGAUGUCGUGAAGAGUACGAAGAUAGUUUCACACUAGAAAGAGAAGAAAAUUUGUGAAAGUAUGGUGUGACUGGCAGAAUGGCAAAUUUACAAACUCCAAGCACUAAACUAAACUUACGACAACAACAACAACUUGAUAUGCUAUAUAUAAAUAUAAUAUAUACACACACAAAGAUGUAUAAAUACAAUCUAAUGACUAAACGGGUUAGUGAAAAGUAACACAAGGAACCUGAAACAAGACAAGAAUGAGGCAGACAAAACAUUUGAAUACCUUACCUAAAUAUGAAAAGAAUAAGGCACAUAAAGCUCUUGAAUACCUUACCUGCGUAUCCCUUCAUGGAUGAAACCAAGGUGGGGGGGGGGUGGAUACGAAAAAGAUGUCCAAGAAGACAUAGGGUGGGAAAAUAUUUGCGUCCUGUCUUUAAUAAAAUUUAGAUUAUUUGGUCACUGACGCUAGAAUAAUCCCUAUUUUUAUGGCAAGACAGGAGGCUUCAUAUUUGCUGUUUUAACGCCCGGAGAGUAAAUGAAACCCCGGAUGUGAUUGAGGCUAGGAAUAGUAGGUACGGAAGGUGGAUUCCCUUGGCCAAUCCGCAGAGAACUCCCUGCGAUAAAGGCAGAGGACGCAGCCGUGCCCCACACCGAAUGGGCGCCAAAGGAGGCCUCAACGCCUGUAAGGCCACCGGAUCCACCGAGCAAUCGUGGGACAAGACACCGGAUUAUGAGGAUGAACGUAGGACACAAAAAGAGGUCCCGAAGGGGAGUUUUAAAGGAGACAUACCGUUGCAAACAACGGGCAACACAAAGAGUUGGCCUGUCAGGGAAAUAAGUUUAAAAACGGAAGAAGAAGGGACCUUAGUGCUUCAAACCACAGAGAAAUGUACUCCUUCAGGAGUAAAUGCAAUAGCAUGAAGGUCAAAAGCUUUGACGUCGGAGACCCGAAACAAAGCAGUAGGGCUAGUUUGGCAGAGAGUUGCCGCAAUGACAGUUACGAGUUAGGAGGCCAAGCUUCCAGGAAGGACAAGACCUGUGCAACAUCUUAAAAAUGGGUAUAACGAGGGGCUGGGGGUCAGGAGAGGCGAAUACCCCGUAGAAGCCUGCAAAUGGAUGAGUGUUGUCCGACAGGAACCGCAUCAAUCAGACAAUGAGCCGCUGAAAUAGCAGAACGAAAAAUGUUUAUCGUUGAAAGGGAUCAAUAUCCCUUUCCAAACACCAGCGAACCCAGAACUCCACCAGCUGAAUACGUCCCUGGACGACGAGAGGGUGGAAAACUCCCGAGGGGUCUCGGAGGAGAUCUGGAGCCAGGGGCAGAAGUAGAGGGUAAUCUGUGGACAUUUUUAAGAGAUUGGGAUACCAAGGUUGGGCUCUCCAGAGAGGAGUUAUUAACAGAACCGCGACUCCUAGAACCCUGAGGCGAUGGAGAGUGCGAGGAAUCAUGGGAAAAGGUGGAAACACAUAAGCUCCCGUUGACGGCCAAGGUUUUAGGAACGUGUCGACGGCUUGAGGCAUCAGGUCAGGUAGCCAACUGAAGAAGGUGUCUGUCUGACGGUUCAGUCUGGAGGCAAACAGAUCCAACGUGCUAGGCCCGCGAGCCGAUGCAGAUGAUAGAAGACACCCGGGUCUAGGUGCCAGUCGCUAGCAUCAUUCCAGUAACGGGGGAACCAGACCGCCACAAGGUUGUCUGACACGGGCAUAUAAUUCUGCUCGUAGAGAGAGAUUCCUCCCUAGACAGAACUGGUAGAGUUCCUUCGUAAGGUCCGACAGGAGCUUAGAUCGAGAGCCUCCAAGACGAUUGACAUAACGGACAGCGGAAACGCUGUCCAUUCUGAGAAUCAAAGAGCAGUUGUAAGUGUCCUUGGCGAAACUGCAAAUCGCAUAGGCGCCCGCCAUCAGCUCGAGGCAAUUGAUGUGCUUCGAGCGUUCUGACUCGGUCCAGAGACCUCCCAUAGAAAGUGUAGCAAGUGGCUCCCCACCCUAGGAGGCUGGCAUGGGACUCGAGGACAAAAUUGGGUUGGCACCCGACUAUAGCUUUCCCAUUCCAGGUUUCCAUGUUUUGGAGCCACCACUCUAAUUCCACUCUAAUUCCAGGCAGACCUUGUCUGUAAGGAAAACCGGGGAUCACCCUUUGAAGUCAAGCUUGGGGGUCACCCAAGUGGGCAAAUGGGGGUUACCCAAAGUGCAGAAAUAAGUGGGAUUCACACACAGUAUUUAUUUAAAAUAAUACCAACAAUAAGACGCAGAAGCAAACCAGCGGAAACCAAUGUACCACUGUAGCAAAACAAAAAAACAGGGGUCACCUGUUCUAAUCAAGGGUCACCCUUGUGGCACAUUUAUUGUUUGGGUUUAAUAAUGAAGGUAACAGAUAUUGCAGGAGAAAAACCUCUUACCAAGCAAGUUGUGUUAACCAGUCAGUGGGGCAAACAGAGAAAGAGGUGCUCAGAAUAACUGUAUAAAAUAAGAUAUAAACAAAAAAACAAUAUAAUACUGAAAUUAUAGAACCUACCUUGGAACCAGUAGGAAUAGCUAAAUAGCCGCCAAAACGGUAAGUCCUCAGUGCACGACCGGCAGAAUAAGCUCCAUCGGCGAGAUAAACCGCCGCACAGUAAGAUGGCCGCCGGCACUAGCGCGGAGGCGGAGCCGUACACAAUAAGAAAAGUGCGAGAAAGGAGAAAAUUAAGCUGUAAACAGAUCGUGGCAGUAUUCUUCUGAGACAGAGUGAAAUUGCAACUAGGAAACAAAAGCGCGGCCAGAUCGCGGUCGGCAAAAGACCAUGGGCGGUAAUAGUGGAGUAGGAAAAACACACAGUGGGUAACACAGGGAAUGUUGUGGGGAGGACCAAGGCCCUGUGGGCCGACAAAAGUCGGCCCCGAGGCUGGAGACCCAGUAAACAAACGGGAUUAAAAAAAAUAAGCCAAAAUAUAGAGGCAAUAAAAUUAAUGAGACAUUUAAAGUGUAUUAGAAAAAACAUAAAUAUAUAUAUAUAUAUAAACCUAUAGUCAAAGGCUUGUAUAUUUAGAAUUGACUCACUUGGGAGGCAAGCAGCAAAGAAAUAGGAGUUGGGAGGAGUCUCACAGCCAUAUAUUACUGACUAGAUGUAUUCUGAUUGGUUGUUUUUUGUUCAAACUGUUUAACUAUUUCUCUGCUGGGAGGAUUCCGUAAAGGAAGUAAAGCAAAUGUGAAGCCUCCUGUCUUUGUAUAAAAUUGAAUACACUUACUCACUUUAUUUGUUAAACAGUAUUUAUUAACAAGUAUUAACAAAUGUUAAAAGGACCACUAGUUACCAAGAGAGCCUAGAGGCACUUUUGCUGUGAGUAAUCACAGCUCAACUCCAUUUCAUUAGAGAAGCACUAUGCUAUCUUCACAUGCAUUUUUCAUCCCCAAUGCUCCUCUAAGUAGAGAGCGCUGCCUGUGGACUUUUGUCUAAAUUUUGUAGCGCUUUUACGUGAUCUGCUAUGUAAGCAGGGCUGGCGCCACCAUUAGGCGAACUAGGCAUUCGCCUAUGGCGAUGGUCUGCUGGGGGCCACCCACCAGGAUGUUUCCUGGUGGGCUCUCCCUAUCUGGUGACACAGCUCCGGGAGGGCGGCUAUUGAGCCGCCCCCAGCGCCGGGCCAAUCCUCAAGGCGCCCAAAGGUCGGGGCGCCGAGAGGUGCCCUAUCACAGGGGGGACAAGAGGUGGCCAUUUGGCCACCUCAGGGGGCGCCCCCAAUGCAGAGCUUGGUAAGGCAGAGCAGGCAGCCGCUUACCUUGAUGGCAGGUGCCUGCUCUGCCACUAAAUGCCGGUGAGAGGGGCAAGGAGAGGAGGAGAGCGGAUGGAGAUGGCAGGCGGUGAGGUAGCUGUUUUAGCAGCCUCUCACUCCUCCCUCGCGUGCCCAUUGUGAUGCCAGGAGCCGGAAUAUGAAGUAAUUCCUGCCCCGACAUACUAAACGGCGCGCUGGAGGAGUGAGAGGCUGCUUCACACUGGACCCCAGGGAGGUGAGUGUUUGAUUGUCAGUGAGUGAGUGUGUGUGUGUGUCUGUAAGUGUCUGUGGGUUUGUCUAUCAGUGAGUGAGUGUAUGUAUAUAUGUCAGUGAGUGUGUGUAUGUCAGUGAGUGUAUGUGUCUGUCUAUCUGUCAGUUAGUGAGUGUAUGUAUGUCAGUGAGCGUAUGUAUGUCAGUGAGUGUGUGCGUGUCUGUAUGUCAGUGAGCGUAUGUAGGUCAGGGAGUGUGUGUCUGUCUGUCAGUGAGUGUGUGUAUCUGUGUCAGUGAGUGAGUGUAUGUAUGUCUGUCAGUGUGUGUCUGUCAGUGUGUGUGUGUGUCUGUCAGUGAGUGUGAGUGUGUGUGUCUGUCAGUGACUGUCUGUCAGUAAGUGUGUGUGUCUGUCAUUGUGUGUGUGUCUGUGUAUGUCAGUGAGUGUCUGUCAGUGAGUGAGUGACAUGAGGGGUGGCAAAAUGGAUCUUUGCCUAGGGCGGCAGAAAUCCUUGCACCGGCCCUGUAUGUAAGACAGCUUGUGGUUAAAACAAAAGGUGGCAGGGGAGAAAUAGAAAAGGCUGUUUCAAGAGUUAGCAGUUGAAGAGUUGGUGAAAUGAUAAGCUGUUAAUUAAGGCCUUUACACAGGUUAAGAGGUAUGGUAUAUUAAAGUAAGACAUUGAAUGUAGGGUGGGCAACUGCAUUCUGAAUGUUGUUCUUUGUGGGGAAAGAAUCUAUGUUGCAACCGAAAACAUAAGGGGAAAUUAGAUUUAUAUCAAGGGAGUAGAGAACAUACAAGGGGUGCAUGUGAGUGAUAUGAUGUUACAACCAGUUGACCUCCUUAAAAGGAUUUAAAAGCUCCUAUCCUCAGUGCUAUUAAUCAAGGCAUAUAAAGCGGGCAGGGUGUAUUUGGUUUAAGUCAAAUCUGUUUAAAUCACUAGUCAUAAGACUCAACUGGAAAUAUGAUUUUUAAAAUGUAAAGACUCAUUUUCCCUGGUUGUUAUCUUUAAUAUUUGCAACCAGAUAAAGAAUAAUAGUAGUGAUAAGAAUAUAUAGAUAAGAAUGUUUCCUCAUAAAUGUAUAGCUGUAGAGAUUCCAUUCCUUGGAAACUCAUCUAUUGAUAAAGGUUAGUAUAGAAUAUUGCUAUGUAGAAUUGUCUGUUGCACCUUAGCAGGUGUGAGGGACAGAGUCCAAGAAUAUAAAUACAAUCAAAUGUAAGUAAUUCAUAUUUUUUGGAACACUGUUUCUAUUUUCUUCAUGGUAGAACAGUAAAGACUUGUCCUUUAUUGGUUGUCAAACGUUGGAUUCGCCCAGCAAGUCAGCCUACCAAGGUGAUCCAUUUUUUAGAGUGAAAUUUUGGAGUGAAUCGAAUUUUUGCAUUUGAGACACAACUAUUUUAUUUUAUUUUUUUAAUUGGGAAAAGAGUUUCUGACUGCAUGUAUGUUUUCUAACCCAACAUUUAGUGUAAACACAUAUUUCGAGUGGGGAUUGGUGCUGGCUGUUGCUGUAAUAAGAUGAUUUAGAAAUGUUCUGGCUGAGGAUCACUGUGCAUCCUGCGUUCUUACAUCACUAGAUGUAGUAACCUUGCUUUAUGUAAUGUAGAAGAUAAGGGCUCCCAGUAGCAGAGCAACCUAUAUGCUAGACAGACUCUGAUAUUAAUGAUAACCUUGCCAAAAAGGUGAUAUUAAACUCAAUUCUUAGGUCUGCUUUAGCUCAUUACUUACCACCUUCGAGCUUGACAAUGCAGAGUAUGCUUUUACUUCCUUACAUCAGUAGUCAUCUCCUAUCGCCUUCCUCAUUACUGUCCACAAUUCAUCAAUCUGGAUGGGAUUUUAACCGUCUCCAAUGCAGAAACUGACCAUGCUACACUACCAAAGAGCAAAGUAUUUUUUUUUCUUGCACAUGUACAACAUACACCACUGCCCAGUCACUGACUGCUUGCUGUUAAGCAGAAGUGUCCCCAUUCACAGCACGACAGGUGGAGGCAGGAGCAUAGGGGAGUUUUAAAACCUACCUUGCAUUAUGGGUGUGUCAUAUUGACUCCGACAGGUAUUACAUUUUCAUUUCUUUUGAAAUGAAUAAUAUUGUUAGUCAUUAAAAAAGGCUGUUAAAUGUGCUUCUGAAGGACAUUGAUCCGAAGAUGUUUCUUGAGCAACCAACACCUUUUUUUAUCAGGUUCAGCUGCUACAAUGUUGGCUGGCAUUACAUCCAAUUGAAAUUCGAUAAUAUCUGCUAUCACCAGUCAAUAAUCCGUAAUAAUUAAGAUAAACUUUGAAUUAAUCACAGUGAUAUGGAAAUAAAAAAAUCUACUUACCAAGGGACUGAAGUGGUAGUCUACUCUACUUGCCCCUUAUGACAAGCCUGGGAGUAUUCUCGCACACCUACGAUAUCGAGCUCCUACAAAGGCAGGACAUUAGGAUAGGAAAGAGGGGUAGAGGGAUUUGAGCCCAAUAUAGGGACUGCUCCUCCUAAAUAGAGACAGAUGGGGAAGGUAUACAUUCUAGUCUCAUCUUCUUUAUAUAACUCCAUUACUCACCCUUUCUAUUCUUCCUUUCCCUAUUAACAAUAAAAAUGGCAGAUUCUUAUAUAUAUUUGACUACUUUGUUAUGACUUGUGCCCAGAUGUAAUUUUGCAAUAGAAAUGUACUUUUGAAAAAAAGAAAUACAAGUUCAAGAAAUACAAGCUAAAAUACGUUUUAGAAAGCCUGUCUUAUGAAACCUUUUAGUCUUUUUAGUUUAUUAGAACCUCCCAGCCGGGGCAUCUGGUAAUAUACUUUCUUCCCUUUAAAGAAAAUAAAAUUAGACUGGCCUUCUGCCAUAAGCCAUUUUAUUUCUUUAUGUAUUGUUUAUGACCUUUACAUUAUAAUACUUGAGCAAAUUACCUGCAAAUUUGUGUUCUUUCUAUAGCAUAAAAUGCAGACACUUUCAGUAACUCUCGUUGGUUUAGCCAUAUGUGUUCUUAACAGCUUUGGAAAUAUUUAGAAUCUUUGACUUUGGCUGAAUUCUUUUGAAGGGUCACAGUUGCUUUUCUAUUAAUAAAGAUGUAUUUGAUCGUCUUGUUGACUUGCUUGUUCAUUAGGGACUCACUGUCCAUCAUGCAUACAUCUGGCUUGUUCAAAACUGCAGUUUCCAAACACAAAAAAUAUUAUUUUUGGAAAAGUCAUCAUACUUUCUAUAUAUCUUUUUAUUGCACAACAUAUUUCUCAUGGUCUUUUGACCCAAUGACUGCAGUUGUUGUGGGUGUUCCUAUAUUGAUUAUUUGAUUAUUGAUACCUGUUUUUGUAUAGAAGAAAUCUACAUACAUGUACGUAGCUAAGCCUUGAAAGUUAUGGUUUAAAAGUUGUGCAAGCAUUAGGUUGUUAGAGUUAGGGCAUGCCAACAUAGGGUACAUUGGCGUUGUGGCCGGCUUAUGCAAUGUAUGAUAAUUUGUAACUCAUUGAUUAGGCCUACGAGAAGGGAGAAGUUGGGUAGCUGUUGUGCAGAAAUACCGUGUUCUAGUUUGAUAUUGUCCCUGUUAAUGGGACCAGUCUCAUAUGCUAAAGGUUUCUUCUGUCAAGACACAAACAAGUUAAUACAGUAUUUAUUUUUAACCGUCCAUAGAGUUGGCAGUUACAUUGUAUAUCUAUUAAAUGUUUUGUCAUUAGUCUUAUUCUCAAAUUUCAUAUUAAAUUCCUAUAUCUGCCUGUGAUUUCACAGCGGUAUCAGCGAGAAUCAUUCAGUGUAUAUGGGAGGUUUGGAUACUGUUAAGACUAAAAUAAAUGCUUACUUUAUAGCUGAGGAUCAAUGUCGUAUAAUGUGAUUGUGUUGAAUUCAGUGUAAAACUCAAAAAAGACUUGAUAGCCAAAAUGCUGGGAUAUGUCCAGGUUUUCUAUUCCACAACUGGACUAUCGUAGCCUUCUUUGUGGGCAUUUAUUAGGCAAUAACAUUGUUGAAUUAAUUUCAGUGACGUAUUUGCGGUAUUAAUGUUUUGGUAUAAGUUUUCUAAUCUAUGUACGAAAUAAAAGAAUUUGCAUUAACCUUAAAUGGAAGAUAAUUGAUCGUAAUCUGCAUCGACUAACAUUUUUUUUUGUACUUUUUUUCAUUCACAAAUAAAUUGCCUCUGACCAUACAUAUUAAAAAAAAAAACACUAUAGGCCUGACAGCAGACCGAGGCAGCUGCAUGCAACUGGGGCUCCUCCACAGAAUCCUACUUUUGACUAAUUUCAGGGGUAUUAUACCUGCUUUUUUAGCUGCUUCCUGAGCUCACAUAAGCGAUUUCUGCAAACCGAUCGACUGGUUGAAGCGUAGCUCGUAGCAGCCACUACUGCAAGCAUCGCCGGCCUACUUAUGCAACCGAGUCAGAGAGGAUGGCCGCUCAUUCGACUCAUAAGGAUCAACUUGUUUCAGGGAACUGUUCCUCCCCCCCCACCCCCCUUUUUGACCGGGGGCUCCACCAGUACAUGCAGAGUGGGCUUAGCUGUGGGAGCCUGCGCACUUCGAGUAUCAGAACCUGCGGCCUGCAUCCCAAGUUGGCUGCCAAAGCAGCACUGGCAACCCGACCCUCCACGAGGAGUGAAUCCAGCAGACCUUUGAGCAACUGUGGACGCAAUUCUGGGCCAGAAUAUCUCAUCGGGCGAAGAAGUUGACAGCAGCAGACAACACUCAGGGUAGAGACCUGCCAGGGUCCGCACUACAACAGCCCUUACAACGAGAAGGCAGGGAAGAUUUUGGAGAAAGCCAUGACCACAGGGACGCAACUCGGAGAAAAGUUGUCACUCAUCUGGGCCUCAGUCCAACAAGGGCAGUAUCCCUCUUCACAGCUCACAUAAUCAGGAGGCUCCGGAUAUGCAACACUCAGACAGAGGAUCCCGUAACCCAGUUCGGGUCACUGAACGUGACCAUAUGCGUGACAGUAUUGUGCAGGACUGUGUCAGUGCGUGGGGCAACACUCUGGGGGUCUGGUACACUAAAAAUCAGCUGAAUGUGAAGUGCUGUUUGUUGGGCGUAGGCUGAACAUCCUACCAGCAUUAGGGCCUGGGCACCACAUUUCUUCUGGCCCUUAGGCUCACAUGGGGCAAAUGCUUUUAAGUUUUAAUGUUGUGUGCUUUGUGUUCUGUUGGUGGGCACCAGUGGUUUUAUAUUCCUGUUAUAAUAUCUGCCAGUUUGAUAGCAUAUUUACUGUUUACCUAGCAAGUCUAUCCAUGAUCAUACCUUUUAAGCAUUCUCUUGUCUGAAGUUCCUUACCUAGAAAGCUAAGAUUACGACAUACGCUCAGUUACAUGUGCCUAUCCUGUUUUGGAUAAGUGUCUUUAUGAUUUAAAAAUUGAAGCAGUCUGUGCCAGGGAUUUAUUCUUGCAAGCUUUUUGACAAAUAAUACUGUUAUAUAAUGCCUAGCAUACCAAUUCAAAUUAAUAUUUGGCCUAACAGCUAGACACAACUGACUUGCUAGUUACUAUUACUUACUUUUUAUAAAAAAUGUGUAAUGUUUAUACAUGCCAUGCUUUAUAUUACUAUGUGUGUCAUUGAGUGACUUGUCUAUGCUGUCGUGGCAUCGCAAGUGCUUAUGUUCCUACUUGUAUGCACUGAAAAAUAAAGAAUGUAAAAAAACACCAAAAAAAAAACUAUAGCGUUAGAAAUACAGCUGUAUUCCUAACGCUACAUCCCUGGUGCCCUCUGUCAAUUAGGUCCAUCUCAACUGUUUUUUGUUGUUGAUUUUUUUUCAAAAAAAUAUGAAAAAUAGAUUACUCAAUUUGUCUGCAGUGCUGAGUCUUCCUCUGCGCUGCUGUGACCUCCUCCCCAGGUUAUGUCUUCUCCAGAACGAAGGGCCAAUCCAAUGCUCCUCAUAAAGGAGCAUUGGGGAACAUAAGGCGCAUGCAUGGCGCUUGCUGCAGUGCACCUACGAUUCCUCCACAGGGAAUCAUUGUACUCAGUGAAUCGACAAUGAUGGCAUUGGGCGUGCACACGUGACGUCACGAUAUGUUACGGUAAUGGAGUCAGAAAGUAAGACUCCUGGCUCUUAUCCCGAAAUGGCUUGUAUAUGUGUCUUAAAGCCAUGCUUCCAAGCCUUCUAAUAAGUUUAAUAUUGGGUUUUGGGUAGGACAGUGUGACCAGCACUAAAGGCACUAUAAAAACUUUAAUACAAUGAAGUUUAAUAAGAUAAAGUGCAUACAGUGUUCCUUUAGAGUUUUUUUGUGUGUACAUGCAUAUUUAUUCAGCUGGAAUUCAGUCUAAUUGUAGUGCCUUUUAACUGUUGUCGAAAUGAAUGGGAACAUUAGAAAAUAUAUUGAUUAGUAUGCUGUGACAAUAUUGUGAAGGAGAUUAAAUAUUAUACUCUGGACUUAAUAUAUGUCUGAUUUAGAACACACUAAAGAAGAAAUAGAAUCUUAAAUGCACUAUGCCCUUUAAUAUUUAAUAUUAAUAUUUUAUAUUUUUGGAUGAACUUGUAAAUAUUUUAUUUCCCUCCAAAAUAUUAAAAUAUGAAAGAUAGAUGAUAUAUUAAGAAACAUAUCAAAAUAUUAAAAUAUUUUUGAAAAGAUUAAAUCAUUUGAAAAGCUUAUUAAAUCAAGGCCUUAAUUUUAUUUCUUCUUUAGUGUGUUGAAACCCAAGUUGGUAGUUUUCUUUUUUUAUUUCACAUAUUCAUUCCAAUAGUAUUCUUAAUUAUACCAAGGUAAAUACUUCAAAAUCGUUUUUACGGAAUAACAUUGACAGGCGCAUUUCUCAAAAUGAGUCACCUUCAGGUAUGUCCCUUAUGCUUAUCACCACGUCAUACAAACCAGACUCACUCCAAGCUUUGUGGAUACCAACAAGCAAAAAUCAUUAUGGCUGAAUAUAUCUUGCAUUCAGUCCAAUGCUGUAGAUAUGAAUUUACAUCUGUAUUAUUACCUAGAAUUGAUGCUUGUGUAUCUUGUUUUACUUUUGUUCUUGCUCUAAAUCUUGAAUGUCUUUAUAUCUAAGUAUCAUUUACCACAGUACUUUUAAAACUUUUACAGAGAAGUACCACUGCAGGUCUCAAAAAACUAAAAUCCUAAGCACCCCUGCCGUGAGAAAGUAAUUUCUGUUAAAUCUAAAUUCCAAUUAAAAUGUGUAGACACGGAUAUUUAAGCUUAUCCCAUAUUUUAAGUCCACCCAUCCUCCCUAACUUUGGGAGAGAUGGAGUGGAUCAUUUCCCUUGGGUCCAGUGGGGGAUGCUUUCUUUGGGGUCCAGUGAAGAUGCUUUCUUUGGUGUCUAUUGUGGGGCUUGUGUGAUUUUUGUGCUCUUCCACAACUGCUCCCUUGCAUACUGUUUAGUAAUGCCAGGGCCAGAGUGGCAUUAUAACCCUGCUACUUGCAUCACCACAAGGCGUGCGAGGGAGCAGUGCUGGAAGAUCAUGAAGAUUACUGCUCCCUCUUAGCUUCCAUUCUCCUCCAGCCAGCUGUCUCCUGGAGUAAAUGUAGAAAGUAAUCCAGGCACUCCAACAGAUUCCAAAAUCAAGGCAAUUUAUUAGAACAUAGAACUGUUUCUAAUAAAUUGCCUUGAUUUUGGAAUCUGUUGGAGUGCCUGGAUUACUUUCUACAUUUACUAAAUUUAUUUUUGGUCCAUUUGGGUACUGGGACUUUCCAUGGAGCACCCUGGAUUCCACAACGAAGGGUUGAGUGCACUUCCAUUUCUAUAUAUGUUUAGCUGUCUCCUGGAGGGCACAAGAAGGUCAGAUGGCCACCUUUUGGCGCACCCCCUGUGUGUAGAGCACAUACGCCCUGGGGUACGUGUACCUUAGGUUGAGAGACUAGGUUUUAGAAGGUUAUGUUCUCGUAUUCAAAUGGCGAUGUACUCUGUGCAUGUAUGUAUAUGUGUUUUACCAAAAAGCAUUUUUAUUGUACUUGCACACAGUGGGAGAUGAACAUCCAACAAGCUGCUACUCAGAACCGUUGGUUCCUGAGUGAUUAUUGGUAGAAACAUUUUAAAUUGGUUUGAUGCUGUAUUUGGGUAAAGAUGGACCAUUCCUUCUCCAAGUAGCAUUGUAUCAAAAGUAUGCCAACACUGAAUUAAAGCAAUAAAACGGAAUUAAGUUUAGUCACCCACUUAGGGCUACUAAAAUGCAAAAUCACAUCCAGCCACUCCUAUGAACAGCUAUGUUGCCUGGAGUAUCUGGGUCCUGCAUCACUACUAAACAGCUGUUUAGUUUUCUAUGUGCCCAGUAGCUUGAAGCCAGGGUCAGAGCUAGCCAGGAUUAAAAAUACCAGAGCGAUAUAGUCAGACGAGCCAGAUUAAAUCCAAAUAAUUUCUAAAAAAAACAAAACUGCCAAAUGAAAUCACUAUCAGGCUCUAAGGAACCAUGUAAGGGCACUGAGAGUAUAGUGGAUUCUGUUUAAAUGGGGUGACAUUCACUACCAGUUCAGCCGGUCUUGAAAUUUCUGGAUUGCAUGCACAGACCCAUCUAAAAUUCUUCACCAAUAUUACAUAUUCGGUUGGUUGGAGUGGGCUUUGUUGGAUAGAAUGCUGUGGGUUUCUCAUAGCAGUACACACAAAGACGAUACAUGGAAACUGGAUCGUGACCUUGUACCCUAGACAAUGCAAUACAGAGAAGACCAAAAUAUGUUGGUCAUCCUGGAAAUGAGCCAAAUACUGUAAGAUUCUAAAAUUAGCAUCUGUAACAGUAUCUGUGCGUUUCAUGUUAUGAUGGGACAAGACAUGCUAUAAAAGUUAAUGGUCCUGUUUUGUUUCAGUAAAAGAAACAUGUAUUGCGAAAACGGAAGUCUUUCACGAGAGACCCCCUGCUCUGUAGAUCUCAUGGCAUGCAACCAACCCAUCUGUUGACCCAUUUGCUCUCUUUUAUUUCCAAGUUUAAUCAGAUAUCAGUUAUUUCCUUCCUUUCACAUGGAUAGUGUAUAAGAGGCAGUUGUUUGCUUUACAGCUGACGUUUAAGGCGCUGCUUUGGUUUUACAGUUUCCUAAUACUUGUAGUCCUUUUCUAUGUCCCACAAGCUUCAAUUACAUUUCCGCCGAUAACAUUUAUCAGUAGUUUAUUUAAUUGACGAUAAUAUUUUUAUCAUUUGAAUCAUUUACAUGGCCACCGUUAAAUGCAUUAUUGGGAAACAAUAAAUAUCUGUUUGAAUAAUAUCGAUUUUCUUAAAUUAUUUGUAAAAAAUUCUGUACUUGACAUUAAAAAUAUCAGAUUUGGCAAGUCAAUAACAAUUAUUGAGCACACAAUACUUGAUAAAAAGUCUUGAAAAUAUUGACUACAAAAAGCUGUUGAUUAAAUUUUUUUGACUAUUGGCGCAUUGGUAGAACUAGCAGACAAUAUACAAAUAUAUAUAUAUAUAUAUAUAUAUAUAUAAAUGUAUAUUUUUUUUAAAUGCCUAUCUGUUAAAACAGCGUAGGGGAGGGGGCAUCCUAGUUUCCCUCUGCCCCCACGGGGAGGCCAAGCAAUUAAUAAAGAUUAGCGCUCUGACUUAUGAGCUCUCAAUCAGCAAACUUGGAUUAUAUUUUUGGACUAUAUUUUUUUAUAUGCCUAUCUGUUAAAACAGCGUAGGGGAGGGGGCAUCCUAGUUUCCCCCUGCCCCCACGGGGAGGCCAAGCAAUUAAUAAAGAUUAGCGCUCUGACUUAUGAGCUCUCAAUCAGCAAACUUGGAUUAUAUUUUUGGCGGGUUUUUUUGCUCUUUUUUUUUUUUUGCAAUACAGUCCUUUGUUAUUUAAAAACUUAGGUCAGGACAGCUCUUUUUGGGACUAAAAUAAAGAAAAGAAGAUUUAAAAAGAAGACAUCUAUGGUAAGUGUAAAUGAAGAUAAUACUAGCGUAGUGUACUAAUAAUCUUAAUUUUAAUAAUGACAGGAGGCGAGUAUUUUGCAUUAACUUUCUUUACUAACUCCAUAGCAACAAAGAAAUAACAAGUGAAAUAAAGAACCAAUCAGAACACAGCCAUAGUCUAUUUAACUGAAAGCUUAUCCUGAGCACUUCCUUUUGUCAAAUGAGACAUCACAAGUCCAUAACCAAACGGAUAACUUCGAACGAAAAUCAACUUUAAACUUGAAAACAAUAAGGGAAACAAAUUCCUCCCAUAGGCGCUGACGACUGGUUAAACUGAAAGAAAAGAGACUAGUUUCAGUCAACCGACCGUAUGAAUAUAUAACAGUGAGCUUAUGUAAGCAGUUGUGAAUAAGACUAAAGUUAUCUAACGAUAUCAGAUGUUAUCAUAACUAGAACUAUUCACACAUGCAAGAAUGAAAAUUCCAUUACUGAUAAUAAGUCUCAUACAUGUCAUAUAAAGUACUAGAAACCCCAAGUGUCCUAUGACCCUAUAACUUACCUUAUACCAGGGUUGGGAAGAACAACAAAGGGGGGGGAUACUCUCCCUUCUGUCAUUAUUAAAAUUAAGAUUAUUAGUACACUACACUAGUAUAAUCUUCAAUUUUACCUCAUGACAGGAAGCUUCAUAUUUUGCAAUUUUAAAGCCUAGGAAGAAGAGAGAACCCAGUGUUAGACUGUGGAAGCAUAAUGUCCGAAACAUAGAUUCGCGUGAAUAGUCGGCCGCUUGUAAGAUAUCCAAAAGUGACGCGCCCGCCAUAAAAGCCGACGAUGCCGCUGCUCCUCCGCAAACGGAGUGGACACCGAAAGACGGGUCUAUCCCGGCCAGUGUAAGGAGCCAUCUUAUCCAUCUAGACAGGGUGGUGACCGAAACUGGACCGUGAGGACUGACAUAUGACACCAGUAGUUGUCGGGAUAAUGUUGGGUGCAACGUCUCUGUCGCCUUCACAUAUGCCUGCAAUGCCGUAACCACGCAUAGUUGCUGGUCUGAGGCGAAGAACGGGUAGAAGACCGAUGACAAAUCCGAAAUACCGAUUGUGACUCCCUCCGGAGCGACAGUAAAAGCGUCCAUGUCGAAAGCGCGCACAUCCGAGACUCAUCUGAACGAGACCAGACACAGUAGGAAGGUACAUUUGGCCGUCAAUUGUCAUAAGGAUAGAUGUUCGUUAGAUGGCCACACUCUCAAAAACCGAAGCACUAUGGCCACAUCCCAUAGAGGUUGAUAUUUGAGAGCUGGAGGAAGUCUGAGUUUGAUGCCUUGAGAUCAGGGAGUCUUGACAUGGACUGCCGAUUUAGCGGACCUGAUGGUGCAGUAUGACUUACCUUCCUCGAAGAGUUAAGAGAGUAAAUUCAUGAUCGCGACAAUAGGUGCUGUAAAGGGAUCAAAAGUCCUGUCCCACACACCAACUGGUACAAGAUCGCCAGGCAGAUAGGUAACUUUUCCGUAUUCCUGGGGCCAUGGAAUUCAACAGCAGAUCUCUAGUUGCUGACGAUAAGUCGUUGGUACACCAUGCACCCCUGAAAGAGUCCAGGCAACUAAGGACAGGCGUCUGUCAAGGAGCAUAGGAUGUUGGUUCCCCACUGGGUCCUGGAGUAGCGUUGGGUCGUCCAGCAUUAAAAUUGGAUCCUCGCAAGACAUGUCGAGGAGGUCUGGGAACCAGGGUUGGCUCGGCCAUAACAGUGUCAGAAGGAGAAUUGUCACUUCUUGUCUCCGUAUUUGGUGGAGUACUCUCGCAAUCAUUGCGAAUGGGGGAAAAGUAUAAGCCCCUUGACUUGGCCAGUGUUGGGUGAAUGGCGCCCACCACCGUGCAUUCCGGGUCCGGAAGCAAGCUGUAAAACACUGGUAGUUGAUGGUUCUUGCGUGAGGCAAACAGGUAGGAGUAGACCUCUCUAGUUGUUCAGGCAUGCAAAUAUCUGAGGGUUAAAUUUCCAGUUGUUGUCGUCUCUCCAGUGUCUGGAAAACCAGUCCGCUGUAAGGUUCGACUCCCCCGGUAAAUGUUCGGCCCUGAUCGUGCUGUUGCGCGAGAGGCAAUAAUCAAAAAUUUCCUUUGUUAACUCUGUCAGUGUCUGGGAGCGAGUACCUCCCAGAUGAUUGAUUUAACGUACGGCAGAAACGUUGUCCAUCCGAAGGAGAAUACAGCAACUGGAUUGCCCUUUUGCCAAGCUGUGGAUGGUGAAGGAUCCGGCCAAUAAUUCCAGGCAGUUGAUGUGCGUUGUGAGUUCCUGGGUUGUCCAUGCUCCUCCCAGUGGAUGCGCCCCCAUCCGUAGCACCCCAUCCCCACUGGCUGGCAUCUGACUCCAGUAUGCAAUUGACCCACCAUUCAAGUUCUUGACAAACCUAAUCUGUCAGCAGAACCAGCUGGUUGUAUGUGGGGUUUCGUCUGAGGAAGCAGGUCUUCAGCCGUAGCAUGGCACGGUAGUGCAGAGAGCCUCGAAAUAUGGCCUGGAUUGAGGAGGACAGCAGGCCAACAAUCUGAGUGAGUUGCCUGAGCGGGAUGGAGUAGAGCAUGAGGACCCUGCGGAUCUGCUUCGGAAUGGCCGUCACUUUGGAAGACGGAAGUUGGAGCGUGCAGGACCGGGAGUAUAUCUCGAAGCCCAGGAAUUUAAUUGUCUGGGCGGGAGUCAGUGCACACAACAAGUGUACCAUAUAGAAACAUAGAAUGUGACGGCAGAUAAGAACCAUUCGGCCCAAUUUUCUAAAUACUUUCAUUAGUCCCUAGCCUUAGCUUAUAGUUAGGAUAGCCUUAUGCCUAUCCCACGCAUGCUUAAACUCCUUUACUGUGUUAACCCUCUACCACUUCAGCUGCAAGGCUAUUCCAUGCACCCAUUACCCUCUCAGUAAAGUACAGGGAGUGCAGAAUUAUUAGGCAAGUUGUAUUUUUGAGGAUUAAUUUUAUUAUUGAACAACAACCAUGUUCUCAAUGAACCCAAAAAACUCAUUAAUAUCAAAGCUGAAUAUUUUUGGAAGUAGUUUUUAGUUUGUUUUUAGUUAUAGCUAUGUUAGGGGGAUAUCUGUGUGUGCAGGUGACUAUUACUGUGCAUAAUUAUUAGGCAACUUAACAAAAAACAAAUAUAUACCCAUUUCAAUUAUUUAUUAUUACCAGUGAAACCAAUAUAACAUCUCAACAUUCACAAAUAUACAUUUCUGACAUUCAAAAACAAAACAAAAACAAAUCAGUGACCAAUAUAGCCACCUUUCUUUGCAAGGACACUCAAAAGCCUGCCAUCCAUGGAUUCUGUCAGUGUUUUGAUCUGUUCACCAUCAACAUUGCGUGCAGCAGCAACCACAGCCUCCCAGACACUGUUCAGAGAGGUGUACUGUUUUCCCUCCUUGUAAAUCUCACAUUUGAUGAUGGACCACAGGUUCUCAAUGGGGUUCAGAUCAGGUGAACAAGGAGGCCAUGUCAUUAGAUUUUCUUCUUUUAUACCCUUUCUUGCCAGCCACGCUGUGGAGUACUUGGACGCGUGUGAUGGAGCAUUGUCCUGCAUGAAAAUCAUGUUUUUCUUGAAGGAUGCAGACUUCUUCCUGUACCACUGCUUGAAGAAGGUGUCUUCCAGGAACUGGCAGUAGGACUGGGAGUUGAGCUUGACUCCAUCCUCAACCCGAAAAGGCCCCACAAGCUCAUCUUUGAUGAUACCAGCCCAAACCAGUACUCCACCUCCACCUUGCUGGCGUCUGAGUCGGACUGGAGCUCUCUGCCCUUUACCAAUCCAGCCACGGGCCCAUCCAUCUGGCCCAUCAAGACUCACUCUCAUUUCAUCAGUCCAUAAAACCUUAGAAAAAUCAGUCUUGAGAUAUUUCUUGGCCCAGUCUUGACGUUUCAGCUUGUGUGUCUUGUUCAGUGGUGGUCGUCUUUCAGCCUUUCUUACCUUGGCCAUGUCUCUGAGUAUUGCACACCUUGUGCUUUUGGGCACUCCAGUGAUGUUGCAGCUCUGAAAUAUGGCCAAACUGGUGGCAAGUGGCAUCGUGGCAGCUGCACGCUUGACUUUUCUCAGUUCAUGGGCAGUUAUUUUGCGCCUUGGUUUUUCCACACGCUUCUUGCGACCCUGUUGACUAUUUUGAAUGAAACGCUUGAUUGUUCGAUGAUCACGCUUCAGAAGCUUUGCAAUUUUAAGAGUGCUGCAUCCCUCUGCAAGAUAUCUCACUAUUUUUGACUUUUCUGAGCCUGUCAAGUCCUUCUUUUGACCCAUUUUGCCAAAGGAAAGGAAGUUGCCUAAUAAUUAUGCACACCUGAUAUAGGGUGUUGAUGUCAUUAGACCACACCCCUUCUCAUUACAGAGAUGCACAUCACCUAAUAUGCUUAAUUGGUAGUAGGCUUUCGAGCCUAUACAGCUUGGAGUAAGACAACAUGCAUAAAGAGGAUGAUGUGGUCAAAAUACUAAUUUGCCUAAUAAUUCUGCACUCCCUGUAUAUCUCCGGUAUGAUGUUAUAAUAGGUUGCUCGUCCAAUUAUAUAAUGCAUUGGUUACCUUCGUGCGCAAUUCGCAGAGUUCCAGUUCUAUGAGAUGAGCGUCUGUGGCUGAGAGGUACAGUGGGUGGGGAAGGGGGUUCUGUAUAGGGAACGUCUGAAGUUCGAUGUGAUAACCUUUGACCGUCUGUAACACCCAUGCAUCUGCGGACAGUUUUUCCCAAUUCUGGGAAAAAAGUGAAAUACAGCCGGCAGUAACGGUUAAAGUAGGCACAUGUAACUGAUGGUCUAUUACCUGUGGGGUAUCUUGCACGGGCAUGUCCAUGACCUCCACAGCCUCUGUCCGAUCCCCAGUAGUAUGGGGUAUUGCUGUCUUGGGCCCGCUUCCAGGUAGAAUUGUUGUGGGUGUCCCGGACGGGGGCCUGAUGGCCAAAAUCAGUUGGUGGCACGGCCCCUUUGCCGAACAGCCCUGGAAAAAACACCCCUGGUGGGGUUACCUCUAGAGACCCUGCGCAUGGCGGUAUGGGCUCUGUUUAGAGAGGUGAACACAUUUACGUGCUUGUUUAAUUCCUUCAUGAAGCCUCUCCAAAAAGUUUUCCCUGUGCCUGUGGGCCUAGUUCUUUUGCCCCAAGAUCUGCCACUUUGGGAUCAUGCUUGGUGCCGCUCGGUUGAGAGGGCAGCAUUGGUAUUGCCCAUAAAACAAAACCCUCUUUGAGUCCAUUCUCUAUUGCCAUGCGCCUAUUCACGCACCAAAUCCGCCGUGAAAGAUUCUGCCCGGGCAUAUGCGUCAUCCGCCAGGUACAUUACACGGGCCAGUGGCCCCAUCGCGUCCAAGAGCUUAUCUUGUGCUCCACAGAAGCUCCUUUCAACCCCUUUACGAGGGUCACGACCUCCACGUGCCAUAAAUGCCAGCAUUAACUGGUCGAACUAAGGCAUAAAAGCUACUUUAUCUGGUAGCGACGGCCUGGAGCAUUCAGCCCUCAUCCGCUUGUGGAUGUGUUUGUCCAGGGGCUUCCAUAUCCAAAAGUUCAUAAACUUAAGGAGGUGUUCUGGUGGAGCCCACUCCCCGGAGCAGGGAUGUCUGAUGUUCCUGGGGUCGAACAUCCUCUGACCUGUAUUAUCCAGAAAAACUUCCUGAUCCUGAGCAGUGGACGCUUCUGUCGUCUCUGCAUCCUCCUUACUCUGGGGCUCACCCAGAAAGGUCUCCCUGAUGUAGGCGUUGGAGCCCCAAUCACCUUCGUCAGAGUCUGAGACCUCUGCCUGCCACUCGUCCAAGAUGGAGAGGAAGUGAGGCAUAUUUUUUUCCUCGUACGAGGAAUCAUCCUGGAUAGGCAUGGGGGCCAUAGGAGCUGGGCUUUUUUUUUGUGCUUGAGGGGCGCCUUACCCUUGCUAGGGCAUUUCCUGGAGCCCUUGCCCUCCAAAUGACGUUUCGCCAGGUGUGCCCUCUCUCUGGAGGAAUCAUCAGACUCAUCUGAGUCUUCCCUGCCCUGGGAGCAUUCAGGAGCUGGCUUGAUAGAAUCAGGGGCCGCUGGGACACAUCAUAGCCUGGAGGUCCAUGGGAUUCUGGGUAUCUUCCAUGUCAGGGCUAUAUAUAUAUAUAUAUAUAUAUAUAUAUAUAUAUAUAUACUGUUAUUUUAAUAACCAGGCACAGGUAGGAGAGGUAUAGGGACCUUUUGGGAGGGACGUGAAACAGGUCGUAGGCCUUAACUUACACACAGCCAAAUGGCGUGCGUCAAUUAAACAGACACUUAUAAUCACUGGGGCUCACCCAGGAAACCGGAAUUGCAAAUACAGAUUCUGUUCAGCAGCACUCUGGGUAGUACCCAAAUGGGUGCUCACCCCUUACCAGAAUACUAGGGUAUACCUGACUGGCAGUCCAACUCCCCAGGGGUAUUACACCAACCUGACCAGGUCCCUGACACUAUGCACAGCACAGCUGGACUACAAAACUCAAAAACACAGAGAGCCUCUUCGUGAUGGGAGUAAGAUGCACGACUAACACCACCAAAAAGAUGGCUAAAAUGGUGUAAAAAGCCAGCUAAAUGCGUUCGCGGGAAAAUAUACGAAAUUAAAAGGGAAUGUUGUUAGAUACGAACGGUCUGUUCGCGUAAAACUACCGAACAAUAUAUGCGAAUGGGAAAUCUCGCGAAUGGAGAGCCGCGAACGGCCAGUUCGUGCACAAGCCGCCAAAUGCUAUGGCAAGAAUAGGCACGAACAGGAAAAACCCGCGAACGGACCAUUCGUGCAUAAAUGCAUGAAUCAAUAGAGUUCCCUGCCCGAACACACUGAAGUCAAUGUGAACGGCACGGGAAAACAAGGAAAGUGGCAAACGUAGCCACCGGUGAAGGGGUAGGAGGAGGAAUAGGCCACCUCAGGGAAGAGAGAACCUAGGGAGAGUAAUAAACAGCCCCACUAGAGAGGUGGAAAUAAAGGAUAGUCCCCUGUAACACCCACAGGAAAGGAAAAUAGUAAUCACAUACAAUAAGUACAGUUUUAAAACAGAGGCAUAGAACAAGUACUCUGACCUGACUUGUGAUGGAGCAGCAAAGAAAGAGGAAGUGCUCUGGAUAUGCUUUCACUUAUAUACACUCUGACUGUGUUCUGAUUGGUUCUUUAUUUCACGUGUUUUUUCUUUGCUCUUAUGGAGUUAGUAAAGAAACUUACUGCAAAAUAUGAAGCCUAUCAUGUGGUAAAAUUAUUAUUAAUAUUUUAUUUAGAGAGGGGGGGCUAAGGACUUGGGGAUUCCUAGCCAUAUGGGUGGGCAUGGACAUAAUUUAUUUUGGGGUGGACAUGUCCACUACCCUUAUAUUUAAUUGUAGGCUCAGUGGGUGAGGUUUAGGGGGGGACAAUAGGCAUCCACAGUUUUAUUAAUUAUCUCCACCCACCGCUCAUGGCUGAAAGCUGGGAUGGAUAAUGUCUUCCCCUAUUUAUUAUAAUUAUUGCUCCAAUCCACUGACUAUGGGGAGUCUGGGGUGGACACUAAGCUCCCCCCUGUUUAUUCUCCUACAAAUUGGCCACAGGUGGGAAAACAGGGAUGAACUGUUACUUGUCAACGCCCCUUCUUUGAUCUGAAGCCCCUCUGCUUUAUUAAUUUAUUAGCCCUCACCCGCUACCCAUAGAUGGGGCACAGCAGGGUCUUGUGUUAUUAAUAGAGAUGUGAAGGCCCGGAAAAAUUCGGAAAAAACUUUUUUCUGUUUUUUUCCUGAAGGCUUUUUUUUUUUUUUUUUUUUUUGAAAAUUUUAAAAAAUAUAUAAAAACUGUGGAAUAUUUUAUUUUAACAUGAUGAAUAAAAUAUUUUAAGACAGGGUGUUCAAAUAUUUUCCAAAUCAUCUCCAAUGCAAGAACAGUAUGCAUUUCUUCCUUUAGGAGGUGCUGUGCUGCUAUUGUAACAAGAAAAAAGGUUUCAGUUUUACCAGUAAUCUGGUUCUUCCCCCAGUGACCCCCACACACAUAGAUUAGUGUCUUCUUGCAAAGUAGUCAUUUUUUCUUGUUUUUAUUUCCUACUCCCCUAAGAAAAAUGGUGAGACCAACAUCUAGCAUAUAGAGGCAUUUUCACAUUACAAGUUCUUCUGAAAAGAAAAAUGUGAUUUGCAAAUAUUGUCAGAUGCAAUAUGCAUUUCCAAAUGCUACCAGGAUGACAAAACACAUUAUUGUAUGUAACAAGUGUCCUGUAGAUAUUAAAAAAUCCUUCAUGGAUCGAAGUGAAGAGGACAACAAUGAUGACAAUGCACAUAGUUUUUCUCAACGUUCUCGUUCAAGAAGUCUUCUUUCUACUCCAUCUAUAACGUCAGCAGCAAUACAAAAUGUUGUCCCAUCAGCAGCAUCUUCAAGUAAACAGAUACUGAAGACAGUUGCAUCCAAAAAUUAUUCACUAACUUCAUUUAUACACAAGAUGACACCUGAAGAUCAGGAAAAAUUGAUCAAGCUCUUGCAAGAGCAAUAUAUUCUUCUGGAACGCCGUUUUCAAUAACUGAAAAUACAUACUGGCAGGAAGCUUUGAAAUUAUUAAGGCCAUCAUGCUAAUUGCCCAGCAGACAUUCUUUGAGCAAGCCUCUUUUGGAGUCAGAAUAUGAACGUGUAAUGGAAUCGGUGCAAGGAAAAAUUAAUGAAGCACUGUGUCUUGCACUACUUACAGAUGGAUGGACAAAUGUGAGAGAAGAAGGAAUUAUAAAGUUUGUUAUAACAACACCUCAGCCAGUUAUUUUACAAAAGCAUUGAAACAGGAGAGAACAGACCUACUGCAGAGUAUAUCAGCUGUAAAAUCUGUGAUGUCCUACAGCAAAUUGGGAGUGGUAAAGUAUUUGCUUUGCUUACUGACGAUGCCAGCAAUAUGAAAGCAGCAUGGGAAAUCAUAAUGGAGAAGUAUCCACAUAUUACUGCAAUAGGAUGUGCAGCCCAUGGGCUAAACUUGCUUUUUAAUGAUAUUAUGAAGUUGGACACCCUUCAAAUGGUCUAUAGACGAGCAAAAGAAGUUAUUAAACAUGUAAAAGGUACUCAUAUUGUAGCUGCAGUUUUCAAGAAGAAGCAAGUUGAAAAAAAUGCAAAGAAUAGCAUAGUUACGCUGAAGCUCUGUAGUAAAACUCGGUGGGCUGGAGUGGUGAUCUCCAUUGAAAGUUUACUAAAAAGUUUACUAAAAAACAAAGAAGCUCUUCAAGAAACAGUAAUUGUUGAAGAUCUUAAAGUACCCAGGAGUGUAAGAAACACUGUUCUUGAUCAGGAUGUCUUCUUGGUUCAGCUGCAAAGUUCCCUGAAGAUUCUAAAGCCAAUUGCUGCAGCAAUCACUGCAUCUGAAUCAGAUAAGGAAUUUCUGACAAAAGUGCACUAUCUAAUGACCAAGAUAAAAACAACUGUUUUUUUAAAUCUCAGUAUAUCUCCACUUACAACUAUAGAAGAAAGUAAAGGGAAAGAUUUUAUUAAAAAGAGGGAAGAAUUUUGUUGUCAUCCAAUUCAUGCUGCUGCAAAUCUGUUGGAUCCAAGAUUCAAAGGUGCAAACAUAAGUGAUGAUGACACUGCAUUUUACUGGAUCACAAAACAAGCAUCACAUUUAGGACUUGAUGUUGGGAAGGUACUUUCAGAUGUUGCAGAAUAUAGAACAUCUUCAGGGAUUUGGUCCAGGAAUGCAAUCUGGGAUUCUGCCAAACAUAUUCCUCCUGCAACUUGGUGGCAAGGUCUUUGCACAACACAGCCUCUGACUCCUAUUGCUUCUCGCCUUCUCCAGAUACCUCCAUCUUCUGCAGCAUGUGAAAGAAUCUGAUCUAUGUUUGGAAACACUUACACUAAGUCAAGAAAUAAACUGACAUGUGAAAGGGUAGAGAAGCUUGUUUUGAUCCAGGCAAACCUUCAGUUUUUAGAAGUUCCUAAUUGUGAUGACGGACAAAAAAGAGUAGCUGCAGAAGCAGAGAUGGAUACUGACAAUUUCAACUCAGAAAAUUAUUCUGAUUAAAUGUACAUUGAAACUUAGUCCGACUCUCUUCUUAACACUUCCCCCAUCUUCAAUUUUUUUUAUGAGAAUGGGGUUUUUAUUUUUAUUUAAUACUGUGGAGAGGAAAUAUGAAAAAUUGUUACUUUUGGUUUUGAAAAUUGUUUUGUGAAGGCUUUUUGGCUGUUACACAUAAACUAGUAAGCAGUUCAGGAGAUUGUUUCUCCCUUUGUUACAAAUAAAUAUUCUUAAAAAGUAAAUUCUGUUUGUGAUUGUUUGGCUACACUAUAUUUAUAUGCUAGUUGUGAUAAUUUUAUGCCAAGUCAAAUUGUCCAUAGUCAUAUUUUAUGUUCCUAAAGUAACAUAAUGACUUUCAAUCUUAAAAAGACAAAAAAAGUGCUUAUGUAGCAUUUUGUUUAAUUUUUCCGAAAAUUUCAGUUCCCCCCCCCCCCCAAAAAACUGUUUUUUUUUCUGAGUUUCAAAAUUUCCAGAAAUUUUACAUCUCUAGUUAUUAAGUGUCUUAUUACAACUGUUUGUCGCAUAUGCAACCACUAGCAGCAUAGCAAGUGGUUGCAAAACAUCCCUUGUACUAAUAGGGCCCCAUCGGCUUUUAUUAAAAUUUUUAAUAACUGACAGAGUUAGUCAUUAAAAAAAAGAAAAUGCUGAUAUAUGUUCUUUCUUGGGCAGCCAACCUGUUGAUCAGGUUCCUUUGCUAUAAUUUUAGCUGGCGUUAAAUCCAGUUGAAAUUUCAUAAACAUGUUGGCGCAAACCAGACCAUAUUUAUUGAUCGUUUUCUGCCAAUAUGGAAUUGAGGUAACCGUUUGGCAUAUUGUUUACAUAUAAUAAUCGUGGUAGGCUAAAUGUACUUACUUUAAGCAAAAAUCUGAAGCGAGAGCUUUGUUUUAUGCAACAUAUUAAAAACUUAAUAUUCUUGAUUGUUUUUCUCCCCUCAAUUAUUGGUGCUUAAUGUGGUUUCAAAAAAGGAUUUAUAAUGUUUGCAGUGAAAUACCUAGUUAUUCUUCAGAUAAAGCCAAAAAUGCUCUAAGACUAAUGCUGCUGUCUGUUUUAGCUGGCAUGUUUCUACAGUUAACAUAAACUAUGUGUCUACUCGUGUGCAAAAGAAGUUGUAAAUUUUACAACAGAAAGAUCUUUCCAUAAAUAAAUCUAAUCUUUGCUUUUUCGAUUUACCUUCAGUGCUGCUACUGUAUGACUCCAUUUUGGCAGCUCUCUGAUUUCAUAUGACCGAUGUGCAUUGUUCUUUCCUUGUGCUAGUUUAGUUUUAGAGGAUGGUUAGUGAAUCUUAUUAAAACAAUAUUUGGAAUGAAGUUAGAAGGAAACAUAACUAUCUGUUUGAAGAUGAACAAAUCCAUUAUUUGCGUCUGAUUUCUUUUUAUCACUAUAAAACCAUUCUACUUGUACACCAUGUUUUGUAUCAAGACUUCAGUUUUUAAAGCUCUCUAACUUCCAGAAGAGUUAGAAAAGAACAGUUUUGCAGUACAGCUAGCAAACUAAGUUUAAAGGGACACUGUAAGGCACUAUAAACAUUUCAUCUCAUUGAAUUUGUUAUAGUGCUUGGAGUCCCCUGACACUGUCCCUUCAUAUAGCAUUACAUAAUUUUCAAGCAGCUUAACACCAAUAAGGAUCUCUUGCCACUGCAGCCCUGUCCUUACUGAAGGUAUGACUAAGGCAGAGAUUACACUCUUUCUUCUAGCCUACCUAUUCAUACCAGCAAUGGGAGCUUUGACUGGCUGAAUACAGUCACAGGUGCCAAUUGCUGCUCUGGUUAAUCUAUUCAUUAAUACCCAAGCAGCACAGAUGGGGUGGGAUGCUAAAGAACUUAAGGGUACGCUAUUGUCAACAAAACAUUUUUAGAUCAAUGAAGCGUUUUUUUGUGUAUAGAUCAUGCCUCUGAAGUUUUACUGCUUAAUUCUCUGCCAUUUUAAGAGUCAAAUCACUUUUGUUUUUAUUUAUGCAGCCCUAGCCACAUCUCCUCUGGCUGUGACUGACACAGCCUACGUGAAAAUAAAGUAGUUUUAUUUUGAAUCAGAUGUAACUUACUUUAAAAGUUUUUAUCUCCUGCUCUGAAAAUUUAACUUGUAUUAAAUACAGGAUGCUCCUGCGAGGUCUAGCCAUCUAUUAACAUAGCAGAAAAUAAGAAAUUGUAAAUUAAACAGAAUUUGCAAUAAAGGAAGUAUAAACAUUAGUUGACUCUUUACAGGAAGUGUUUAGGCAGGCUGUACAAGUUACAUGAAGGGAGAUGUGCCUAUGGCUGCAUAAACAAAGUGAACGGCUUGAAGGUUGGGGGAGGGGGAGAUAGAGACAGGAUCUUACAGUUUUGUAUUCACAAUGCUAUAGUGUUCCUUAACCCCUUAAGGACACAUGACAUGUGUGACAUGUCAUGAUUCCCUUUUAUUCCAGAAGUUUGGUCCUUAAGGUGUUAAAGGAUUUGGAAGCCUAAACAUGCUUUAGAAGAAGCAAAGGGAGGAGAUUCAGCAAUUGUAGGUUACUGAUAUAGUUCAAAAAGGCAGCUUAGUCACUGGGUCCGGAACCUCUCUUAUCCGAAGGAGAAAAGGAAGAAGGGUGAUGCAGUGUCUGAUAUGUCCUUGUAGAUACGUAAAUAACAAAAAGAAGAAAAUGUAUUACAACGAUGAUAUCGCCAGUAAAAGUGAAGUUUUUUGCAUUUUUCAUGCACAAACAGCACUUACACAGACGAUAUUAUUGCUGUGAUACUUUUUGCUGUUUUGAAACACAAAUAUUUGUGUUCAGCGAAGUCUCCAGAGUACAACAGUACCCCUCAUGUACAUGUUUUAAGGUGUUUUCAAAAGUUACAGCGUCAAAUAUAAGGCUUACGUUUCAUUUUUUUCACAUUAAAAUUCGCCAGAUUGGUUACGGUGCCUUUGAGACCCUAUGGUAGCCCAAGAAUGAAAAUUACCCCUAUGAUGGCAUACCAUUUGCAAUAGUAGACAACCCAAGGUAUUGCAAACGGGGUAUGUCCAGUCUUUUUUAGUAGCCACUUAGUCACAAACACUGGCCAAAAUUGGCGUUUUUUGCAUUUUUCACACAAACAAAUACUAACGCUAACUUUGGCCAGUGUUUGUGACCAAAUGGCUACUAAAAAAGACUGGACAUACCCCAUUUGCAAUACCUUGGGUUGUCUACUAUUGCAAAUGGUAUGCCAUUAUGGGUGUAAAUUUAAUUCCUGGGCUACUAUAAAGUCCCAAAGGCAACGUAACCAAUCUGUCGAAUUUCAAUUUCAAAUGUAACGUGCUAUAUUUGACCCUGUAACUUCCCAAAACACAAUAAAACCUGUACAUAGGAGGUACUGCUUUACACGUGAGACUUUGCUGAAUACAAAUAUGUGUAUUUUAUUGCAGUAAAAGCAAACAGUAUUAAGACAUUGACAGUUAAAAUGUCAUGUAGAACUAUAAAAAUCAAAAAAAUCUUAUUUUCUCCAAUUUUUUUCAUAUUAAAUUAUGUUUCAUAGCUAAAUAUUUGAUAUUAAAUGAAAGCCCUGUUUCCCCUGAAUAAAAUGAUAUAUAUUAAGGUGGGUGUACAUUUGGCUCCGUCCUUAAGGGGUUAAAAGUUGUAUUUUUCAUUCUGAAGACCCACUCGUAAUGCUAAGCUUGAAUACAUAUGUUAAAAAUGUGCAAGGAACUCAUGCCACUACCUAACCUGUAUACAUAUGUUAAUAUACGCUGUUGUGGCGUUGUGACACAGUUUUGUACCUACCUGCACAAUAAAAAUAAAGAAUUAAAAAACAAACAAACAUAAUUUAGAUCCCAUUAUGUACUCUGGCUGCCUGAAGGUGAUAAGAGUGUGAUUGUUGUCAGCUUGUUCAGUUAAUGCCAAACUUGUGUAGAAACGUGACCAAUAUUUGGUAUUGGCAUCUGAAAAAUUGGAAAAAUUAUAUUGGUCAAAAAAGAAAUAUAUAUAUAUUUGUACACACACAUAUUGUGUGUAUCUCCAGGCCUUCCUUGCGUGUCCUUACUAGGCCUCCUUUUUGCUUUAUGUGUUUGUUUUUUUUUAGUCUAUUUUACUGCUAUUUUUAAGGUUUUACAUCCUUCUUGUAUAAUAUUGCUGCAGCAGCAAGAAUGGAUCAGGGAGGUAGAGAACUCUACGACAACAGAGAUAGAAGGUUGGUCUUUUGGCCUCACUAACAGUUCAUAUUUUCAGCAAUCUAUGCAUUCCAAAGUAAAAUGUAAUCACUUGCACAUGUUUCAAGCAAUGUAUGUGAUAGGCCCUUCAGAUCAUUUUAAAAGGUACAGAGUUUUCACUUGCAAAAUUCACCACAUCUGAUUUUCAUUUUAGUUGGUUUUGCCAGACCCACUAGUUACAUCUUAUAAUAUUGACAAAUUCAAGGUUAAUCCUUUCCCAUUCAUCUGUGUGCCAAUUAAAACAUUAUACCACCCCACAACAUAUUUUUCAUGUCAGUACUCCCACUACACAGAAGAGUCUGCUCCUCUUUUCUCCGUUAGAUAACUGGAGUGUUUCCUGAAGAGAUGAUGGUUCCUACGGGAUGGCUUGUCUAUAAUAACUUAUAUUGUUUUUAGAAAUAAAAAGGUUAACCUCGUGCAGAAUGGGCAGACGUGGCCUCUGCUGCUUACUGUGCGAGCUUCCUCCACACAAACAUCUGUAUGAACAUAAAAUGUGGGAAAGGAAAUUCUCAGUUUGACAUUCGCUCUUUCAGAACUUAUGUAUUCAGAGUUGCAGUUGCCUCCACCUGAGGAGAUAUAUGACAAUUUCUAGGUACUGUUUGCUUUAAACUAGAUAUGUUAUGUUGUUUCAUCAAAAGCACCAGUCUUUGCUUCUGGAGUCAUCUUUCAGAAUUAUGGCAUCUAUGGGAAUACGUAGAAACACAAGGGAAAAGACUGAACAGAAUUAUUUAAGGUUUUAAAAAUAUAUAUAUUUUUAGAAUUCUUUUUGUCUAUUCCAAACAAAUAUUAGUACAUUUAUAGACCAUUUAAAAAAAUAUAUAUAUUUUCCAGAGGAAUGGUUUCUAUGUUAGAUGGUCUCCAGUGACAUGUUAUUUGUGAGCCUACAGUUAUAUGUAUGUAAGGUCAGGACCACCCACAUUUAAACUCCAAUCUGGUCAAUGAAUGGUUGUGGUUUCAUUUAUUAUUUUAGAGCAUAAAUUGACCAGUUUGUAUCUGCCGGGGUUGUAGUUUAUCAUUUUUUUUCCUCUUAUAUAUUUUGAAAACAAAACCUUGGUACAAAACUUACUACUCCCCCAUAGGGAGGCAUGGUUGUAUAUUUUAAGCAGAUAAUUGAUUAAGAUGAAAAAUCUAUUUUGUGGUGAUUUGGUUAGCGAACAAAAUAGCAGUUUAAAGUUUAAAAAGGUUUCAAGUAUAAACCUUGAUCCCCUUAAGACACAUGACAUGUGGGACAUGUCAUGAUUCCCUUUUAUUCCAGAAGUUUGGUCCUUAAGGGGUUAAAGGUAGAUUGAGAGGCAGAUUGAUAAUUUUAUGUUUCAGCAUGAUAAAUCUCCAAAAGUGAAUUAUCUGCUGGAUGUGGUUAUUAUUAUUAUUAUUAUUGAUAUUUAUAUAGCGCUCAAAAAUUCCGCAGCACUCUACAGUGGGUGGAAGAACAAACAUGUAGUUGUAACCAGACAAGUUGGACACACCGGAACAGAGGGAUUGAGGGCCCUGCUCAAUGAGCUUACAUGCUACAGGGAGUGGGGAAAAGUGACACAGAAGGUAAGGGUAGUAUUAGACUAAUGACAGUUGCAAAAGAGGAAUCAGUCGGUAGCUAUUAACAGUUUAAUUGAUACGCUUUUAUGAAGAAGUGGGUUUUUAAUGAUUUUUUUGAAGGAGUGGUUGAUUUGCUGCCGAAUCCAUUAGUCGUGCAUUACCAGUGUUAUGCUAUUAAACCAUAAGGAAAUGCAAAAACUAUAUCCUGCAAUAAUUUACUGUGUGUAUAUAUAGACACACAAAAGAAAUAAGAGUGUGUCAGGGAGGAGGAGGUACUGAUAAGUUGCCUAUGUUGAAAUUAGUCCGAGUAGUGUGUAGAAGAACCGAAUAAUGGAGGAAGGAGAGUGAACUGGGCUAUGGAGGCGAAGGAACUGAGGAGGGCAACUGAGAUAACAUUAACCAGGAAGAUGUUAAGCUAUCCUAAAGAGGUGUGUUUUCAGUGACUUCUGAAAGGACUUGAGGUUCAGAGAAUACCUGAUGGUAUGGGGUAGGCAAUUCCGUAACAACGGGGAAGCCCUUGAAAAUCCUGCAGAUGAGAGUUGUCUGUGCGGAAACGAGCCAAUGUCAAAAGAAGAUCGCUCACAGAUUGAAGGGAACAAGAAGCAUUAUGUAUUUUUUGAGUAAAGAGCAAAUAUAUUGAAGAGUGCAGAAUUUGUAGGUACAUUUUAGCAGUUUCAGUUGGAUUUAUGAAUAUUACAGGAAGCCAAUGUAAUGAUUGACAAAAGAGUGUCGUGUGGGAGUAGCGGUCAGUCAGGGUGAUAAACCUGGAGGCAGAAUUCAUUACAGACCGAAGAGGGGAAAUGCCGCUAUUUGGAACGCCGAUUAGUAGUGCGUUGCUUUAAUCAAGUCAAGAAAUGAUGAGUGCUUGAACAAGUUUUUAGUUAUAUCUUGAGUUAGAAAAAGUAUUUUCAAAGUUGAAGUUACAAGAUUUGAAGACUAAGUGGAUGUGAGGAGAAAAGGUAAGACUUGAGUAACAACUUCAUGUCAGUGAGCUUGAGUAAAUUGGAUUAUAGGUGUCCCUUUUACUGGCAGGGAGAUAGAUGGAAGAGGGCUAUUUGAGGGUGGGGAAAAAUGAGGAGUUUGAUUUUAGAUAAUGGUAAGACAGGCAGUUUGUGACUCGUUAACUCCUUUCUCCAAAAGGACAAGAGGUCUCUAAAUUUCUUCUAUCCUCUCGCCCCACCACCUGUCCUCUUAUCCCUGUAAAUUGUAUUUGAGGAUUUUUUUUACUAUUAUAAUUUAUAUAGUGACAACACAUUGUGUAGUGCUUUACACUCAUAAAAUGAGGAUAAUUGACAAUAAGUAGUGAACAAUUAGUUGACAUUAAAAGAGACAAGUGGUGAAGAAGACCCACCUAAAACAAGCUUACAAUCUAUGACGUAUGGAUGUAGACACACAAGAAGCACCACAAACAACGUAUAUCUACAGGUACAAAAUAUAUAGGACACACAUAGAGUAGUAAAGCAUAAAAUAUAUCAAAAUCUUUAUGUUUACUGAAUGAACUCAUAAGAAAGUAUUCUAUGGAAGGCACUUCAAAUAGUACCGGUGGCACUUCGUUAGAUAAGUGCUUUUACCUGGGGUAUCUUCCUUCAGUUGUUACACACAUGUGAGGGACAAAAUAAUGAAACAUUGUGCAAUAUUCCAAAACAUAAACACACUGCUUUAAUAAUAUAAAACUUACUCGAAGGACAAUUUAGAAAUGACCUAUUGUCCUCCCCUGCAGCCCCACCCCUGAGUGGCGGGUGGGGGCCCUAAAUAGCAAUAAGGGGGGGACCUGUUGUCCUUCACCCUGGCCCCCACCCCUGAGUGGGGGCCUGAAAUAACAAUAAAGGAGGAGGGACCUAUUGUCCUUCCCCUGUCCCCCACCCCUGAGCUGCGGGUGGGGGCCCUAAAUAAAAAUGGGGGGAACCUAUUUGUUUUUAUUACGCUCUGGUUUUUUAUUUUAUUUUCAAAGUGCGAUGGGUAUUAUGAACUUUUAUUUGGCCUUUUUUGGGGCUGAAAAAAGAUUUUACAAAAAAAGAAGACAACAAAUGCUAAGUUUUAUUUAGUUUUUAUAGGUAUUUAGUUCUCUGGUUCCCCCCCUCACUAUUUAGGGUGAGGGAGGUAGGUAGGGGUUUAUUAAAAAAAAUUUUUUGGGUGGGAGGGUGACUAGGGGCUUUGGGACCCCUAGUCACCUGGGGGGAUUAACAUUUUCAUUUAGGGCCCCCACUCCGCUCAUGCGUGGAGGCCGGGGGUUUGGGGGGGGUGGACAAUAGGGCCCCCCCCAUUUUCAUUUAGGGCCCCCACCCGCCGUUCAUGGGUGGGGGCCGGGGAGGGGGACAAUAGGUCCCCCCCCCUUACUUGGGGCCCCCACCUGCCGCUCAUUGGUGGAGGCGUGGGGGCAAUAGGUCUGGUUUUUUUUUUAAUGUUUAUUUUUUAACAGUGAGCAGCCACUGGCUGCUCACUGUUUACUAGACAUGCCCCUAUUCGCUGUAUAGCAAGUAGGGGCAGAAUUUACUAACACUAAGUAAUCUUUACUUAGUGUUAAUAAAUUUGGCUGAAAGACCAAUUUAGGUAUUUCAGCCUUUUGGUAGAUAGCUGCCUAAUACCGUGGGAAUUAGGGAGCUAUCUACUAAGCGGCACGAAUAGGAUCGUAGUUUCAUUCAUUAGAAUGAAAUUCUGAUACGAACAAAGUCCCGAAUUGCGUCCUAACAUGAAUGAACAAACUGUUCUCAUUCUGUUAUGAUGCAAUUUGGCAGUUUCGCCGGCAUUCUGUCUAAGUGACAGUACGUUUGGGAAUAAUGAUAGGAAGCAUCGCAAGAUCACAGAUCAAAGGUGAGAAUUGUGGGAAAAUUGCUUUGAUCAUCAGAAACAAAGCACCCAUUGCUCCUCCGAUGGUCAGAGCUGGUCAAGCGUAGGAAACCUCCAUAAGACAAGGUAGUCCAUACUAGAGCAGACAGGAAGAAAUGAAGAACAGAUCCUGACAGAGGGAGAGAAGAGGAAUCGAUUAAAGAAAGGUAAGUUCGGUAUGACAGUGCCGCUUUAAAAUCUUAAAAUCUCUACCAAUAUUUUCACAUGUCCAACAGAAAUUCUAAGACAAGUAAAUAAGCAAAUGCAAUUCUGUUAUUUAAAGGAACACUUUAAGGACCAUAACCACUACAGUGCAAUGCAUUGUUUUGUCCCAGAUUUGCCCUGGCACCCCUUCAAUGAUAUUAGCCAAACUGUUCUCUAAUGGCUUUGGUUUACCAGGCUUUGUUACUUUCUCCACUGCACAGAGCUUCUAUUAGCUCUCCUGAGCUAAAUACUGCUACACCACGCCAGCUCAUUGACUGAAGGUGUCAACUGAUUGUUCUUAGCCAAUGAACUAAGCGCUGCAAUGACAGGUUUACCUCAAUGCAAAGACCUUCGGACUGUCAUGGAGGAGAUGACGACUGGUGUCCUAAAGACGCCAAGUAAGUUUCCAUUACCAUAUUGUUGAAUUCUUACAUUGGGCGGUGGCAGGGCACUACUGACACUAUAACCACUACAGUGUGCUACAAUGGUUAUGGUGAUUUGAGUAUUUAUUUCAAAACAACAAAACUCCUAGAACAGUUACAAUAAUGCCAGCAUUCCUAAAAGUUAAGCAAUUACAAUUUCCUGAAGAAAAUAAGGAGAAGGGAUGCCUGGGACAAUUACAGCAUGUUUUAAUCUCCCAGAAUUUAGUAGUUUUUAUGCAUACACAAUUGAUUAGCACAAAGUCUGCCUUCUAAGUUCUGUGCUAUCACAUAUUGUUCAUUAUAGCCAAGCAUCAUUCAGGGCUGUGCAUAAUUUUACAAACACAGUGGAGUUUGUUUUGUUGUGUUGUGAAACAGUGCAGAUUCAGUGAGAGUUUUCUCUUCCUUUGUGGCAAACAGAAGAAUGGGAUUAGAAAAAGAAUUGAGCAAACAUUCCACAUAAAUUGCACUGUUGUCAUAGAAACAAGUAAAUAUUUGUUUUAGAAAUGUUUACUUUUUAUUGUUGUUAGGAAAAUAAUGCUAGACGUGUUAAUGUUUUAAAGUGCAACAUAAAUGUAGCAUGUGAAGAUUAUUUACUUUCCCAGAUUUAGUUCCACCGCAACUUCAACCACCCUCAAACAUAAGCAAUCUCUGUACUUGCUGAGAUUGAUAGGCAGACCUUGAAACUCUUCUAGAUUUUUUUUUUUAGUUGGUCAUGGACCAGAUAAUGAUGGGCAUUGAGAGCAAAAAUAUGGAUCGUACAAAAAUUAUAUUAUUCACUCGACAUAGAGAUCACGGUGGUUUUAACAUUGGUCAAUUCUUUGUCGCUUACCGAUCUUAAUAAAUAGGGAUUAAAUAAAACAAUAAACUGCAGUCAACUUUUUUUUUAUUAUUAUAAAAUUGCUUGUGUGAUUAAUAUAAUAUGGUCAAUUACUUCAAGCUAGUAAGGAAAUAGAUCACUGGUGACCAAAAAUAUAUAUUUUGAUUAGGACAGCUAAAUAUAAGUGUGUAUAAGCGACUUUGAAGAGACCAAAACUCAAAAGAUAUGUGCGCUCCUUAAUAAGCCAACUCAGAAAAGGCCUUGUUUUAUCAAAAAUAAUUCUUUAAUGAAAUAAAAUCACAAAAUAUCACUGAACCUGUUGCUCCUCCCUCAAUGACUACUAGAUUGCUAGUGGUAAGGCCAAUCUCAUGUGCACAAUAAAUAAAAAUUAAAUAAAUAAAUAUAAGAAAUUUAGAUCUGCAGACACAGCUACAUAAACUAAACGUCUUGCCAAAAUGAUACAAACACUUAUCAAAGCACCUCAAGCCAGGUAUGUUGCAACUGUAUCAGAAACAUGGAGCAGCAUGUUGCAAACUGGCGUGGGGGCUGUGGUGUAUCAAAAUGUGUCAAAUCACAUCAUAAAUUGAUUGUUAAAAAUUAUAAAUCGGUCAAAUUAAUACAGUACUAAAAGCAUACAAUGAUGCAAAAAAGAGAUUAUUAUUGGGACAAUAUGAAUAAGGAUGCUUUAAGAUAGAGUUCAGCACCUUAAAUAUGUUACCAUAGCUGGGACACUACAUUAAAAAGGGGGGGGGGGAGUACCUGACCUCGGUGGGGCCCCCACCUGAGGUAAAAAAUUAUAUCUCUGUCCGCGUAAAAACACAAAAGAAGAAGGAGCCUCAGUGAAUCCUUCAGAUGAAACCGGGAUAUCUGUAAUGGCUGAGCUUUCUGCCGUCAGGAGUCACCAGGAAACCAACAGGUACUUGCAGGCUGUACCGCUCUUAUUGCUAAUUACUUCAAGCUACCCAAACAGCUAUUUGUAGAUUGAAUAGAAUUUAGGGAAAUAAUUUUUUGCAGAUGGUAGAAUUCAUAUUCAAGUUUGAACUAAUGGGUUGCUCAAAGCACAACAGCAUAGAAUGCAAAUACAUUUUUUUUAUUAUUCUUUAUUUUUGAUUUGCACAAGAUAACACGCACAUGCUUGCACUGCCACGACAGCUAGUACAAGUACAAUGUAUUUAAAUAGAAGGAAACAGUCAUGGCAUUAGAAUCAUCUGCACGUAUUUCUAAAUGUAUAAAACAAAAGUAUGAUAUGCUCAGGCUAGGUAACUGGCUAGACAGCGUUAAAUUCAAGCAUUUGUUGGUAAGGUAUCCAGUCUGGCAAGUAACUGAGAUGUGAUCUUGCUAAAACAAGCAUUAUAUCAAUAAGUAGAAUUGAACCAUAACUCUGUGCAUUAAUCUCCUGGUUGGGGCACUCUGAGUGCUUGGGCCAUGCCGUUCCGGUUCACCCUAUUCCUCGGGUAGGCUUCGAUAGCGAGCUCUGUUCCAUGCCUAGUAUGGCAAGAGGAGAGUAAUUGUUUGAUUAGCUAAUUAUUUUCCACCAUGUGACCUGUAAAUGUUUCAUACAACAAGCUAUCAUUUUUUGGUAUUCUCCCCAUAUCCAUUACAAAGUGCUAUGCUUGUAAUCGACAUCUUGAUGAAUUUAACAACACAACUGACAACGUUAAUACCUUGUCUCAAUGUCUUAUGUAAAAAGCGUAAAUAAGUAAACCAACCAUGUGAUUUUCUGAAGUGUUAGCUGAGGUUACAAAUCCCACAGUACAGUCAGGAAUGACACACCAGUUAUUUUAGUAAAUCAAAGUGGGAUCAUACUAUCAAACAGCUGCUACUCCACCCACUGUAAUGGAUAAAAUACGGGCUGUUUAAACAAAUAUUGCUGAUAAUCUACAAACAAUGGAUUCGGAAACCUGGGAACACUUUUAUCAUGUUUACAGUUGGGGUUGUGCUUAUAGUUUAUGUAAGCAUGAGCUACUUUUGUGGUAAUAGCACUACACUUACAAAUGUACCAUUUUCCUUUUCAAUGUAUUCCGCACACACAUUAACCAUCACAUUACACAUUAACCUUAAAGCUUGUUCUAGUUGCUGCAUUAGCUAAAUUAAUUUCUCUGGGGUUUUGCAGAAAUUUUAACCCCAUUUUAGACUGCUUCCAAAGAAUUAAGUGCAAUGUUUCUUACCUUGAGAAUGAGAAAUUGUCUUGCGACACAAAUAGCUUUGAAGCUGUUUGGUUUUCUAUGCAUUGUGCUGGUAUCUUCUGAUAAGUAUACAAGAUGCUUUUUUCUAGACUUGAAUUUUCCUUUUUUCCCACCAGUAAACCGUUACUGUAAGGUACAAUAACAAGUAAAAAAGACACUAAAAAGUAUACAAAAGAUAAAAUUAUAAUGUAUCAAAGUAUGAAGAUGCAUCUAAAAAUGUAAUAGCCUAAAAAAUACACAUAAAAUGUUCAAUCCCAAAAAUAAGUGCGCUAUGCCCUUAACUACCGGAACAUAGAAGAUCACCAGGCUCUUGAAAAAGUCUAUGAGGACGAAACGCGUCAAGCGGCUACCAUGAGAGCUGUUCCCCAAAAGGAUUUAUAUAGCCUUUACCUCCACCAGAGGAACUUUUAUGGACCCUCAAAUACAAAGUGGACAUCUGAGAAAGUGAGACUAUUGGUGUCAAGAUGUACCAUAGGCUACACCAGGGAACUUUUGCACAUUUAGGAGUAUUUCUAAUUGUGCUUUGUUUUUUGUGAGUGUGAUUUUAACUAUUUUAUAAGAUUAUUUGUUGUUAAUAAAUUACUAUACUAUGAUUAUAUUUUUUUCUUUUCCUCCAAUAUAUGGAUUCAUCAUCUAAGUGGUAAUUAUUGUCACACCAUUGUGAUUGUGGCGCUCUAUUUUUUGUAUAUCCGGUGUGAUUAUACUUGAGCCCUUUCGCUAUGCCUUUAAGGCUAUCAGAAUUUCAUUUUUACACAAUAAGUGCAAGUGAUAAAUAUAAUUGUGCAAUUAUCAAAAAGUACACUGUGCCACCUUGUAAACAUUCAAAGUGCAAAGAUGCAAGAAUACAUAUAUAUCUAUAACCAGAGUGCAUUAUACACUGUGCAGAAGUGCCUCAAGUGGGCAAGUAAAACACAAACUUACUAACCCUUUGAAUAAAAGGUAUUGGAACUUCUCAUGAAUGAUAUGUAAGUAUUUCUUCCAAAUUCAUAUGUUGUACCAUAUCAUCAGAAAAAGAUAGUGUAAAACAGUAAAUGCAUUAAUAAUAUCUACAUGUAAAAUUGGAAAUUCACUCAUAAGCGGGGAGCAAAAAAGGCCUGCUCCAACUUCCAGCGCUUUUCAUAUAAUAAGCGCAGUAUGGCAAGAAACUGAUAACUCCAACAGAUAUUCUUUCAAACUUUAGUCCAAUAUGCUGAUCUAUAAAACAUCCUCUCUGUGCAACUGAAUACAGUCCCUCUGGCUGUCAGUGCUUGGGAAUUCUUUGAGAGCGGAGCUUCGUAUCGGCACUUGUGACGUCACGUAAUGUGAUGACGUGUUUCGUACUGCGACUUCCUCAGAUCACCGUUACUGUGAGGUGACAAAUUCUUUUCAAAUUCAGGCAAAAGCUAGCGUUUUUUUAAAGGUAUUACUUUUAGAUUCUGCUUCUUUAGUGAUAAUUUUGUGGCACAAAAAGAUAAGAGACAUUUGUGGGGGAACCAAGACUUACAUUGCAUUGGUGCUGACAAGCUUUCAGUAAAAAAAAGUUACUGGUUAAUAUAUACCAUUAUUUCAGUUAUUUAAUUUACUUUUAGAAAUUGGAUGCAAUAAAAAAAUUGACACUUAAUUAAUUUAUAAUAUAAAGACAUACAUAAAAUGUGUUUUCUAAGGUUGAAUGAACAGUUUGUAUUUUAAAGUACUAGAAGUAGUUGCUAGUCGUAUAUGUAAUUAUUUCCUAAAAAUGAAAAAGUCAAAUGAUGUCUAUAACUGGAAGCAGCAAAAUGUACUGAUAACUGUCAGUCAAUUGGUAACAAUAUUUUGUAGUUUAUGCAAAGAUAGUUGUAGAACUUAUAAAUAUUUAUACAGAAAUAUGUAAUUUUGCUUGCAAAGAUAUGUUCUUGAAAGAAUAGCUAAUAUAUAUUAUUAUUAUUUAUAAAGCGCCAAUACAUUUCUCAGUGCUGCACCAUAGAUGGACUAACAGACAAGUAUUUGCAACAAGAUGAGUUGGACGCACUGGAACAGAGGGUGUUGAAGGCCCUGCUCAAACUGGCUUACAUUAUAGAGGGAGUGGGGUAAAGUGAGACAAGAUGUAAGUAAAGGAUGUAUUUGAUGUACAAGAAAAAGUAGGUUACUAAAAUAGUUUACAAUGAAGGGUUAUAUUUUUGAAUGACACAGUUGCAGGAGACUGGGUGAGAUUCUAAUAGAACAGGGAAGAGAGGGUAGCUCUAGAGAAGUCUUAAAUGUUUUGCGUCAGAGAUCCGAGUACAAAAAGGGGAAAGACACAGAUCUUAGACAGAGCGUAGGGGCCUGGAUGGGGACACACUUAUGACACACUUAGUCACGCGACACGAGUCAAGAAGGAUUGAUGAGUUUACCAAGGGAGGCAGUGUUGAUCACGAACAGGAGGGGACCCAGGACAAAACCUUGGAAAACAUUGACAGAAAGUGGUUGCUGAGAAAAGGAAGAGCCAGAAAAAGAAACGCUAAGAGAGCAUUGGGAGUGGUAGGAAGAGAACCAGGAGAGAGCAAAGGCUCGUAGACUGAGAUUACAGAGGGUAAAAAGAAAUUGUUGAUGAUCAGCAGAAGCAGCAGAAAGGUCAGGUAGAAUUAGAAGAUUUAGCAGCAAUUAAAUCAUUGGAUACUUUGGUUAGGGCCGUAAUGUCAGAGUGAUGACCUUGGAAUCCAAAUUAAACCAGGUCAAGCAGAGAAUUUGAUUCAUGUAAGUUGUUCAAUCUAGCAUACACAAUUGGAUUUUGGAGGCAAAUGUUAGUAGUGAGAUAGGACUGUAGUUGGAUUGGGAGUUAGGGUCAAGUUUGGGCUUUUUUUAGAAUCAGGGUGAUGGUUGCAUGCUUGAAGGGUGAAAAAAAUAUGCCAGAGGAGGGGGGAGAGACUAAUUAUUUUAAUAAGUGGCAGUGCAAGAAAAGGAGACAGAACACAAGUGAGAUGUAUGGGAAUAGGAUUGAGGGAACAAGGGGUGGAAUGGGAGGAGCGAAGCCGAGCAGAAACCUCUUCUGCCGUAGUGGGUGCGAGUGAGUGGGGAAAAUAUUGGUAGCUCACCUAAGUCUUGUAGAGGUCAAAUUAGUAGUAGGAGGAGCAGCAGCAAAAGGGAGACGUAGUGAGCUAAAAGUGUGAAAGAGGCAUUUGGGUUCUCAGGAGAAUGUGGUUAUGAGGUAUUGAAGUAGGUUUCUUUUGCGGAGGAAAGAGCCAAUCUAUAUUAGAGUAGAAUGCAUUUAUAGUGGAGGAAGCAUUCAGGAGUUCCUGGAGUAUUUUUGGAGGUGAGGUUUGAGAUGGGUAAAAAUGGAGUUUGGGGGUUGGUGAAGAAUUGCUGUAGGUCAAGGCAGUGGUGGUUUAUACAAGACUGAUGUACCAGGAGUGGUAUAAUUUAGAUACAGGGUAUGCCAAAGUCAAAGGUCAGUAGAUGGUGGUCAGAUAGAGGAAAUGGAACAUUAGAGAAAUUAGAGGCAGUAUAGAGGUUGGCGAAGAUGUGAUCAAGGGCAUUUCCUGUUGUAUGAGUUGCUGAGUUAGACCUUUGUCGGAGGCUGAAGGAGGGGGUUACAGAGAGCAGUUUGAAAAGGCAGUUUUUGGGGUCCUCAAUGAUAAGAGAAGGAGUUCUAGAGGAGAGUAAGUGGCGUCGACAAGAAGAAAAAUGUUCAUUGAAUAGGCUAGUAUUACAAGGGGAGCAAUAAAUAAUGUCAAUUCUUAAAAGAGUGGGUUUAAAUCCUCAGUGAUAUAAACUAGUAGUCUAAGUUGUCUGAACCCACAAUGUCACUGAGAAUGUCUUCAGGAACUUUACAUGGCUUCAAAGGCUGUCAUGCCUUUAAGGUACCUGCAGGGUUAGAUCCUUGUUGCUACCAGUCAUUCCAUGUAUCACUCAAUACUUGGGGCUCACUUUAGUCAGCUGGGGCCACAAUUAAUGACCACGUACUGACAAAUGGGCUGUGUGCAGCACUCAAAGUAAGUUCUGCGUACAGCCCCUUUAAUACAUUUAAAUCACUGUGGCUGAAAGUUUGAGAAAACAAAAAUACAAAUGAAAUAAAACCAGCAAUUUUGACCAAGGUUGGUGAUGAAAUUAUUUAAAGAAAAGUCUCAAAAUGUUCUUAAUUAAAUGCUCUUGGGGUAUCCCUGAUUACAAAUAUAUACUUUUGUAUUGUGUGUUUGGAUUCUGUCACCAUUAUUAAAGUUGUAAUCUCAGCUCAUGAAAUGUUGCGAAGGUUUAGGUUUAAAAUCAAAAUUCACUCCUUACUAGAUAUUUAUUUUCUUUCAUCUGAGUUUUUAUUAUGUUAAAUUAUUUUAGCUAUCUUGUUUUUAGUAGUGAUGCCCCCUUUUGUAUUUUUGUUUUAAUUUAUAAUUUUUUUAAUUUUAUAUGUCAUCUAUUAACUUUUUUUUUUUGUUAAUCAUACAAUACCGGUAUAAUGACAAGGGUUGUAUGAAAACAUACAGGGUUGCACUUUGUAAACUUAAGCGUCACAUCCAACAUCGGUUAUGUUUCAUAACAAGAAACGUAAGCGUCACACCUUAUUGUCGGUUAUAUUUCGCCAUGGUAAAUGUAGAAGCAACCUCAAUGUCAAGAAGAUAUGGUCGUAGAUAUGGUGGCUCGGUUGAUCUGAUUGAUCGGGCUACCUCCUCUAAAUGAAGAGCUAUAUUGGCUGCAUACCUGCCACCCGGGCACUCUUGUUUGUUUAAUGUUUUACCAUUAAAAAUAAAUAAAUAAAUAUAUAUAUAUAUAUAUAUAAAAAUAUAUUAUUCAAAUUUAAUGUUGUGUCAUAUAUGCAUAUAGAGUGUCAGAAGAAAGGCCUAUUUCUCUUUAAAUGAUAUAUAAUAUGUAUGGAUGCACUUAAACAGAAACAAUGAAUUUGUGACAGAAAGAACAAAAAGUGCCAAAGGUCACUAAGCACCGCAUCACAAAAGAACAUUGGUCCUUAAAGUUUAUGAUAUAUUUUUUGUUUCUACUCUCACCCCUCAACAACCUUGUCACAGGGUGACAUAGGCAUGCAUGUACUUGAUAUUUUCUUGAGAUUUACAUAUUAUAAAGGAGAUUUAUGAGACCUAAAAAAGCGAUAUGCUGAGGCAAAGUGCAAAAUAUUAAAACGUUCUGUUUCUAUGGUGAUUGUUAGUAGCCAAUAGAAUAAAAGCAGUUUGCAUUCAUAAAAUCUCCCUCUACCUAUGUCUACAGUUACGGUAAGCUGCAGUAUACUUAUCUACAAUAGGACUCUGUGUGUGUAUAUACAUAUAUGUAUUUUAAUAUCAUGAAUAUGUAUGAAUAUACGCACAAUGUAGGUCUUAAUACAAGUAGGUAGCUAUUCAGAUUUAUAUUUCUUUAUAAUCAAUAAGGUGUAAUGAACUGUUUGGCUACAGAAAAUGUAAACCAUUUCCAUCUUAUAUUAUGUCAAUUUCAUUAAACUAAUAGUGGUCUUACUUGUAUAUCCCAUUACCUGAUCACUAAAGAUACCGCAAAUGAGCUUUUUUUUUUUUUUUUUAAAUAGAUAUUUUUUAAUUUUAGCUCAAUCAAAAGCAGAGCGAGACAAUAGCUAAAUGUUUAAAGAAAAUGAAAUCGAACUAUUCCUGUAAUGUUACUUUACUAUAUAAAACAAAAACAGUGUAUUUAUCCUCAUUUAGGAAUUAAUAAUUUAAGCAUUUAUCUGUGCAGAGGCUUUUCUAAACUUUUAAAUGUGUGUUCAGCUGCUCUGGAACAGUAUUUGAACUGCUUAAAUUGACUACAGUUGUCUUUGUUGUGCAGUGUCUCGUAAGUUGUCAGUAGUGUCAUUCUAAAUGGACAUGAUCCCGGGAGAGGGAGAGUUGAGCAUUAUUGGUUGGAAGUAGUUUUAUUUAGACAAUGUUUGACCAGAAUAAUACACCCAAACUUUUAAUUUGUUGACAUUUUGAUAAGAAAUUUCUUUAUAUGAACCUUAUAAUGUGAGAUGAUUCUCCACGACUAUUUUUGGACUUCAGCGUGUUUCAUUUUUAGCCACAAAAAAUAAGAAUAAAUGGUAUUAAAAGAAAUAAUGUGGCUUUGUUUGGUUUUAUUACAUACACUGACCUCCAAAGCAGUAGCAACUUAAGACUUUAGUUGGAAUCUUGUAAAAGCAGAACAUAUUUGUUCUAGAGUUGGGUGGAAGUUUUCUAUCUGUCAUAUCACCAACAAUACAAAUGUGAAGGUGUCAGUUAAAUUGUUGUGAAGUGUAAAUUAAAAAUAAUUGGAGAUGCUGCUCAGCAUGGGAGCUGGCCUGAGUACUGAACCUACUUCUCAGAGGCAUGCAUCUAAUUCCAGAUGCUGGAAGUAGGCGUAUUCUCGUCUUAUCACAUGGUUAUCAGAAUAAAUAAAUGAGACUCCUCUAUUAUUACUCAAACCGAACUCCUGUUUCGUUGUGCUGGUUCAGUCUUCAUGCUUCUACAACUCCAGCUAUCUAGUCGACACAUUUAAAGGCUAUCAUGCUAGAUGUCAUUAAUGCUUGUUGAGCAUAAUUGUAGAGAUUUCGCUCAGUGACAGCCCUGAAAUUGAUGAUACUCAAACAGCCCUGAUCUUUUUGAAAGUCACUGAAAUGUCUCUCUUUAAAAAUAUCCUGUAAUAUAAUGUUUUUAAACUACUUGUUCUAUCUGGUGUUGUUUAUAGGCUGUGUUACUUUUCCGUGUUCCAAACAUUUUUGGUUGGGGGUAAGGGGGUGGGGGAGAUGGGGUAGUUGUUAGAAGGAACAUGACCACUUAUUUUUUUAGACAUAUACAGGUUAUCUUAUAUAGAUUGUGUGCUAUGACUAAAUUUAUUAGAAUUUAUGAAAAGGGACUGCACAGAAAGGAUAAGUAAUAAUACAUCUUACAAUGUUUGUUAUAUAUCUGAUCUCAGUGACUGUGUGUAAUACUAUAGUUUUAUCGUUUGUUUUUGAGACAUUUGUUCUAAAGCUAGAACAAGAUAGAGAAGAUAUUUUCUUCAUUACCAUUCAUCUUUAACAAUUAUAUUCACAUUUCUAUUUCCUGCAAUCUGUGAUAGUUAUACAUCACCCAUUAUUUUGCUAUCCUUUCAGUCAUCGUUAUCAUGUUAUUAAACCAUCCCUUUGCCAUUAGCAAUUCUAGAAAGAUAACAUAUUUUAAUAUAUCAUCGAGUAGUGCACCCUUUUUAGAGACUGGGCCAGAUAACUGAUUGAAUUCUAAACGUUGUCCAAACACAUGUCAAUGAGAUGGUUGUGCUUCAACCACUGAUUCUACACACAAAUCCACACCACACAAAUGCGUUCCUGCAUUAACAGAUGCAAGCACCCAUACAUUGACCAUCCACCCAUAUGCAAUCCUGUAUUUAUGUACAUAAACAUUACACAAAUAUACACCACUGCAUUAACUGGACGAAUACACCCUUUUUUCACACACAAUAACUCACACUUUGAAUUGACAAAUAUACAUUCCCCUCAUUUCACACUGUUGAAACCAAGUAAUGGAUUUACUAAACAGUGAAUUUUGCUCAAGACAACUGAUCUGUCUACUGAGUUAAAUAAAUCUUACUGUUUAGUGAAUAGAUGCCAUAACUUCCAUAAAGCUGUGUAGACUAGAAUAGCACUAAUAAUUUAUAUAGUCUUUAUUCCAAUAACAGACCAAUGCUCAUCCCACCUAAUGACAAUUUUAUUCAUGAGCAAAUAAAGGGGAUCAUCUGUCAUAAUAUGACUACUUGUAACCUAUAUCAGUGGGCCAGUGGCCACUGGCUGGAGAUUGUGCACUCUUGUAUUAAGCAGUUGUAUUAUCUUCACAAAAUCCAACAAUGCAUUAGUGCAGGGCUGACCAAAAGGUAGAUCCCCAGAUGUUUUAAAACUACAGCUUCCAUGAUGCUUUGUCAUUUUAAAGGCAUGCAAAUGGGAGUUAUGACAGAAUGAACCAUUAAUGGGAGUUGUAGUUCUACAACAUCUGGGGAUCUACCUUUUGGGCACCCUGCAUUAGUGUAUUCCUAACAAACUAUGUAUAGUGUUUACCUGCAUCUGCAAAAGCAAAAAAAGAGAGGGGAAAAAAUGCAUCUAAUGAAUACUACCACAUGUAGACUGUGUCAACCCUCUUUUCGGCAUACAGUUUUCAGUAUGAUAGAUAAUCUGUUAUUAUUAUUAUUAAGGCCAAUCCAGAACACAACUAGAAACAUUUCUGGGAUACUUUAAUUUGAUGACGUAUCCUCACUAUCAUAUUGGUUACCUUUGAAGCAACAUGCAACUUUAAAGGGUUACUCUAACGCAUUUUGGGUGGGACUUUUUCCACUGUCAAAUGUCCUAUUGGGCACUAUUAAUUCCCCCCCCCCCCCUCCUCCAACCGCAAAAAAAGCAUUUUACUCACCUGGAAUCCUACUGUGGGCAAAGCUUCUGGUGCUGCCUUCCACGCCACCUUCCAUUCCAUGCCUUUCCUCAUUUUAGCAGAGGGCCUCGAACAGUCCAAUCACAUGCCUCUCAUAAAGAAGCCUGUGACUGGAGCAUUUUGCCAACUCAAAGUGCAUGCUCACAAUCUAAACUGGCAAGUGGAAGGAAAGGGUGGGAAAUUCACUAAAAAACAAACAAACAAGAACACCCCCAGUUAUUAAGGGGAUAUGGAGGCGAGGAAGGCUCAACUCAGGGAGGGACGUGGGGGGGAAGUACUUGCCGGAUGAAGCAGAUUACGGCUGUCACCAGCAUGCAGUGCGCACUGAGAACAGACUGAUAUUUUGCUUUUUUUAGGCAUUAGGCUGUCAAUGUCACAUGUUCCGGUGGGAUUUAACUAGCCUCCGGCAUACCAGUUCAGAAACAUUACACAUACAGGCUCCUACUACCAUGACCACUUCAAGUUGCUGAAGUGGGCGGAGCCUGACCCAACGCAAAGGAAAGUCGGCGCUGGAUUCAGGUAAGUAACUAAAGGGGUUUAAUCCCUUCAGUUCCGCGGAAGGUAGGACGCUAGGGAGAGGGGGCACUCCAGGAGCCUAUAGUGCCAGAAAAAUCGUGUUGUUUGCCUUGGACUAUAGAAUCCCUUUAAACGUAGUGCCAUUGUGUGCAUCUUUUUUAAAGAAGGAUAUUAUUAUUAGAUAAAGUGAAGAGGAGGACUACACAAUUAAUAAGGGAAAUUGCAGAUUUUAGUUAUGAAACAAGGCUAAACAUGUAUGAACUUCCUUAAAUUAUAAAAAAAGAAAUCUCAGAGGGGAUAUGAUAACAUUAUACUAUACACAUGGCCAGUACAAAGAACAUUCUGCUAAACUGUUCAUUGACUGGACUAUAAAAAGGACAAUUUAGACUUUUAAGAAUAGUUUGUUCAUUCAAGGACUGGAGUGGAGAAGGAAUUAUUUCCCAUUUUUUUAUUGGCAAAAUUAUAAAUCACUUUAAAUUGGGUGUUCCACCUUCCUUUAGAUCAACAGCUAAAAAAUAGGUGAGAAAAGCUGAACUUAAUGGAGGUAAAUCUAAUAUCAGACAGUAUUAAUAUAUAUGCUACUGUAUGUAUAUACCCACUUUGCCAUUAGACGGAAUGGCAUGCUAUGACACUUUGUGCCAGCACCGACAAGGCAUUCUAAUGUAACUUUAGAGUGCAUUUAAAGGGACACUAGAGUCACAAAAACAACUUUAGUUUAAAGGAGCACUAUAGGGUCAGGAACACAAAAUAUGUUUCUGACUAUAUAUUGUUAAACCCACCAUCUAGCCCCCUUGAUCCCCUCUUGCUUCCCCAAAUAUAGUAAACUCUUACUCGUAUUCAAGCCUGAAGCUGCUGGCUCUGCCCCUGUCUGCCUCAUAAAUGCAAGCUGUAUGUGGACAUCAUCAGAAGUGUUGUUCUGAGCCAAUCACAAUGCUCCCACAUAGGAUUGGCUGAGACUGUCAAGGAGGCAGAUCAGGGGCAGAGCCAACACAAGUCAAACACAGCCCUGGCCAAUCAGCAUCUCCUCAUAGAGAUGAAUUGAAUCAAUGAAUCUCUAUGAGGAAAGUUCAGUGUCUGCAUGCAGAGGGUAGAGAUACUGAUAUGUUGUGAUGCAAACUAGGCAAGACUGCUUAAGGAAGCACCUCUAGCAGCCAUCUAGUGAAGUUAUCACUAGGCUGUUAUGUAAACACUGCAUUUUAUCUGAAAAGACAGUGUUAGCAGUAACAAGCCUGAAGGCAAUGAUUCUACUCACCAGAACAAAUGCAAUAAGUUGUAGUUGCUCUAGUGACUAUAGUGUCCCUUUAACGAAGCAGUUUUUGUGUAUAGAUCAUGCCUCUGAAGUUUCAAUACUCAACUGCCAUUUAGGAGUUAAAAACCUUUUAUUUCUGUUUAUGCAGCCCUAGCCACACCUUCCCUGGCUGUGACUGACACAGCUUGCAUGGAAACAAAAUUGUUUCAAUUUCACUCAGAUAUAACUUAUUUUAAAGUUUUUAUCUCUCGUUCUAUGAUAUAUAUUAUUAUAUAUUUGAACUUUAAUUACAUACAGGAAUCUCCUGCAGGGUCUAGCAAGGUAUUAACAGAGCAGAAGAAAAGAAAUUCAAAAUUAAACAGAAUCUGCAAUAGAGAGGGUGUAAACAUUAGAUGGCUCUGUACAGGAAGUGUUUAGGAAGGCUAUGUGUCACAUGCACAGAGGUGUGCCUGUGGCUGUAUAAAAAGUGAUUUAACUCCUAAAUGGCAAAGAAUUCAGCAGUAAGACUGCAGGAGCAUGAUCUAUACACCAAAAACUGCUUAAUUAAGUUAAAAUUGUUUUGGCGACUAAACUGUCCCUUUAAGUUAUUUUAGCGUUACAUGUUGUCAAUGCAAAAUACAUUUUUUAGUGAUCAUUUAAAAGAAACUCCUGUUCCCUUAAAAAAUAUCAGACUCUACCUAUUUGAUCAUUUACAUUUCCUUAUUAUGGGACAAGAAGGUUUAAUUGAACUUGACAUAUAUCUGCAGUGAUAUUCCAUUCUGCUUAUUUAGUUUCAGAAAAAUUACAUUGGCCUUUUGGAGUUAGUUCUCAUACACUGGGUGGCUGAUGCAUUUGUCCCAUUGGUGAAAGCCCUUAUAAGCAUACUUACAAACCAAUUUGCUCUUAAACAUUAUUCUGACUCAACCAUUUCCAUUUGCAAACAGAGAUUUGACUUCCUGCCAGCAGUCAGAUUUAGAAUUUGGCAGCUGCUUGAAGCCAGACAUUUCCUUGUUAAACCUCUUGGGAAGGUAAAUGAGAAUCCUGAACUUCUAUAUAGAUGAAAUGGGCGACAAUUACAUCCUAAAAUAAUUAUGGGUAUUACCCUCACUAGUAGGGUUGCCACCUUUUUUGGAGAAAAAAUAAAUUAAAGGGGUGCUCCUAGCUCAAAUUUAGCUUAAUGAAGCAUUUUUAGUAUGUAGGUCGGGCCCCUGCAGCCUCACUGCUCAAUUAUCUGCCAUUUAGACAUUACAUUGCUUUUCUUUUUGUUUAUGCAGCCUCAGCCACACCUCCUCUGACAGUCACUCACACAACUUCCAUGGGAAAAAUUUAGCAUUUUCAAUCAGAUCUUUCAGCAUAGUGUGUUUACUUUAGAAGUUUUUUUUCUUCUAUCUCCUGCUGUGUUAAUUCUACAUUGAAGCUGUUGCAGAUUCUAGCAGGCUAAUAGAGCAGGAGAUAAGAAAUUAUAAAGUAAUUCCCCUUCGUAAUAAAGGAAGCUCAAACAUUUAGACACUUUUUCAGGAAGUGUGUAGAGAGACUGUGUGAGUCCCAUCCCUGUGUGACAGGGCUGUAUAAAUAAAAUUGAAAUCACUCCUAAAUGCCAGAAUGUCCCUUUAACUCUAAUUUUAACCCUCAAAUUAACCUUAAUGCUUGGCGCUGUACUGUACCCCUACCUAAGCUUCUCAGUAAUCAUAAUUUAUCUUGCAAACCCAGGUAAGUCUGCAGGUGAGUCCCUAAAUAAUAGGUUAGACAUGUCCUUAGAAGUUACCAACUUUAGCAUCACACCAUGAAACUGGUGUUACAUUGAAGCUUGAGUUACAGACAAUUAUGGGUACUCAAGGGAAGUUUAUUGGCUACCUGUGCUCAAGAUUUACAAAAAAAAAUCUGAAAAACAUAAUGCUCCACAGGCCUUUUUAUAUUUGAUGUCUUUGUCCUCAUCGCUGUAGAUGAAUCAAUGGGACAAACUUUCUGAGCUCUCCAUAUUCUUAUUGCAAGUUCUCUGCAGAAAAUAGCUAGUUAUCGUGGCAUAUGGUUACGGGAACAGUUGCUUAUUGGCAGUGCAUGUUAGUCCUCUUAGAUAAUGGGAUUUUAGAGGCAAUUGAAGUAAAAAUCAAUUUAGUGGAAAACUGUGGACCUAAAAAUACACACAAAUAUUUUUUCAAUGAAAGUUUUGAAUUGUAUAACUAAUAAAAUAAUUUUCCUAUCAAUGAUACUUUCCUAGAGCAAUUGGUGAUUGUUACAUCAUGUGUUCUGCUUAUAGGCUUUUCUUAGUAUUCUAAUCCCUGGCAGACUGCUUGUGUGAUUAAUUCUAAACCAUAGCCCGCUUUUAUUUCGAUGUUUACUCUCUCUGUAGUACGUUAUAACCAGAGAGAUGAUGGACCUGUAAAUACCAAGGGUUAUAUCUUAUGGGAUAGGGUAAUCUGUUAAGCCAGCCUUUGCUAUACCACAGCGUCUAAUUUCUAAACUUUGUGUCUCCGGCAUUAUUCUUAAUGGCGCACUGAUGACCCUGACUUAAAAUAUCAGCCUAAUCGGACAAUAUUUCUUUCUUACAUUAGGUUACUGGGAGCUCUGGAAAGAUGUAUACAUGCUAUUCAUUCUGCCAUUACUGUUCCUGCCCAGCCUUUUCAUUCUCUGUGCUCAGGAAAAAUGAGUCUUUGCUGGUAAGUCAUGCGCAUGUCACCAUUAGCAGCAUAACAAUGGAGGUUCCGUUAUUCAGAGUCAGUCCGAGGCCUGACUUACAAGGGGAUAUGGGGCCUCUGCACAUGCCAUUCCCUGAUAUUUAAAUGUGAGAAAGCAGGGAGACCCUCUCCAUAGAGUUCUGCCUAAACCUUUUUUUUUUUUAUUCUUUUUUUUUGCUAUGCAAAAGGGUUACAAAGAAUCUGGUAGUGCCAUAACAGGGAAACACAAGAAUAGACAUAAGCGAACUGUAUAUUACUUGGAAUUCUGAUGGUGCAGUACAUUUUUUUUGUAAUAUGAAGAUCAGGCUAGGCAAACAUGUCUAGGGAACAUAACCAUAACCAAAGCUAAAUACAUAAUCGUGGGAAACAAUCUAGACAUAGUGUGCACUAUACAAUAUUAAGUGCAAAGAAAAUGCUAGGUUUACUAUGCUUAUUGGAAAAUAAGAACAUAUAACAUGCUAGCAGUAUAUAACUGUCUUAAACACAGAGUACCCUGGAUUGGUAAGGAGACUGCCUACGUCACUUAGCCUAUGCCACUUAAAGUCCAAAUUAGAUAGGGCAACUUGCUACUGGGCUCCGCUUCCACUCCCUGCACUUUCUGUACUCUGCAUGGAAACAGAGAGUACUGUGACUUCCAUGGGCCAUCGCUUCUGUGUCUCUUGGCAGCAUAAGGGGGCAACCUCCGGAUCAGGCCGGUUCUGCCGAGGGUGAGGGAAUUUGAAUCUCGGCAGUCGAGGUGAUUAGUGGUGAACAUGCUGCUGGAUAUGAUGGAGAAGCCUUGCCUGCCGCUGUGGCUUCCUGCGCCUUCUCUCUUCUUUGGCUGUAUGGGAGGGAUGUUUAUACAUGCAGUAUCGUGUAGCAGAAUGUCUCCCGGGAACCGUUGGGCAUUCACCAGACGUGUAGGGUAGCUCUUUGGGGCGCUCUCCCUCUGGAGUUUGAGUAGGUUUUGCCAUAAUACGAGCCUCCAGUUUUGCCCAGAAGUUUGCAAAUAUCGUAUCUAAGCGCUCAAGUAUUUGUUCGGCAGCGUCUCGUUGUGCCUCCAUGGGUUGUGUCAGUCCAGACUGGUGGAGCAGAAGAGUGUUUGCCAUCUUUGGUAGUCAGCUGCGAUCAAGAGUCGUAGGGUGGCAGCCAUUUAGGGUCUAAAGAGUUGUUAGCCAGUGGAGACCGGGAUCACCCCCACCGGUCCAGAGGGGGAGGGACAGCUAUGUACACCGGGACCACUCCGUCCGCUAAGGAACUAGGAGAGCGGCCACCUUUCCAAAAACUCAGGCUUGUGUAGGCCGCAAUCCACAAUCGGGAUGUUCCAGUGCCAGGCAGGCUCACAACGGAUAUCCACCGAUGACCCCUUGAGAAGGUGAGUACUUAUUGCGGUCUGACAAAUGGGUGGCCCGGGGAUAAAUCACGAUUUUCAGGGCCAGAUGCAGGAGCUCUUGCAGAACACAUCUGCCUUCUUUGGCAGUCAAGCUCCGGCCCUUUUUUUUAUUUCUUAAGUAAAAUAUUUUAUUAUUAUGUCAGUGCAAUGGCGGAGUUUGACUUAUCUAUAAAAUAUCAACAUCCUAAUUUAAAGAUUACAACGCUGAUCAAUGUCAUUCAGUGAGUGCUCCAUGUUAAAUAUUGAGUGGUAGAUAUGGAUAGACAGAGAUAGGAGACAAUGGACCAUUUAUAAUUAGAACCAAGUAACAUAACCAGGGUCUUCUGAAGACCUAUAAACCACAAUACAAAAAAAAAAAAAAAAAUUAUUUUGUUUUCAGUAUAUAUUUGAUUGUUUCCCAUAAUUAACAUAUAUGAAUUACUUCCCAUGAUGUCCAUUCAGCCACAGAGUUACAUGAUGUUAAACAAACCCAUGAAAAAAAAAAAAAAAAGAUAAUAAAAAGAAGAUAUUGUAUUUCCACUGAAACCACUGCCUAUCUAUCUUUAAACCUACAUGCACCUAUGCAUAUAUACAUACUCGCACUCAAACAUAUAGCUAUAUACAAGCAAUCAGUUUAAUAUGCUUAUCGUAUAUAUUUGACUUUCCAGGCUUAGAUUUGCCCUUAGUCUUUUGUUUGUUAAUGUGCUAUUUAUUGUUUUGUCAUUCCAUCAGUCUAAUGAAUUUCUUUUUGCGUACAUGGUCUAAUAAAUAAGCCAGUCUGAAAACUCCAAUCAAUAUAGAAUUUAAAAAAAAAAAAAAUGUUUCUACCAUCAAUCAAAAUCUGUGUACUUACAUCAGCAGUGUACUUUAACUUAGAAACCAUGAAACGUAAAGUUAAAAGAAAAAUGUGAGUUCACUGAGUGCAGUUGUCUACAUUCGUUAGGGUAUGAAGACUUUAUGAACAACAGUAACCCUAAUGUCAAGCGACAAACACAUUGACGAUCAUGAAAACCAGAGCUGCUUCAAUAUGUCAUUAGUCUGGAGCCAGUAUGAAGGACGAAUAAUAUUGAUGUAUCCAAGUGCAGUGAUAUAUCUGUAAUAAAUAGGAAUGCUGACAGACGUUAAGAUGUUGUUUUAUAGCAGCACUAUUUUAUGAUGAUCAUCAUAAUACAACAAAAACAAGCACCAUAUGGCCGAAUGUAUGUGGUCUCCCCUACUAACUGAAUUCAGGCGUUUCAACUGCACCUUUUGCUAACAGGUGCAUACAAUCCAUUUCAUAGCCAAUAAAUCACCAUACACAAACAUUUACAUUACAAUGGGUCAUACUGAAGAGCUCAAUGACUUUAAACAUGGCACUGUCAUAGGAUACCAUGUUUGCCUUAAGUCAUUUUGUAUAAUCUCUGCCCCACUUGUGCUGUUCUGGUGAACGGUAAGUGCUAUUAAUGUGAAGUGGAAGCAUCUAGGAAUAAUAGCCUAGCCAUGAAGUGGUAGACCAUGCAAACUCACAGAGCAGGGGCACUGGGUAAUUAAGCAAGUAGCUAAAAAAAUGCCUAUUACCUGCUACAUCACUCACUACAGCGUUCCAAACUGGCUUGGGAAGCAACAUCAACGCAAAAAAAUGUGCAUCAAAAGCUUAAUGAAAAGGGUUUUCAUGGCCGAGUAGCUGUAUGAAGGCCCCACAUCAACAUGUGCAAUUCCAAGUGUUGGCUGAAAUGGUAAUAAACAUGUUGCUAAUGGACUCUGGGGUAUGGAAUGAUGAAAAAUGCUCCACUAUCCUGCGGAUGGGAAGAAUCUUAAUGUGACUGAUCCACAAUGCAUAGUGCCUAUUGUAAAGUUUACGUGGGAUGGGAUAACACUCCAGAGCUGUUUUUUCAGGGUUUGAGCUGUGCCCCUUAGUACCCGUGAAGGGUCAUAUUAAUGGUGCAGGUUACAAGGACAUUGUUGACAAUUGGCUGCUUCCAACUUUGUGGCAACAGUUUGAGGAAGGCCUAUUCCUGUUCCAAUUUUACUGUGCAUCUGAGUAUUCCUUGAAGAAGUGAUCUGACAAGUUUGGAGUGGAGGAACUCGAGUGGCCUUCACAGACAGUGACCUCAACCCCAAUGAACACUUUUGGAUGAAUGGGAACACCAAAUGCUAACCAGACAUUCUCAUCUAACAUCAGUGCUUGACCUAACAAAUGAUCUUUUGACUGAAUGGGCACAAAUUCCCACAGAUACAGUCCUAACUCUUAUAGAAAGCUUGCCCAGAAAAGUGAUGCCCACAAAGGGGGGCAACUUCAUAUUAAUGCCAAGGUUUUGGUAUAUCCAGUAAGCACUUAUUGGUGUGAUAGUCAGUUGUCCACAUAGUUUUGAUCAUAUAGUACUAGUUAUCUAGUUCUAAAUAUGCUUUAUAUGUUUAUAAUUAUAAAAUAUAAUUAGCUAUAACUAGCUAACUUUACUCUAACCAGUCAAAGGAUUCUGAAUAUAAACCAAACGAAUCAGUAAAUAGAAGAAAGAACUGAGAAGCUGCGGACGAUAUGUUGCUAAAUGCCAAGAAUCUCUAGGAAUCUUCCAGCUGGCUGGCAGGAGUAUAGUCAGCAGGUGCCCAUUUAUUUCUAAUGAUAAUUCAGGCACGUACUUUAUUUAAAUUCAGUAUAAUUUUUUAUGUGUGCCUGUUCCAUCCACUGUGAAAUAACGUGUUACACAUGCAUGUAAAGUGCGAGGUGUGUUCUCUCUUUAUAAGUAUGUGUGUCUCAUCACACAGCGUACCUUAGCAGUCUGAUAUGUAAUUUAGGCUUUCCUGGGUGUGUUCAAGAUAUUUCCAAGUAAGAAAUUUCUUACCUAUUUUUUUUUUUUUUAAAUUACUUUGUAAUUAAAUUCUCUCAAUAUCUGGAUUAAUCAUCAGUCGUUCAGGGCGUUGAACCCUGCUACAGCAGGAAAUACAGUCAUAUUCAGCUGAGUUACUGCAUGAUUUGUAGUCAUUGCCUAAAUUGUCAUGUUUAUUGGAAUGGCUUCAAGAUACAUGUAUAUCUUCAGUGCUAAUCCUUUAGUCACAGCAAGGUUAAAUCCAAUGUCUAAAGAAGCAAUCUUGUGUAGUAGAAAAUACUCCGCCUAAUUAAAUGGACUAUACUGCAACAUCAUUCUGCAACAACAAAUAGCACAGCAGUCAUCAAAAUGGUUAGACUUUUCCAACAACAUCACUAACCCAUUCACAUUUUAUUUUGCAGUGCAAGCAUAUUCUUGCCGUGUACCUGAGCCAAGCCACAGGGACCUGCCAGGAACGUACAGUAUCAGAUCAGCAGAUAUGUGACAUACUGUUAGCAAAGGAGCUUUAGACCCUUUUUGUCUUUUGCAGAGAAGACAUACCUCGGCAUGUCAGACAGCAGUGGUGAAACUUGUAUUUAUUAAUUUAUGAUGUUCACUGAUGCAAAAUGUAUAUAGAAUUCUAAGGAAACAUAAACUUUUAAUGAUGUGAUAUAUUCGGAGUGAUUUUUUGGGGGGGUUUUGUUUUGUUUUGUUUUAAAUUGUGUGUCUGAUUUGACAUCCUGAGUUGUCCAGUUCACAGUUUUUCAUUGAUGGGCAAGAAUGUGCGACUUGGUGAUGUUAAUAAUUGCCUAAUUCUGCAAACUCUGACUCAUAUUUAGCAGGUUCAGUACCAGAAACCAUCUGUAUUCUUUUUAUGCAUUACCUACAAUACCUUUGGAAUUUCAUUUUAAUUUAAUUGUAUGUGUUUGUUUUGACAAAGGUAGGUACUUGGCUGGAUUGUAAUGCCUGAACCCUGGGAUUUUUGAAAAUAAACUUUUACUAUGAC